UGCAGUGUCUGGAGAUGACGACUAAGAGGAAGAUCAUUGGGCGCCUGGUGCCGUGCAGGUGCUUCCGGGGUGAGGAGGAGGUCAUCUCAGUGCUGGACUACUCCCACUGCAGCCUGCAGCAGGUGCCCAAGGAGAUCUUCAGCUUCGAGCGCACGCUGGAGGAGCUCUACUUGGACGCCAACCAGAUCGAGGAGCUGCCCAAGGUGGGUUCUGAUGGGGCUGGGGCCUGAGGGCCGGGCUUGGGCCUGAGGGGCUGUGGCCUGAGGCCUGGGGCUGAGGCUGUGGCCUGUGGGCCAGGGCUGGGGCUGAGGCUUGGGUCUGAGAGCUGGGGCUGGGGCCUGAGGGGUUGGGGCUGAGGCUGGGGCUGGGGGGAUGAAAUGGGUGAAGUGUAGAAAAGGGGCUCUAUAAAGCCAAGUCAUAGUUAAGACCACACAGCCAUUCCCUUGAAUUUCCCCCACAUUACAAAGCAUGGCAUAAUUAUUGAUGUCAACAUUAUCUGUCUCUCUUCAUGUGGCGCUCAAUGUUGAUUGUCUAAAUAAGUUGCCAAGCCAACCAAACCCCCACAGAACAAAGAGUGGCGUAAUGACCUUCCUGUCUGUAAAUGAGCUGUUAAUAAAGCAGAGAGCAAAACACACACAGAGAUGGAGAGAGAGAGAGAGGGAGAGGGAGGGGGAGAGGGAGGGGAGUGAGGGAGGGAGGGGGAGAGUGAUGGGAGGGAGGGAGGGGGAGGGAGGGAGGGGCUGAUUGGUUGUAGUGUGGCGUUCUUGUUUUCCGCUUUAUUUAGUGCGUUUGCUUUGCUAUUCUUCUCCUCUCUUCUCUCGCUCUACACUCUCUCGCUCUCUCAUCUCUCUCUACUCUCGCUCUCUCUCUCGCUUCUCGCUCCUCUAUCUCUCUCUAUCUCUCGCUCUACUCUCUCAGCUCUCUCUCUCUAUCCUCUCUUAUCCUCAUCGACUCUCUCUCACUUGAAGAUUAUGUCUCUCUCUUUUUGCUCGUGCAGGAGCGAAAGGGGGUUGGGGCUGAAUAAGCACCAUGGACAGCUCCCAGUCAGUGAGAGAGCAGUUUAAGAGUUUCUUUCCAAAAUGCUAUAUUUUCAGAAAUGUUGGUAAAUUAACUUUUAUUUUUUAAAGAACUUAUGAAAGAGAUUGUUUUUUUUCUUCACUUCAAUGACAGACAUGUAUUUGUUUGAAAUCUAUCACUUGAUGGUUUCAUUUCAGAGAGACAAAUAAUCAUGUUUUUUUGCAAAACGCUAUAUAUCCGACUCACUCUCAGAGAAAUACGUAGUACUGCUAGGUUUUACAUAGUCAAAUGUAGCAAAUAACUACAUUUUUUAUAAAGAACUGUACAAUUAAUAUAUUUGUGACAUCAAUAUUUAAGAAAAAUAUGUUUAAAAAAAUGAAUCAAUACAGUAAUCUGUAUGUAAAACAUUUACAUUUGACAUUUUAGUCAUUUAUGCAGUAAGUGCAUUCAUCUUAAGAUAGCCAGGUGAGACACCCACAUAUCACAGACAAAUAUACAAUAUACAAAGUUCAUUCCAGCUAAACAAUGGAGAUGUAGAGUUUUGUAAAAAAAAAACAUUUUAUACACACAGUUAAAAUAUAUGAAUAAAAAGUAAUAUUUCACACACACAUGAAGGUACCCAUAAGCAAUCAUUUCUGAUUUAAAAAAUACAUGUGUGAAAAAUUGGUGGAUAUAGCGUUUCGAAAAUAAACUCUUCAGUUUCUCAUAGAGCAAAGGAGUAUAUGGGGGAUAGUUGCUGUGGCACUCUGCGUCUGAAUCCCCCACUCAAUGGACUUGCUGACUUUUAUCUAACCUUCACAUUGAAUAGAAGACAAUACAUUCAGUGAAUGUAGCUUUCAUUAAUACUUUCCAAGGAGAUCUAUUACAAUCUAGAUUAUAUUCUGUUCUGACAAUAGUGUCUUUGUUUGAAAUAGAAACUCCUGGAUGAAUACAUCGUAGCAUUUAAUACAAUUAUGACAUUCAAUGAAGUUCAAUACAAAAUUGUCUGAAUGUGUACAGUUAUAUCCUUCAGAGAGGUUCAGUGGAAUUAUUAAUUAUUAUUAGUUUUAUACAUUUCACAGUGUAUUGUGUUCAUCAGCCAACUCCCAAUUAGAUGCAUUAAGUUAUGAACAAAUCAAGGUUUUCAGUGAGGUUUGUUCAGAGUCCAGAGUGGUUCCUCACAGGGUUGUGUAAGAACCAGGCAUUGAUAGAUCCAAAGUGUGUGGUCUUUUAUGUAAGUGUGGCUUGUGUAUAUCAGAGUGAUGCCUUGGGCAAGACUGGACAGCGCUGGCUCUCCUGAUCCUCUCCAGUACCCAUUGUUGUAGAUACUCCCCCUCUGGCUAUUAUAGCUCUUAAAGAGUAAUGGCCUCUCAUAAUGGGCCUGUUACAGUAAUGUCUCCCUGGCUGUGUCUCAAAUGGCAUCCUCUUCCCUAUGUAGUGCACUACUUUUGACCAGAGCCCUAUGGGCCCUGGUCAAAGGUAAUGUACUGUAUAUGGAAUAAGGUGCCAUUUGGGAUGCAGACCCUUAGAACUUCUCCCUCUCUAAUCUCUCCUCUACAUGGAGAAAGGAAUGGACUACAGAGAUGGGAGGAAGCGCUUGUUGAUACUUUAUUGGCUGGCUUUGUUUAUUCGUUUUCUGUACAUUUAUCAAUGUAAAAGUUGAUCUAUUCAUUAUUUAUGUUACAGUUAGAAUGGUAAUUGUUAACCUGUUAUCUCAAACAUACUGCAUACGGCAUGAUGCACAUGCACAUUAACUCUGCAUAGCACCCUUUUCACCUUCUACCUCCCUCCCUCCCUCCCUCCCUCCCUCCCUCCCUCCCUCCCUCCCUCCCUCCCUCCCUCCCUCCCUCCCUCUUUCUCUCUAUGCUUUCUCUCUCUCUCCCUCCCUCCUCUAUGCUCCAUCUCUAUCUCUCUCACCCUCGCUCUCUCUGAGGAGGACUGAUGUGGCUCUCUCCCUCCCUCCAUAUGUAGCUGUGGAGUACUAAUGUUGUCCUAGAAGGUUACUCAACAGAGAGUUGUUGCUCUUACAGUGAACAAGAGGAAACAUGUCAGAACAUUGAAAGAGAUGUUGCCUCAGCGUUUCUCUCAUGUUUCUCAUUUAAUAACAGCACAGCAGGAUCAUUAGAGACCGGCCUUAUUGAAACUCAAUGCAUGAAAUCUCACGAAGUCUACACUCUUUCAACUCAGGAGGCUAAGAGAUUGAUAUAACACCAGUAUAACUUGUGUUUCUGUUCUGCCCCUCUCUCUCCAUAGCAACUAUUUAACUGUCAGGCUCUCCGGAAGCUGAGCAUACCUGACAAUGACCUGUCAAACCUACCAACCACCAUAGCCAGCCUUGUAAACCUGAGGGAGUUAGACAUCAGUAAAAACGGUAAGCGAGUGAGAUGUGAUGUCCACAGGAAUCUCUGCUAGUUUCUAUUCUGAUAUAUUCUAAAUUGUUGACUCUAAACUGAUACUGUCACUCUAAAUAUUAGCAUGAUGUACAAUAUGACGAGGCAUGAGUGUUAAAAAUGUGUGUUCAUUUGUUAUGAAUGACAAACAUGUUUCCAUUCCAUUCCAUCUUUAGGUAUUCAAGAGUUCCCAGACAACAUUAAAUGCUGUAAAUGCCUAUCUGUUGUGGAGGCCAGUGUAAAUCCUAUUACCAAGUAAGUGAAGAGAGAAGUGUAUCAUUGUGGUGGAAUGGCUGUAGUCUAUAGGGACAAUGGUAAUGUUGUAUUAUCAAUGCCAACAGCUGUGUCUGUUGCUACAGUGAGGGAAAAAAGUAUUUGAUCCCCUGCUGAUUUUGUAUGUUUGCCCACUGACAAAGACAUGAUCAGUCUAUAAUUUUAAUGGUAGGAUUAUUUGAACAGUGAGAGACAGAAUAACAACAAAAAAAAUCAGAAAAACGCAUGUCAAAAAUGUUAUAAAUUGAUUUGCAUUUUAAUGACGGAAAUAAGUAUUUGACCUCUCUGCAAAACAUGACUUAGUACUUGGUGGCAAAACCCUUGUUGGCAAUCACAGAGGUCAGAUGUUUCUUGUAGUUGGCCACCAGGUUUGCACACAUCUCAGGAGGGAUUUUGUCCCACUCCUCUUUGCAGAUCUUCUCCAAGUCAUUAAGGUUUCGAGUCUGACGUUUGGCAACUCGAACCUUCAGCUCCCUCCACAGAUUUUCUAUGGGAUUAAGGUCUGGACACUGGCUAGGCCACUCCAGGAUCUUAAUGUGCCUCUUCUUGAGCCACUCCUUUGUUGCCUUGGCCGUGUGUUUUGGGUCAUUGUCAUGCUGGAAUACCCAUCCACGACCCAUUUUCAAUGCCCUGGCUGAGGGAAGGAGGUUCUCACCCAAGAUUUGACGGUACAUGGCCCCGUCCAUUGUCCCUUUGAUACGGUGAAGUUGUCCUGUCCCCUUAGCAGAAAAACACCCCCAAAGCAUAAUGUUUCCACCUCCAUGUUUGACGGUGGGGAUGGUGUUCUUGGGGUCAUAGGCAGCAUUCCUCCUCCUCCAAACACGGCGAGUUGAGUUGAUGCCAAAGACCUCGAUUUUGGUCUCAUCUGACCACAACACUUUCACCCAGUUCUCCUCUGAAUCAUUCAGAUGUUCAUUGGCAAACUUCAGACGGGCCUGUAUAUGUGCUUUCUUGAGCAGGGGGACCUUGCGGGCGCUGCAGGAUUUCAGUCCGUUACGGCGUAGUGUGUUACCAAUUGUUUUCUUGGUGACUAUGGUCCCAGCUGCCUUGAGAUCAUUGACAAGAUCCUCCCGUGUAGUUCUGGGCUGAUUCCUCACCGUUCUCAUGAUCAUUGCAACUCCACGAGGUGAGAUCUUGCAUGGAGCCCCAGGCUGAGGGAGAUUGACAGUUCUUUUGUGUUUCUUCCAUUUGCGAAUAAUCGCACCAACUGUUGUCACCUUCUCACCAAGCUGCUUGGCGAUGGUCUUGUAGCCCAUUCCAGCCUUGUGUAGGUCUACAAUCUUGUCCUUGACAUCCUUGGAGAGCUCUUUGGUCUUGGCCAUGGUGGAGAGUUUGGAAUCUGAUUGAUUGAUUGCUUCUGUGGACAGGUGUCUUUUAUAAAGGUAACAAACUGAGAUUAGUAGCACUCCCUUUAAGAGUGUGCUCCUAAUCUCAACUCGUUACCUGUAUAAAAGACACCUGGGAGCCAGAAAUCUUUCUGAUUGAGAGGGGGUCAAAUACUUAUUUCCCUCAUUAAAGUGCAAAUCAAUUUAUAACAUGCGUUUUUCUGGAUUUUUUUGUUGUUAUUCUGUCUCUCACUGUUCAAAUAAACCUACCAUUAAAAUUAUAGACUGAUCAUUUCUUUGUCAGUGGGCAAACGUACAAAAUCAGCAGGGGAUCAAAUACUUUUUUCCCUCACUGUAUGUGCCAAGCAACAAUCACAGAUUACUUCAAUAAAAAACAACCAUGAAUAUUCCUAUGAAUAUGCUUUCUGUCAAAUUGGCUGUAGAAAUAAUGGCUAAACAAAAAAACAAAAAAAUGGUCACCUCAUGGGAACUUUUAAAUUAACUGAUAAAAAAGAAUGAGGAAAAUAACUACAUGGGAGACUGUUGUAUUUGUGUAUCUGAGGCUUUUGUCUGAAUUGAAAUGUUUAGCAUAGAAGAAUAGAAACAAUGUCAUCGCUGUUUACGUAAGACAUUUCUUUCCUGCAUUGUGUAAAUACUGUAUGCCAUUUGUUAAAUAUUGAGUAGUUUCCUGUCCUUACAGAGGGUAAUGCAGGUCUCUCUGGUAGUUCUUGACAUAAUGCAUUUGUUGUUGGGAAAUCAUAGGUUGACAAAUAAAUGGGUCCUCGUAGACUUCUAACUGCCUCUCUCUUUCAAUUCAAUUCAAUUCAAUGGGGCUUUAUUGGCAUGGGAAACAUACAGUGGGGAGAACAAGUAUUUGAUACACUGCCGAUUUUGCAGGUUUUCCUACUUACAAAGCAUGUAGAGGUCUGUAAUUUUUAUCAUAGGUACACUUCAACUGUGAGAGACGGAAUCUAAAACAAAAAUCCAGAAAAUCACAUUGUAUGAUUUUUAAGUAAUUAAUUUGCAUUUUAUUGCAUGACAUAAGUAUUUGAUCACCUACCAACCAGUAAGAAUUCCGGCUCUCACAGACCUGUUAGUUUUUCUUUAAGAAGCCCUCCUGUUCUCCACUCAUUACCUGUAUUAACUGCACCUGUUUGAACUCGUUACCUGUAUAAAAGACACCUGUCCACACACUCAAUCAAACAGACUCCAACCUCUCCACAAUGGCCAAGACCAGAGAGCUGUGUAAGGACAUCAGGGAUACAAUUUUAGACCUGCACAAGGCUGGGAUGGGCUACAGGACAAUAGGCAAGCAGCUUGGUGAGAAGGCAACAACUGUUGGCGCAAUUAUUAGAAAAUGGAAGAAGUUCAAGAUGACGGUCAAUCACCCUCGGUCUGGGGCUCCAUGCAAGAUCUCACCUCGUGGGGCAUUAAUGAUCAUGAGGAAGGUGAGGGAUCAGCCCAGAACUACACGGCAGGACCUGGUCAAUGACCUGAAGAGAGCUGGGACCACAGUCUCAAAGAAAACCAUUAGUAACACACUACGCCGUCAUGGAUUAAAAUCAUGCAGCGCACGCAAGGUCCCCCUGCUCAAGCCAGCGCAUGUCCAGGCCCGUCUGAAGUUUGCCAAUGACCAUCUGGAUGAUCCAGAGGAGGAAUGGGAGAAGGUUAUGUGGUCUGAUGAGACAAAAAUAGAGCUUUUUGGUCUAAACUCCACUCGCCGUGUUUGGAGGAAGAAGAAGGAUGAGUAAAACCCCAAGAACACCAUCCCAACGGUGAAGCAUGGAGGUGGAAACAUCAUUCUUUGGGGAUGCUUUUCUGCAAAGGGGACAGGACGACUGCACUGUAUUGAGGGGAGGAUGGAUGGGGCCAUGUAUCGCGAGAUCUUGGCCAACAACCUCCUUCCCUCAGUAAGAGCAUUGAAGAUGGGUCGUGGCUGGGUCUUCCAGCAUGACAACGACCCAAAACACACAGCCAGGGCAACUAAGGAGUGGCUCCGUAAGAAGCAUCUCAAGGUCCUGGAGUGGCCUAGCCAGUCUCCAGACCUGAGCCCAAUAGAACAUCUUUGGAGGGAGCUGAAAGUCCGUAUUGCCCAGCGACAGCCCCGAAACCUGAAGGAUCUGGAGAAGGUCUGUAUGGAGGAGUGGGCCAAAAUCCCUGCUGCAGUGUGUGCAAACCUGGUCAAGACCUACAGGAAACGUAUGAUCUCUGUAAUUGCAAACAAAGGUUUCUUUACCAAAUAUUAAGUUCUGCUUUUCUUAUGUAUCAAAUACUUAUGUCAUGCAAUAAAAUGCAAAUUAAUUACUUAAAAAUCAUACAAUGUGAUUUUCUGGAUUUUUGUUUUAGAUUCCGUCUCUCACAGUUGAAGUGUACCUAUGAUAAAAAUUACAGACCUCUACAUGCUUUGUAAGUAGGAAAACCUGCAAAAUCGCAGUGUAUCAAAUACAUGUUCUCCCCACUGUAUGUUUACAUUGCCAAAGUAAGUGAAAUGGAAAAACAAAAGUCAAAUAAACAAUAACAGUAAAUAUUACACUCACAAGUUCCAAAAUAAUAAAGACAAUUCAAAUAUCAUAUUAUGUCUAUAUACAAUGUUGUAACAAUGUGCAAAUAGUUAAAGUACAAAAGGGAAAAGAAAUCAACAUAAAUAUGGGUUGUAUUUACAAUGGUGUUUGUUCUUCACUGGUUGCCCUUUUCUUGUGGCAACAGGUCACCAAUCUUGCUGCUGUGAUUGCACACUGUGGUAUUUCAUCCAAUAGAUAUGAGUUUAUCAAAAUGUGAAUUGUUUUGUAGGUCUGUGUAAUCUGAGAGAAAUAUGUGUCUCUAAUAUGGUCAUACAUUUUGCAGAAGGUUAGGAAGUGCAGCUCAGUUUCCACCUCAUUUUGUGGGCAGUGUGCACAUUGCCUGUCUUCUCUUGAGAGCCAGGUCUGGCUACGGCGACCUUUCUCUGUAGCAAGGCUAUGCUCACUGAGUCUGUACCUACACUACCAGUCAAAAGUUUGGACACAGCUACUCAUUUAAGGGUUUUUCUUUAUUUGUAAAAAAUGUUACGUUGUAGAAUAAUAGUGAAGACAUCAAAUCUAUGAAAUAACACACAUGGAAUCAUGUAGUAACCAAGAAAGUGUUAAGAUCCAAUUUCUUCAUAGCGCUUGAUGGUUUUUGCGACUGCACUUGAAGAAACUUUCAAAGUUCUUGAAAUGUUCCGUAUUGACCGACCUUCAUGUCUUAAAGUAAUGAUGGACUGUCGUUUCUCUUUGCUUAUUUGAGCUGUUCUUGCCAUAAUAUGGACUUGGUCUUUUACCAAAUAGGGCUAUCUUCUGUAUACCCCCCCUACCUUGACACAACACAACUGAUUGGCUCAAACGCAUUAACUUUUAAGAAGGCAGACCUGUUAAUUGAAAUGCAUUCCAGGUGACUACCUCAUGAAGCUGGUUGAGAGAGUGCCAAGAGUGUGCAAAGCUGUCAUCAAGGCGAAGGGUGGCUAUUUGAAGAAUCUCAAAUAAAAUAUAUUUUGAUUUGUUUAACACGUUUUUUGUUACUACAUUAUUCCAUAAGUGUUAAUUCAUAGUUCUGAUGUCUUCACUAUUAUUAUACAAUCUAGAAAAUAGUAAAAAUUAAGAAAAAACUUUGAAUGAGUAGGUGUGUCCAAACUUUUGACUGGUACUGUAGUCGAAGCUCUCCUUCAUUUUGGGUCAGUCACAGUGGUCAGGUAUUCUGCCACUGUGUACUCUCUGUUUAGGGCCAAAUAGCAUUGUAGUUUGCUCUGUUUUCUCAUGAUUUGGUUGGGUCUAAUUGUGUUGCUGUCCUAGGUCUCUGUGGGGUCUGUUUGUGUUUGUGAACAGAGCCCCAGGACCAGCUUGCUUAGGGGACUCUUUUCCAGGUUAAUCUCUCUGUAGUUGAUGGCUUUGUUAUGGAAGGUUUGUGAAUCGCUUCCUUUUAGGGGGUUGUAGAAUUUAAUGGCUCUUUUCUGGAUUUUGAUCAUUAGCGGGUAUCGGUCUAAUUCUGCUCUGCAUGCAUUAUUUUGUGUUUUACGUUGUAUGCUGAGAAUAUUUUCGCUGAAUUCUGCAUGUAGAGUCUCAAUUUGUUUUUUUGUCCCAUUUUGUGAAUUCUUGGUUGAUGUGUGGACCCGAGACCUCACAACCAUAAAGGGCAAUGGGUUCUAUAACUGAUUCAAGUAUUUUUAGCCAGAUCCUAAAUGGUAUGUCACAUUUUGUGUUCCUUUUGAUGGCAUGGAAGGCCCUUCUUGCCUUGUCUCUCAGAUCGUUCACAGCUUUGUGGAAGUUACCUGUGGCGUUGAUGUUUAGGCCGAGGUAUGUAUAGUUUUUUGUGUGCUCUAGGGAAACAGUGUCUAGAUGGAAUUUGUAUUUGUGGUCCUGGCAACUGGACUUUUUUUAGAACACCAUAAUUUUUUGUAUUACUGAGAUUUACUGUCAGGGCCCAGGUCUGACAGAAUCUGUGCAGAAGAUCUAGGUGCUGCUGUAGGCCCUCCUAGGUUGGGGACAGAAGAACCAGAUAAUCAGCAAACAGUAGACAUUUGACUUCAGAUUCUAGUAGGGUGAGGCUGGGUGCUGCAGACUGUUCUAGUGCCCUUGCCAAUUCGUUGAUAUAUACAGUACCAGUCAAAAGUUUGGACACACCUACUCAUUCAAGGGUUUUUCUUUAUUUUUACUAUUUUCUACAUUGUAGAAUAAUAGUGAAGACAUCAAAACUAUGAAAUAACACAUAUGGAAUCAUGUAGUAAUCAAAGAAGUGUUAAACAAAUCAAAAUAUAUUUUAUAUUUGAGAUUCUUCAAAUAGCCACCCUUUUCCUUGAUGACAGCUUUGCAUAUGCUUGGCAUUCUCUCAACCAGCUUUACCUGGAAUGCUUUUCCAACAGUCUUGAAGGAGUUCCCACAUAUGCUGAGCACCUGUUGGCUGCUUUUCCUUCACUCUGCCGUCCGACUCAUCCCAAACCAUCUCAACUGGGUUGAGUUCGGGGGAUUGUGGAUGCCAGGUCAUCUAAUGCAGCACUCCGUCACUCUCCUUCUUGGUCUAAUAGCCCUUACACAGCCUGGAGGUGUGUUGGGUCAAUGUCCUGUUGAAAAACAAAUGAUAGUCCCACUAAGCCCAAACCAGAUGGGAUGGUGUAUCGCUGCAGAAUGCUGUGGUAGCCAUGCUGGUUAAGUGUUGCCUUGAAUUCUAAAUAAAUCACAGACAGUGUCACCAGCAAAGCACCCCCACACCAUAACACCUCCUCCUCCAUGCUUUAUGGUGGGAACUACACAUGCGGACAUCAUCCGUUCACCCACACCGCGUCUCACAAAGACACGGUUGUUGGAACCAAAAAUCUUAAAUUUGGACAAAUUUCCAUCGGUCUAAUGUCCAUUGCUCGUGUUUCUUGGCCCAAUCAGGUCUCUUCUUAUAAUUGGUGUCCUGUAGUAGUGGUUUCUUUGCAGCAAUUCGACCAUGAAGGCCUGAUUCACACAAUCCCCCACGAUCAGUUUAUGUUGAGAUGUGUCUGUGACUUGAACUCUGUGAAGCAUUUAUUUGGGCUGCAAUUUCUGAGGCUGGUAACUCUAAUAAAUGUAUCCUCUGCAGCAGAGGUAACUCUGGCUCUUCCAUUCCUGUGGCGGUCCUCAUGAGAGCUAGUUUCAUCAUAGCGCUUGAUGGUUUUUGCGACUGCACUUGAAGAAACUUUCAAAGUUCUUGAAAUGUUCCUUAUUGACUGACCUUCAUGUCUUAAAGUAAUGAUGGACUGUCAUUUCUCUUUGCUUAUUUGAGCUGUUCUUGCCAUAAUAUGGACUUGGUCUUUUACCAAAUAGGGCUAUCUUCUGUAUACCCCCCCUACCUUGUCAUAAUACAACUGAUUGGCCCAAAUGCAUUAAGAAGGCACACCUGUUAAUUGAAAUGCAUUCCAGGUGACUACCUCAUGAAGCUGGUUUAGAGAAUGCCAAGUGUGUCCAAAGCUGUCAUCAAGGCAAAGGGUGGCUAUUUGAAGAAUCUCAAAUAUAAAAUAUAUUUUGAUUUGUUUAACACUUUUUUGGUAACUACAUGAUUCCAUAUGUGUUAUUUCAUAAUUUUUAUGUCUUCACUAUUAUUCUACUAGGUAGAAAAUAGUGAAAAUAAAGAAAAACCCUUGAAUGACUAGGUGUGUCCAAACUUUUUACUGGUGCUGUAUGUUGAAGAGGGUGGGGCUUAAGCUGCAUCCCUGUCUCACCCCACGGCCCUGUGGAAAUAAAUGUUUGUGUUUUUUUUACCAAUUUUAACCGCACACUUGUUGUUUGUGUACAUGGAUUUCAUAAUGUCGUAUGUUUUUCCCCCAACCCCACUUUCCAUCAAUUUGUAUAGCAGAUCCUCAUGCCAAAUUGAGUCAAAAGCUUUUUUGAAGUCAACAAAGCAUGAUAAGACUUUGCCUUUGUUUUUGUUUGUUUGUUUGUCAAUUAGGGUGAAUACGUGGUGUGUCAAAUGGUAAUUUGGUCAAAAGCCAAUUUGACAUUUGCUCAGUACAUUGUUUUCACUUAGGAAAUUUACAAGUCUGCUGUUAAUGAUAAUACAGAGUAUUUUCCCAAGGUUUCUGUUGUGGUGAGUGAUUUUGAAGGAGUCAGGCGCAGGAGGGUAAAUCACAGAAUAAAAGUGUUUAUUCCGAAAACACAGAGUACGCAGCAAUGCGUCAAACACUCCAGUGCGUAAAACAGGCGCACUGGGAAACAACAAGGCACACGGGUGAAAUAUCCCGGGGAAACAAAAUACAAGGAGCUCCAUCGAGCUAAACUAACCUCCACAAUAAACAAUCACACACAAAGACAAGGGGGCAGAGGGAAGACUUAUACAGGUACUGAUGAGGGGAUAUGAACCAGGUGUGUGUAAUAAACAAGACAAAACAAAUGGAAUGAUGAGAUGAGGAGCGGCAGUGGCUAGAAGGCUGGUGACGACGAACGCCGAAGCCUGCCCGAACAAGUUUAGGAGGCAGCUUUGGAGGAAGUCGUGACAGCUGUUGACGCAUAUCCUACGGUAGUUAUUGGAGUCAAAUUUGUCUCCACUUUUGUGGAUUGGGGUUAUCAGUCCUUGGUUCUAAAUAUUGGGGAAGAUGCCAGAGCUGAGGAUGAUGUUAAAGAGUUUAAGUAUAGCCAAUUGGAAUUUGUGGUCUGCAUAUUUUAUCAUUUCAUGUAGGAUACCAUCAACACCACAGGCCUUUUUGGGUUGAAGGGUUUGUAUUUUGUCCUGUAGUUCAUUCAAUGUAAUUGGAGAAUCAAGUGGGUUCUGGUAGUCUUUAAUAGUUGAUUCUAAGAUUAGCAUUUUAUCGUGUAUAUUUUUUUGCUGUUUGUUCUUUGUUAUAGGGCCAAAAAGAUUGGAGAAGUGGUUUACCCAUACAUUUAUGUUGUCGUAAUUGUGCUUAGGGGGGCAUAUGGGGGAGGGAAUGCUGUCUCCUCCAGGUAGGUGUUUGUCCCCCUGUGUGCUGAGGGUGUCAGGUUCUUGUCCAGCUCUGGCAUUUAGGUCGCCACUGACUAGUACAUGUCCCUGGGUCUGGAAAUGAUUGAUUUCCCCCUCCAGGAUGGAGAAGCUGUCUUCAUUAAAGUAUGUGGAUUUUAGUGGGGAGAUAUAGGUAGCACACAGGAUGAUACCAUCAACACCACAGGCCUUUUUGGGUUGAAGGGUUUGUAUUUUGUCCUGUAGUUUAUUCAAUGUAAUUGGAGAAUCCAGUGGGUUCUGAUAGUCUUUAAUAGCUGAUUCUAAGAUUUGUAAUUGAUCAUGUAUAUAUUUUUGCAGUUUUUUCUUUGAGAGCAAAAAAGAUUGGAUAAAUGAUUUAUCCACACAUCUCCGUUUUGAAUAGAUAACUCUUCGUGUUGUUUUUUGUUUAGUGUGUUCCAAUUUUCCCAGAAGUGGUUAGAUUCGAUGGAUUCUUCAAUUACAUUGAGCUGAUUUCUGACGUGCUGUUCCUUCUUUUUCCGUAGUGUAUUUCUGUGAAGGCAUAGACUUUCUGGGUCUCUAUGUUUUUGGGUGGAUAGGUUUCUCAAUUUCUUUCUUAGGUUUUUGCAUUCUUCAUCAAACCAUUUGUCAUUGUUGUUCAUUUUCUUAGGUUGUGUGCUUGACAUUUUUUGAUUUGAUAGGGAAGAUGAAAGGUCAAAUAUACUGUUUAGGCUUUCUACUGCCAAGUUCACUAUUACAGUGAAAUGUUUUGUCCAGGAAGUUACCUGAAAGGGAUUGAAUUUGUUGUUGCCUAUGUUUUUUGGUAGGUUUCUACACUACUUUCCUUCCAUCUAUAGCAUUUCUUAAUAUUGUGCAGUUCCUUUGGCUUUGAUGCCUCAUGAUUGAGUAUUGAUUGCCCUGUUCAGGUAGACUGUGAUUUUGCUGUGAUCUGAUAGGUGUUAGAGGGCAUAGGUCUGAUCUGGGGAGGCCUAAAUAGGGUGUGGCCAGGGUUUGUUUGGGGUGGUCUCAGCUGGUUGGGUUGUGGCUGGUGAAGCUGUGGUCUGGGUGUAAGUCCUGUUGGCGUGGGUUCUCUCGGUGCAGGUCCUUUGGGAGGGGGUCUUGCAGGUCUGGGAGGGUGUCUCGCUGGUCUGGGCGGGGUGUCCGUUGCACUGUUGCUCCUGUGUGAGGUGCCUGGGCUGCGGUUGAGGGUGACGUCCUUCAGGGUCCUGGCAAAGGUUGGGAUUGCUGCCUUGUAGAGGUGGACCUGGUCAUAAAGGCUGUUCAAGUCCUGGGUGGAGUGGUGGGCCAGGUAGACAUUAGGUUUUGAGGCAUAGUCCCGGGAAAUGCUUGCGUUCACCCGCUGUAUGGUGGCAAGGUGAAUGUCUUUUCGUGGUAGCAGUGUGGAGAUAACCGCUUGUGCGUUGGGGAAAGUGGAAGAAGCUUUUUCAAUCACUCCCUUGAGUGCUGUGGCCACCCUUUCCUGCUGGGCCCUCAAGUCGUUUGUGCCUGUGUGAAUUAUAAUGUGGCUGGGCGACCCUAGUCUUUCCUCUGAUAACAGCUCCAGGGCAUGCCUAGUGUUUGGGCACCAGAGUUGAGCCACUUUGUGUUUGGGAAAACGUUUAUUCUCUAAUGUAUUUGCUAUUUGAGUCAAUGAGGAGCACAAUUUCUAGCUUUUGUGUGUCCCUAGUGGAUGUGUGGGGGUUGUCAGGAGAGCUGACAGGGAGGGGGGUGGGGUCUGUUGGGUUGGUGGGUCCUGUGUUGUCUCUCCCAUUGUGGUGUUGAGGUUGUGGUCCGGGUCUGAGGUGGGCUGUUCUGCUGGCUUCUCUGGGGGAGUGUCCUGCUCUCUGUCACACCUCAGCUUUCUCACCUCCUCCUUCAGUGCUGUUAGCUGUGCCAUGUGUUCCUCUUCCUCCUCCUUCACUGCUGUUAGCUGUGCCAUGUGUUCCUCUCCCUCCUCCUUCACUGCUGUUAGCUGUGCCGUGUGUCUCUCCCUCCUCCUUCACUGCAUUUAGCUGUGCCAUGUGUUCCUCUCCCUCCUCCUUCAUUGCAUUUAGCUGUGCCAUGUGUUUCUCUCCCUCCUCCUUCACUGCAUGUAGCUGUGCCAUGUGUUCCUCUCUCUCCUCCUUAAGUUAUCUCACCUCAGUCCGGAGUGCAGCCAGCUCUCUGACAGCCGUCCAUCUUCUUUUUGUACUUAUUCAGUUCAGUGUUAUUUUUAAUAUCCAAGUGGUACUGUACUGUGAUGACAUCUGCACAGGGAUACUUUCUCUCUCUCCCUUUCCAUCUCUCCACUGCAGGCUCCCAGAGGGCUUCACCCAGCUCCUCAACCUGACACAGCUCUUCUUAAACGAUGCCUUUCUGGAAUACCUCCCCGCCAACUUUGGGAGGUGAGUUCAGCCAAUGGACUCCCUUGUCCUGGGGCUGUGGGGCCUAGGGCACUCAGCUGCAGAAGGAGAGGCCCUCCUCUGUGUAUGGAUAUGGUUUGGAGCUUUUAUUCAGUUACAAGUAUGCCUGCACACAACGCCUGGUAAACGUCACUUGCCUGGGGCUUCCAUUAAUAAAGCAAUGGGUUUAGAGACAGAUUGAUAUGUACUGGGGGGGAGGGGCUGAUCCAACUCAAGGUGUCAUUAAAAAAUGCACCCCCCUCCCUAAAGGUACAAAUAUUUUCACAUGACCCUUCCCUUGUACUGUAAAAAUUAAUUUCAUAGAAUUAACUCAAAAUAAUAUUUACGACCACAAAUAACAAUAACUUUAGCGACCAUGUGUUUAUCAACAUGGAUAUCAACUUUGCCACUUCAGCAUGCUUUUGUGGCACAGUCGAUACCACGCAGGGCUACGGUCAGAAGGUUGAGGGUUCACUGACCACCACAGACUCUCUCUCCCUGCCUGUUUCAUUACACUACGAUCAGAGCCGGCUGCAGACAGUGAUCAGCUGGGGGGAAAUUAGAUUUUCAACAGUUUGAUACCACAUUUAUAAUUAUAUAAAAUAUAUGCAACACAUUUUCCACCAACAGGUUUCUGUGCCAAUGCACCACACAACCAAUAAACAAAGCGUACUGACUUCGGGCACUUCAAUAUCAUGGUUUGUGUUUUCAACACCACAAUAAAUAGACUAUGUCAAUUUCGACAAACAGAAAAUAAUUCCCUCCCUACCUUAUAGGCUUACCCAGUAUCAAAGGCUUGGCUUGACAAUCUCUGAAUGUCAUUAAACUUUUUGGUGUUUUGUAUCAGAUGUCUCUUUCCAUUCACGGCUGCACAGUUUGGAUUGAUUGAUUGAUUGAUCAGGGAUUUAUUUCCAUUGUGGUCCCUAUUUUUUUUUUACAUUAAUACAUAUACAAUUACAUAUAUACAGACACAUUACAGAGAUAGAGAUUUAAAAAAAUGCUCAACCUCCAGAUGAGUAUGAGGGGGGAGUUUAAGUACAAUUCUUACAAGCUUGUUUGGCUGGUAGCUUAUUCUUUAGAUGUUUGGGGCUGCUGGUGAAUAAUGAUGUGCAGGCAUAAUCAAAGUAACACUGAACUAGCGCACUUGCCAGGGUCUUUAAUGUGUCUAUAGCUAGGUUUCCAUCCAAUUGGCGACAGAUUUUAAUGUGAAUAUUCUAAAAUCUUCAUAAAAACAAUAUGUCAUUUCAGAGUUUCCUUUAGGAAAAUUUGGCGCCAGACAACAUGACAGGGAAUAUUUUAAUUUACCGGACAUUUAAGAAAUGUAAUGGACAUCUAUAUGCAUUCAGAUACAACCUGGCGCAGCCAGCGCCAUCAAUAAACGAGGGACGUUGGCCAAAUGAGUCACAUUUAUUUUCCUAAAACAAUAAUUGUCCACCUCACGGUUCAGCUGUCAGAGAUGAGCACUAAAUGUGUCAGGGCAUUGCACGCAAAGGCCUAUAGGUAGAAAAGGUGCACAUUUACAUUUACGUAAUUUAGCAGAAGCUCUUAUCCAGAGCGACUUACAGUUAGUGAGUGCAUACAUUUUCAUACUGGCCCCCCGUGGGAAACGAACCCACAACCCUGGCAUUGCAAGCACCAUGCUCUACCAACUGAGCUACAGGGCACAAUUGUCAUACUUGAGUAAAAGUAAAGAUACCUUUAAAAAUGUAAAAGUGAAAGUCACCAAGGAAAAUACCACUUGAGUAAAAGUCUAAAAGUAUUUGCUUUUAAUUAUACUUAAGUAUCAAAAGUAAAAGUAAAAGCAUAAAUAAUUUCAAAUUCCUUAUAUUAAGCUAACCAGACGGCACAAUUUUCUAUUUUAUGUUUGUUUAUGGAUAGCCAGGGGCACACUACAACACGCAGACAUGAUUUACAAACGAAGCAUUUGUGUUUAGUGAGUCCUCCAGAUCAGAGCAGUAGGGAUGACCAGGGAUGAUCUCUUGAUAAGUGCGUGAAUUUGACAAUUUUCCUGUCUGGCUGAGUAUUCAAAGUACUUUUGGGUGUCAGGCAAAAUUAAUGGAGUAAAAAGUACACUAUUUUCUUUAGGAAUGUAGUGAAGUAAAAGUAAAAGUUAAAAAAAUAUAUACAUAGUAAAGUACAGAUACCCCAAAAAACUACUUAACUAGUACUUUAAAAUAUUUUUACUUAAGUACUUUACACCACUAUAUACACUACCAGUCAAAAGUUUGGACACACCUACUCAUUCAAGGGUUUUUCUUUAUUUUUACUAUUUUCUACAUUGUAGAAUAAUAGUGAAGACAUCAAAACUAUGAAAUAACACAUGGAAUCAUGUAGUAACCAAAAAAGUGUUAAAAAAAUCAAAAUAUAUUUUAGAUUUUAGAUUCUUCGAAGUAGCCACCCUUUGCCUUGAUGACAGCUUUGCGUUCUCUCAACCAGCUUCAUGAGGUGGACCUGGAAUGCUUUUCCAACAGUCUUGAAGGUGUUCCCACAUAUGCUGAGCAGUUGUUCGCUGCUUUUCCUUCACUCUGCGGUCCAACUCAUCCCAAACCAUCUCAAUUGGGAUGAGGUGGGGUGAUUGUGGAGGCCAGGUAAUAAUAAUAAUAAUAUGCCAUUUAGCAGACGCUUUUAUCCAAAGCGACUUACAGUCACGUGUGCAUACAUUUUUACGUAUGGGUGGUCCCGGGGAUCGAACCCACUACCCUGGCGUUACAAGCGCUGUGCUCUACCAAUUGAGCUACAGAGGUCAUCUGAUGCAGCACUCCACCACUCUCCUUCUUGGUCAAAUAGCCCUUACACAGCCUGGAGGUGUGUUUUGGGUCAUUGUCCUGUUGAAAAACAAAUGAUAGUCCCAAUAAGCGCAAACCAGAUGGGAUGGCGUGUCGCUGCAGAAUGCUGUGGUAGCUAUGCUGGUUAUGUGUGCCUUGAAUUGUAAAUAAGCAAAGCACCCCCACACCAUAACACCUCCUCUUCCAUGCUUCACGGUGGGAACCACACAUGCAGAGAUCAUCCAUUCACCUACUCUGCUUCUCACAAAGACACGGUGGUUGGAACCAAAAAUCUCAAAUUUGGACUCAUCAGACCGAAGGACAAAUUUCCACCCUCUAAUGUCCAUUGCUCAUGUUUCUUGCCCCCAGAAAGUAUCUUCUUCUUAUUGGUGUCCUUUAGUAUUGGUUUCUUUGCAGCAAUUCGACCUUGAAGGCCGGAUUCACGCAGUCUCCUCUGAACAGUUGAUGUUGAGAUGUGUCUGUUACUUGAACUCUGUGAGGUGCAAUCUGAGGUGCAGUUAAUUGCUGAUUUCUGAGGCUGUUAACUCUAAUGAACUUAUCCUCUGCAGCAGAGGUAACGCUGGGUCUUCCUUUCCUGUGGCGGUCCUCAUGAGAGCCAGUUUCAUCAUAGCGUUUGAUGGUUUUUGCGACUGCACUUGAAGACAUUUUCAAAGUUCUUGACAUUUUCCGGAUUGACUGACCUUCAUGUCUUAAAGUAAUGAUUGACUGUCGUUUCUCUUUGCUUGUUUGAGCUGUUCUUGCCAUAAUAUGGACUUGGUCUUUUACCAAAUAGGGCUAUCUUCUGUAUACCCCCCUACCACAAGACAACUGAUUGGCUCAAAUGCAUUAAGAAGGAAAUAAAUUCCACAAAUUAACUUUUAACAAAGCACACCUGUUAAUUGAAAUGCAUUCCAGGUGACUUCCUCAUGAAGCUGGUUGAGAGAAUGCCAAAAGUGUGUAAAGCUGUCAUCAAGGCAAAGGGUGGCCACUUUGAAUAAUCUCAAAUAUAAAAUAUAUUUGCUUAACACUUAACACUUAACCACUUUUUUGGUUACUACAUGAUUCUAUAUAUGUUAUUUCAUAGUUUUGAUGUCUUCACUAUUAUUCUACAAUGUAAAAAAUUUGAAAAACCCUUGAAUGAGCAGGUGUGUCCAAACUUUUGACUGGUAGUAUAUACGUAUAUAUAUAUAUAUAUAUAUAUAUAUAUAUAUAUAUAUAUAUAUAUAUAUAUAUAUAUAUAUAUACAGUUGAAGUUGGAAGUUUACAUACACCUUAGCCAAAUACAUUUAAACUCAGUUUUUCACAAUUCCUGACAUUUAAUCCUAGUAAAAAUUCCCUGUCUUAGGUCAGUUAGGAUCACCACUUUAUUUUAAGAAUGUGAAAUUUCAGAAUAAUAGUAGAGAGAAUGAUUUAUUUUAGCUUUUAUUUCUUUCAUCACAUUCCCAGUGGGUCAGAAGUUUACAUACACUCAAUUAGUAUUUGGUAUUGCUAUUCAAUUGUUUAACUUGGGUCAAGCAUUUCGGGUAGCCUUCCACAAGCUUCCCACAAUAAGUUGGGUGAAUUUUGGCCCAUUCCUCCUGACAGAGCUGGUGUAACUGAGUCAGGUUUGUAGGCCUCCUUGCUAGCACACGCUUUUUCAGUUCUGCCCACAAAUGUUCUAUAGGAUUGAGGUCAGAGCUUUGUGAUGGCCACUCCAAUACCAUGACUUUGUGGUCCUUAAGCCAUUUUGCCACAACUUUGGAAGUAUGCUUGGGGUCAUUGUCGAUUUGGAAGACCCAUUUGCGACCAAGCUUUAACUUCCUAACUAUAGAUGUUGCUUCAAUAUACCCACAUAAUUUUCCUUCCUCAUGAUGCCAUCUAUUUUCUGAAGUGCACCAGUCCCUCCUGCAGCAAAUCACCCGCACAGCAUGAUGCUGCCACCCCCGUGCUUCACGGUUGGGAUGGUGUUCUUCAGCUUGCAAGUCUGCCCCUUUUUCCUCCAAACAUAACGAUGGUCAUUAUGGCCCAACAGUUCUAUUUUUGUUUCAUCAGACCAGCGGACAUUUCUCCAGAAAGUACAAUCUUUGUCCCCAUGUGCAGUUGCAAACCGUAGUCUGGCUUUUUUUAUGGCGGUUUUGGAGCAGUGGCUUCUUUCUUGCUGAGCGGUCUUUCAGGUUUUUUCGAUAUAGGACUCGUUUUACUGUGGAUAGAGAUACUUUUGUACCUGUUUCCUCCAGCAGCUUCACAAGGUCCUUUGCUGUUGUUCUGGGAUUGAUUUGCACUUUCCGCACCAAAGUACGUUAAUCUCUUGGAGACAGAACGCGUCUCCUUCCUGAGCGGUUUGAUGACUGCGUGGUCCCAUGGUGUAUAUACUUGCAUGCUAUUGUUUGUACAGAUGAACGUGGUACCUUCAGGCGUUUGGAAAUUGCUCCCAAGGAUGAACCAGACUUGUGGAGGUCUACACAUUCUUUUCUGAGGUCUUGGCUGAUUUCUUUUGAUUUUCCCAUGAUGUCAAGCAAAGAGGCACUGAGUUUGAAGGUAGGCCUUGAAAAACGAGUUCUAAUGACUCCAACCUAAGUGUAUGUAAACUUCCUACUUCAACUGUAUAUACUCACUGUCAACUGAGUUUAUUUUCAGCAAACUUAACAUGUGUAAGUAUUUAUAUGAACAUAACAAGAUUCAACAACUGAGACAUAAACUGAACAAGUUCCACAGACAUUGUGUCGAGUACUGAGUAUACGAAGAGGCAGGAUGCAGAUGCAGGAAUUAACAAGGUCAAGGUUUACUAAACGAUGAGAAAGAGAAAUAACAAACAUAGAGUAAACGACACGAAGCUAAACGAUCACACACAACAUCAUCCAGAACAGUCCAGGGCUAAAUAGGGGUGGUGAUGAGAUGAUGAGGUGCAGGUGUGCUGGAGGUGAUUAGGGUGCGUUGGGUUUCCAUUCCGGUGUUGCCGAGGUGGUGUGCUCAGACCGGUGGCUCAGUAGACCGGCGAAUCAGAGCGCCGGAGGGGAGCAACGGGAGGAGACGUGACAGUACCCAACCCCCCCCCCCCCCCCCCCCCCGGACGUGCGACUCCAGCCACUGGACGUCGCCGGCCAGGAGGAUGACCCCGAGGAGCAGGCCGGUCAAGGCGGUGGUGACGGUGGAAGUCCCGAAUUAGGUUGGGGUCCAGAACGUCCCCAGCCAGAACCCAGCUCCUCUCCUCAGGACCAUACCCCUCCCAGUCCACCAGGUAAUGGAGCUGUCCCCCAUGGAACCUGGAGUCCAGCAGGUCCCUCACCGCAUUCGCCGGACUACCGUCAAUGUCCAGGGGCGGAGGAGGCGUACCCCGGGGGACGGCAUCCGCCAGAGGACCAGGAACCACCGGCCUGAGGAGCGACACAUGAAAAGUGGGUGAGACACGGUAGUGAGGGGGAAGGAGCAGCCGGUAUGAUACCUCAUUUAUCUGCCGAGAACUUAAAUGGCCCCACAAACCGGUGGCUCAGUUUCUUGCAGGGCAGGCGGAGAGGGAGGUUUUUUGUGGACAGCCAGACACGAGCCCAAGGCUGGAAUACAGGGGCCUCACUGCGGUGGCGGUCGGCUUGGUCCUUCUGCCAAUGAAGGCCCUGUGGAAGCACUCGUCGACAGCAGGCGCAUCGGUCUGGCUGGGUGUCCAAGGGGCCAGGGCCGGCUGGUACCCUAGGACGCACUAGAAGGGAGUGAGCCCCGUGGAAGAGUGAACGAGGGAGUUCUGGGCAUAUUCUGCCCAGGGAAGAAACCCUGCCCACUCACCCUGCCGGUCCUGACAGUGGCAACGAAGAAACUCCGUAGCUCCUGGUUCAUGCGCUCCACCUGCCCAUUAGACUGAGGCCUAUACCCGGAAGUGAGGCUGGCCGUGGCCCCGAUCUUCUCCAGUAAAGCCUUCCACAUUCGGGAGGUGAAUUGGGGGCCACGGUCCGAGACGAUGUCCUCCGGAAGUCCAUAAUGCUGGAAGACCUGUUGGAACAGGACCUCAGCGACCUGAUGAGCAGAAGGAAGACCAGUUAGUCGCAAAAAACUGCAUGAUUUGGAGAACUGAUCUACGAUCACCAUGACUGUGGUGAAGCCGUAAGAACGUGGAAGGUCGGUGACAAAGUCUAUGGACAGGUGUGACCAAGGUUGCUGAGGCACUGGGAGAGGAACUAGUUUUCCUGCCGGGGCGUUCCGAGGUGUCUUCGUUUGGGUACAUACGGAACAGGAGUUGACAUAGCUGGAGACAUCAGAAGCCAAGGUGGGCCACCAGUAUUUUGUGGCUAGAGAAUGCAGGGUGCGCAUAAUACCAGAGUGCCCUGCCGUAAGGGUAGUGUGCGCCCAGAUCAGCAGGCGGUCACGGACACUGGUGGGUACAUACACGCGCCCCGGUGGGGCGUUGGCAGGCGCUGGGUCCUCCUGAGCCGCCAGGCGGAUGUCUUCGUCCACAUCCCAAACGACAUGUGCAACGAUGAGAGACGAAGGUAGGAUAGGACCCCCCCAGAUCCUUCCUUUCUCCGGUAUGGUGCAUCCUGGAGAGUCGUCAAGACGGAUGGACGUGGUGAUGAGGGUAUCAAGUUCCAUCUCGUCGUUCCGACAUGCGAGUUCCGUCUUGAAGUCCUCCUGUAAGCCUCUCCUGAAGACUGUGCGCAGAGCACGCUCAUUCCAGCCGGAAGACGCCGCCACCAUGCGAAAUCUGAGAGCGUACUCGGACACGGGCCCCUCUCGCUGUUGUAGAUGGAGGAGACGCUCACCCCCGUCCUUUCCCUCCGUGGGAUGAUCAAACACCACCCUGAACCGAGCGAGGAAGGUGGGGUAGGGAAGCGCCACUGCCUCCUCUCCUUCCCAGACUGCCGUGGCCCAAUCCAGCGCCUUUCCUUUAAGUAGCGAAAUCACCAGCGCUAUCCUGGCUUUGUCCGAUGGAUAUAUCCCAGGCUGACGCGCCAGAUAAAGUGAAACCUGUAGCAGGAAGCCGCUACAUUUAGUAGUUUUACCGUCAUAGCGCUCCGGUAGGGCGAGGGUUCCCGCAGAAGUGGGUGAUAGCACGGGAAUAGGUGGAUUGGGGGCACUCGCCGCUCCCUGAGGUGGAACCGGAGCGCUGGGCAGAUUAUGCAGAGUUUGGAGCACUUCCUGCAUGGUGGCGUUCAACUGGACAAUCUGCUGCUGGUGCUGGUCGAGGCACUGGGAAACUCCUGCUGCAUCCAUUAUCGUUUGGUGUGUGAUUCUGUGACGAGUACUGAGUAUGCGAAGAGGCAGGACGCAGACGCAGGAAUUAACAAGAUCAAGGUUUAUUAAACAAUGACAAAGAGAAAUAACAACAAACAGAGUAAAUGACACGAAGCUAAACAAUCACACACAACAUCAUACAGAACAGUCCAGGGCUAAAUAGGAGUGGUGAUGAGAUGAUGAGGUGCAGGUGCACUGGAGGUGAUUAGGGUGUGUUGGGUUUCCAUUCCGGUGUUGCCGAGGUGGUGGCUCAGUAGGGCGGCGAAUCAGAGCGCCGGAGGGGAGCAACGGGAGGAGACGUGACAGACAUGUAACUAACAGAAAUUGAAUAAUGUGUCCCUGAACAAAGUGGGAGUCAAAAUCAAAAGUAACAGUCAGUUUCUGGUGUGGCCACCAGCUGCAUUAAGUACUGCAGUGCAUCUCCUACUCAUGGACUGCACCAGAUUUGCCAGUUCUUGCUGUGAGAUGUUACCCCACUCUUCCACUAAGGCACCUGUAAGUUCCCUGACAUUUCUGGUGGGAAUGGCCCUAGCCCUCACCCUCCGAUCCAUCAGGUCCCAGACGUGCUCAGUGGGAUUGAGAUCCGGGCUCUUCGCUGGCCAUGGCAGAACACUGACAUUCCUGUCUUGCAGGAAAUCACGCACAGAACGAGCAGUAUGGCUGGUGGCAUUGUCAUGCUGGAGGGUCAUGUCAGGAUGAGCCUGUAGGAAGGGUACCACAUGAGGGAGGAGACUGUCUUCCCUGUAACGCACAGCUUUGAGAUUGCCUGCAAUGACAACAAGCUCAGUCCGAUGAUGCUGUGACACACCGCCCCAGACCAUGACGGACCAUCCACAUCCAAAUCGAUCCCGCUCCAGAGUACAGGCCUCGGUGUAACGCUCAUUCCUUCAACGAUAAACGCGAAUCCGACCAUCACCCCUGGUGAGACAAAACCAACACUCGUCAGUGAAGAGCACUUUUUGCCAGUCCUGUCUCGUCCAGCGAUGGUGGGUUUGUGCCCAUAGGCAACGUUGUUGCUGGUGAUGUCUGGUGAGGACCUGCCUUACUACAGGCCUACAAGCCCUCAGUCUAGCCUCUAUCAGCUUAUUGUGGACAGUCUGAGCACUGAUGGAGGGAUUGUGCGUUACUGGUGUAACUCGGGCAGUUGUUGUUGCCAUCCUGUACCUGUCCCGCAGGUGUGAUGUUCAGAUGUACCAAUCCUGUGCAGGUGUUGUUACAUGUGGUCUGCCACUGCGAGGACGAUCAGCUGUCCGUUCUGUCUCCCUGUAGCGCUGUCUUAGGCGUCUCACAGUACGGACAUUGCAAUUUAUUGCCCUGGCCACAUCUGCAGUCCUCAUGCCUUCUUGCAGCAUGCCUAAGGCACGUUCACAUAGAUGAGCAGGGACCCUGGGCAUCUUUCUUUUGGUGUUUUUCAGAGUCAGUAGAAAGGCCUCUUUAGUGUCCUAAGUUUUCAUAAUUGUGACCUUAAUUGCCUACCGUCUGUAAGUUGUUAGUGUCUUAACGACCGUUCCACAGGUGCAUGUUCAUUAAUUGUUUAUGGUUCAUUGAACAAGCAUGGGAAACAGUGUUUAAACCCUUUACAAUGAAGAUCUGUGAAGUUAUUUGGAUUUUUACGAAUUAUCUUUGAAAGACAGGGUCCUGAAAAAAAUAUGUUUCUUUUUUUGCUGAGUGUGUGUAUAUAUAUAUAUAUAUAUAUAUAUUAAGGAAGAGAAGCUUAGGCCUAACCACAGAGAGAUAGAUAUGCCGGUGGCAUGCUACGACACCGACAUUUGUACUUGUAUUUGUAUUUAUUAUGGAUCCCCAUUAGCUGCUUCCAAGGCAUCAACUACUCUUCCUGGGGUCCAGCAAAAUUAAGGCAUUUAUACAAUUUUAAAAACAUUACAAUACAUUCACAGAUUUCACAACACACUGUGUGCCCUCAGGCCCCUUCUCCACCACUACUACAUAUCUACAAUACCAAAUGCAUGUGUACGUGUGUGUAUAGUGCGUAUGUUAUCGUGUGUGUGUAUGCAUGUGUCUGUGCCUAUGUUUGUGUUGUUUCACAGUCCCCGCUGUUCCAUAAAGUGUAUGUGUAUCUGUUUUUGAAAUCUAAUUUUACUGCUUGCAUCAGACAUGCAUUUCUUUAUGUCAGAUGGCUAAUGCGUCUGCUAUACAGAUAUAGACGUACAGAAGGAGGGUAAUAAAGACAAGCAUUAUAUUGUUAGAUUAUAGGAGUAACUCUGGUAGGUCUGAAACAGUCUUCCUCACCUCAAGUUCAACUGUCGGAGUCAGUUGGAGCGCCGGGGCGAACUGCCUUCAUAUCAUAGGCCUGCAGUAGCUAAAGCUUAAUAAAAGCUACACCAUACCAAACCAUAACAAACAUUUCUAAACUUUAUUAUGGUAAUAUCAAAAGUAAGUCAAGCCAUUGUUUAUAGGGAAAAUACGAGCAGAAGAGCUAAUGUAAACCAGGGAAAAAACAUACUACCCUCCCCUGUGCCCCUCCAAAAGACACACAACUCUCCCCAAAGCAAAGAAAAUAGUUUUACAACCCUCCCCUAUUUUGGACCAUCCCGCCCCCCGAGUACAUCUGUCUUAACAACAUCUCCUAUCUGGUUUGGUGAUGAAUGGAGAAAAGGGCAUGAUUUAUCAAAACAGCAGUGGUAUUACUCUUGGGCUCAGUGUAAUGGAAUUUAUGGUUGGGGUGUCAUGUUUUUUUUCUCCAAUACUAACAUCUAUUAAUACUGAGAUGGAAAAAUCUGUUUUCUGUCUUGUUAUGGUUGCGUGUGUUUUUGACAUCCUCUACCUUUCAGACUUUCCAAGUUACGGAUCCUGGAACUGCGAGAGAACCACCUGAAAACAAUGCCAAAGUGAGUGACUCAGCACACAGAGACCUCUCCUUACCUCACCUCACCUCACCAGGGCAGCUAGAGUUAGCUACAGAGACGUGUUUGAUAAUGGGAUUGAAAGGAAAGGUCACAAUAAAAUACAUCCCAAGCGCAAACUGAACUUAGCUCUUUGCCAACAUCUUUGUCAACAUACUUUUCACUGAACUUCAUGGGUAACUUGCAGCCAAUAUCACUGAUUCCUACAAAUAGAGAGAACUAUCAUUUUUGACUUUCUUUGAGUGUUAUCUAUCCACAUGUUAGUAGAGAGUCCUUUAUUGCAAUGUCUGUGUUUUUCCCAAGCGCCUAAAAUAAAUGAUAUCCCUCGUCCCAUCGCACUCUACCCAGCCUACCCACCUCAGAUCUGUCCCCUCUCUCCAAUGGAGAAGCCACUGAUGUAACCAUGAAAAGUGUCUGUUAAUGAAAGCCCUGACAGCUUUAGCAGCCAACAUGCCCAUACAGCCCCUAUGAAACAUCCAACCCUGCCCAAGAUACUACUCCAUACGGAAGGCUUAGAUUUGUAUCAUUACCCCUGCACCACACAAACCCUAAACCUCAACUAAAUCUUGUUAUGAAUAAUGUGGAAAUUGAGCAAGUUGAGGUGACUAAACUGCUUGGAGCAACCCUGGAUUGUAAACUGUCAUGGUCGAAACAUAUUGAUACAACAGUAGCUAAGAUGGGGAGAAGUCUAUCAACAAGGCAGGUCCUACAGACCCUAGUUCUAUAUCGUGGAGCUCCGCCCCAUAGGGGAGCUCUGCUCCUAGUGGUUUACCCUCUGCCCUAAGGCAGCAACAGCCUGAGACAAAAUUAUGCACACACCUGCAGCCAAUAGGAGUACAGGUGUCCCUAUAAGAGGGGAUGCCUCCCCUCAAUCAGCCUCCCUUUUUCUUCAGCGACUGGAUGACUAGACUGAAGAGCCAAGAAGAGACGAAGCACAAGACUCAGGACGAAAAAUGCCGUUGAUAUUCCAGUCAUCAACGUCGUCUAAAUGAGCACACCGGGAGAUUUUCCACCCCCAAAAGCUCUUUUCAGAGCUCAGUGCAGAUGCACUUCCAUGGAGGCCGGUGAACACCACGACCUGUGUUUCGUGUGUUUGGGAUCCCAGCAUGCCAAGGAAGGCGUCUGCAGUCCCCCGAAUUGCGCCUCCUGCGCCCUCCUUUCUUUAAAGGAGAGGAAGCAGCGUUGGGCGUUUUUCAGGGAGGACAUCCCCCUUGAGGACGUGCUGUCGAUACUAGCCUCUGCUUCAGAGGCGUCGUCCGACGGCGCAGACUCGGGGGAAGAUAGGGACUUUGAGGAGGAGUCUGGCAUUCCUAUGGAACAGUCGGACCCCAUCCCUCAUACUUUCAAGCCCCCCUUUCCUUUGGAGAGCGAGAGGACUUGUAGUCCCUAUAGCGAAGGGGAUACGAGCUCUGAGAGAUCAGAAGCUCUCUCUUUCGCUGCAGCCUCUCUGAGAUCGGAUUUUCCGGGUCUCAUUGAGAGAGCUGCUCAACGGCUGGUGAUAAGGCUGCCCCCUCUUCCCUCCGCACCGGAGGUUGAUAUGAUGGAGGGCGGUCCUUAUUCUAGGCCAAGGAAGGCGGCAGAGCCAGUGGCUCCUGCCAUGCCUUCUUUGGCUAGGUACGUUGUGGGCUCGUGGGAGGCACCUUUAGCGGCGCGUUCGCCAGUAAAAGCGUAUCUCCCAUUCACGAGAGUGGAAGGAAGGUUUCAGGGUCAGGGAAUCCCCAGGUUAGAGAGCGCCAUGGCGGCGUAUCUCGUACCGGGUUCGAGCCCUUGGCCCUCUUCCAAGAAGGCCACGUUGCCAUCCCAGAAGGACCGACUCACAGCGUCGCUGUUAGAGAAGUCCUUUGGGUUGGGAGCCCAAGCUGUAGCAGCAGCUAACAACAUUGCCCUCUUGGCGGCCUCUCUGUCCCGUUUAACCACGGGCAAGACAGAGCUGGCACCGGAGGAGGUGGAGGAGGCGUCCAGAAUUUCUGGCGCCAUACUCCACCUGACACAGGCGUCCGCAGUCUGCGCGGGGAGGUCCAUGGCCACUUCGGUGGUCGGGGAACGACACCUCUGGUUGUCCUUGACAUCCAUGAAAGAGGCAGACAGGACAUCUCUCUUGAACGCCCCCCUCUCUGACGACGGCCUCUUUGGGGUCGCAGUCAAAGAGGCGACGGAGCGUUUUUCCAAGCUGGAGGAGGAUAAGAAGCAGCUGGCCAAGCACCUGCCGUUGGCAGGACGACUCGGCCCCCCUCCAUCCCAAAGGCCAUCUACCUCCGCCCCUCUAAGUAGACCGGGGUCUACGGCGAGGCGGCGUAAUCGGCGUCAUCCGGCGGCCACGAGCAGCAAGGGAACGGGCCCCGCCCUUCCAGCAGCUACGGUAGCCCCACUACAGCCGGCGAGGGAGGUGACGAGGACGCCGACCUGGCCCUCCAAGGGCCCCAUGAGCUGUCAGGUGGAGAGUAUUCUCUCUUUUCUACAGCUCAUGUUUGAUAAGCAAAAAUCGCCUGCCACUAUUAGGGUGUUUGCAGCAGCGAUUUCAGCUUGUCAUGAGGGGUUUGGCAGAGACAAUGUCUUUAGCCACCCUCUAGUGAAACGCUUCCUAUUAGGAACGCGGCGACUUAGGCCAACACCUAGAGUCACGCUUCCUCAGUGGGAUUUGGCUUUGGUACUCGAAGCGCUAUGUAAGUCGCCGUUCGAGCCAUUGAAUCAAAUACCCCUCAAGAUGCUGUCUAUUAAGACAGCACUGUUGCUCGCUUUGACUACAGCUAAGCGGGUCAGUGAUUUGUGUGCUCUUUCGACGAGACCUGACUGCCUGGCCAUCAAUGGUGACCUGAGCAGAGCAGUGUUACGUCCUAACCCGGCAUUUGUGCCGAAGGUUAUUAAGAGUUCAUAUAGGUCACAGACCGUGGAGCUGUGGGCUUUUCCUCCUCCUCCUCAUAGAGAGAGGAGUGAGGAAAAGCUCCAUCGCCUGUGCCCGGUACGUGCUUUGGCGUGUUACGUCGAGCGCACAGCGGCGAUAAGGUCAUCGCCUCAGUUGUUUGUGUGUCACGGUGCGGCUGCACUAGGUAGAACACUUUCAAAACAGCGGUUGUCUCACUGGCUUUGUGAAGGCAUUGAGACAGCUUAUGAGGCAGCGGGGCGGCAAUUGCCUCAGGGUAUCAGGGCUCACUCCACUCGUGGAGUAGCGGCUUCUACUGCCCUUUUCAGAGGAACAGGGGUAGAGGAUAUCUGUAGAGCAGCAUCCUGGUCGACGCCAUCUCCAUUUAGCCGUUCCUAUCUCUUAGAUAUGUCUUCUAACUCUCUGGCUCGAUCUGUACUCAGCGUGGCUGAAGGGAGAUCUUGAGCAAGAAAGAGAGGAGAAGCAGGACUGUGGACACAGGUUUCCAUCAGGUCCGCUUUGGUUAGGAAGACGUGUUUUUUGAUAGAUGUGUUUUCUAACUCUUUGGCUCGGUCUGUACUCAGCAUAGCUGAAGGGAGAUCUUGAGCUAGGAAGAGAGGAAAAAGCAGGACUAUGGACAAGGUUUCCAUCAGGUCCGCUUUGGAUAAGAAAACAUAUUUUGUGGCAUGAAUCCUGACUGACAGGUUCAGUACAGUAGAGGCAUGCGUUGAUUGACAGAAUGUGAGGUCAUCUAUCUGCUUGUUCAGUUUAGUAUGACCCAUGUUUUGUUCCUGCCCACUAAUCUCUGGGAUUCCAUUGAGUGAGUGAGGCGGUCUACCGCGUUCACAAUGUAGAGUGACACUUGGUGUCAUUCCAUUAGUGGUCGGUAGUGUUUUCACAGGAUAUUGAGGCACAUCUAUCUGCUAGUACAGAUUAGUAUGGCUUCUAUUCUGGUGAUCUGCCCACUAGUCAUUGGCAUUGCCAUUGGACUAGGUGGGGCGGGUCUUUAACCGAUGACGCGGUAUAUUGUGACGCCCGUAGGGGUUUUUAGUUGCAGUACUGCGGGACUUGGUUGCAGCCAUUGCUAGGCCUGACCUUCUCGUUUCGAUGGGAAGUGUUAGGCUCGGCAGGGAGUACAUUUUGGAGCGCUACGCUCCGCCUUAAACCACUAGGAGCAGAGCUCCCCUAUGGGGCGAAGCUCCACGAUAUAGAACGAUUAGUUACCGGAGUGUAACUCCAGUUCUAUGAGUGGAGCGGAGCCCCAUAGGACUUAAGGCCCUGCCGACAAUCUCUAGUCUCGCUGAAGAAAAAUAUCUCGGGAGGCUGAUUGAGGGGAGGCAUCCCCUCUUAUAGGGACACCUGUACUCCUAUUGGCUGCAGGUGUGUGCAUAAUUUUGUCUCAGGCUGUUGCUGCCUUAGGGCAGAGGGUAAACCACUAGGAGCAGAGCUCCCCUAUGGGGCUCCGCUCCACUCAUAGAACUGGAGUUACACUCCGGUAACUAAUCGUUUUGUCGCACCUGGACUGUGUGGUCAGGUGCCACAAAGAGGGUCUUAGGAAAAUUGCAAUUCGCUCAGAACAGGGCAGCACGGCUGGCCCUUGGAUGUACACAGAGAACUAACAUUAAUAAUAUGCAUGUCAAUCUCCUGGCUCAAAGUGGAGGAGAGAUUGACUUCAUCACUACUUGUAAUUGUGAGAGGUACUGACAUGUUGAAUGCACCGAGCUGUCUGUUUGAACCACUGGUACACAGCUCGGACACCCAUGCAUACCCCACAAGACAUGCCACCAGAGCUCCCUUCCCAGAACAGACUAUGGGAGGUGCACAGUACUACAUAGAGCCAUGAGUACAUGGAACUUUAUUCCACAUCAAGCAACACAUGCAAGCAGUAAAAUUUGAUUUAAAAACUGAUAUAAAUACACCUUAUGGAACAGCGGGGACUGAGAAGAGACACAAGCACAGACACAUGCAUACACACACACGAUAACAUACACACUAUACACACAUGUACACAUGGAUUUUGUGUUGUAGAUAUGUGGUAGUAGAGUAGUGGCCUGAGGGCACACACUUAAUAUGUUGAGAAAUCUGUUGUGAAUGUAUUGUAAUGUUUUUAAAAUUGUAUAGCUGCUUUAAUUUUGCUGGACCCCAGGAAAGUAGCUGAUGCCUUGGCAGCAUCUAAUGGGAUCCAUAAUAAGUACAAAUACAAAUAUACAACUCUGGGGGCCAAAUAGCCUGAGGAACAUUCCAGGCUGGAAUUCUAAUGGGCAGAUUAGAGUGAGAGCAUGGUAAAUAGCAGCUUCUAAAGCAAGCAAAUGCCAUCAGUCUCUCUCUGUGCGACGGAGAGCAUGUGUCAGAGGGACACUGUGCUGUGCUGUGGCCAGUCCCUGUUGUCAGGCCUUGUUAUUUGAUGUCUAAAUGAAAUGUGAAGAAGACCCCAUGUUGGAACGUGUGUGUACAGGUGUGUAGCCAGUGGAGCGCAUCCAAUGAUGUUGCGAUUUAUCAUAGUGGAGAGUGCUGAGCUGCGAGCCCCAGACACACACACACACACACACAAACACACGCACACUGCUCACAUUAGUUGGUGCAUGCUGGCUCCCUCAGGUGUCCUGAUUGAAAACUAUUUUUAUCCCACCAUGACCAAUAACCCUAUGCCCCACACUAGAAACAAAGUUGAAUGAAGUAAAUCAUCCUCUUCAACCUCGAAUGUGGCAUAGAAAGGGAUGUUUGUUCAUUUGUGUAAACCAACUCAAAUGUGUUUCCCCUUGGAGAUAAGUGUAAUGUCCUCAUUCAGUUAAUGAGUUUAUCAUGUUACCAUGAAGUCAUUGGAGGGGAAGUGUAUCCUAGAGGAAGGGUAUAGAUAAUAAAUAGGCUUUGAUAUGUUAUGAAGGAUGGGGAGACAUUCUGCCAUGAGGGAUCUGAUCUGUUUGUUCUCACAUCAUUAUUGGAAUUGACUAAUUGCUAUGUGGCCCAGCUGCUCUAUAUCAUGACAUAAAACAGCAGUAUCUGCUUCAGUGAUUUGACUAAUGGAUGCUCUCCAUUCACCACUCAAGACAAAGCUCCUCUGCAAUACCAAGCCAAUACAAACAUUAAUGAUGUGCAAUACAUCUUAGAUGGAAUCAUUCUGACAUUGCUCUCCCCGACUGACAUUGUGUACACUACAUUGCAACAAGUUUAAUUUGAGGUGUUGCCUGGUGCAAUGGAGAAAGCCAUUUCCUGUUAUAUUAAUCAUUAACUAACUAACUGCGUUGUUUUGAUUUGAGCUAUUUAUAUUUGCAGUGAAUAUUAUGUGAAUGUGUGGGGAUGUCUGGCUAGCAUGCCGUCCCCUCUUGGAUGGCAGAGUUACAGGAAGCCUGGUUGGGAGGGAGUGUUGCUGAUGAUUGGCCUUUCUAAAUGGUGACUUUGUUUCUAUGCCAGAAUCUGAGGCUCUUCCCUCUUGUUUGCUGCAGGUCAAUACACAGACUGUCACAGCUGGAGCGAUUAGACUUGGGAAGCAAUGAAUUCACUGAACUGGUAAGAAAAGAGGCCCUUUGAAGACGCCAGUCACAUGGACAGCAGUUGUCACCACACAGGCAGCCAUGGCCCAGCAGACCUGGGGGACAAGCCAGAGCAGGACCCCCCUCAAUCUGCUCUGCACCCUCAUUAGGUCUCCAGCACUGCUCCCCCGCCCGCCGUGUGUGUGUGCGUGUCUGGGCAGGCAGGCAUUUGUGUGUGUGAGUGCAUGCCUGUGGCGUGGUGGUGGGUGUGCAGGCAGGCGCGUGUGUGUGUACACUUGAUGCAUUAUUUACUAGGGUAGCUCAAAUGUGCACGACUUGGCACGUCAGGACGCCCACCACCGAGCACAUUUUAAUUGGCUGUUGGAGCUGGAGUAAACAAUGGCAGGGAAUUUAUCAAACGAUCCAGCCCUAUACCCCUGCACUGUGCUUGAUGCUGACCAUGUCACAUUAAUUGAGUGGUUGUCUAAAUCAAUCGCCUGGUCUGUAAGCGGUAAACGACUACAGUGUCUGGGGAAAACAUUGAGACGGAAACCAAAGAGUAAGCCAUUAUUGUGUUUAGCUAAUGAUUGGACUAGUUAACCUUUCUUUUAACCCUCCAUUUUCAUCCUAUUGGCUAUGUUCUCUGGACCGUGUUCUGUGUAUUUAUCUCACUGAUUAGUGGUCCAGAGGGGUAUACUACAAAGCAGGAUCAGUGAUUUAGCCAGUUAACUUUGAUAAACAACCAGAAAUAACUAUUGAUUUUCUGGUUCAUUAUGAAAGCUAAACGUGUAUAUACAGUAUGUGUUUUUGGUUGUUGAGUCAAAUAGACCAUGCCCAUUUCAACCUUAUCUUUCAAAAAAAUUAAAAAGUUAUUUCCGAAUAGCUAGGCAAGUUAGCUGGCUAACUCAUUGAUCCUGCAUUGUAGUAUACACCUCAAGUCUAGAGCAGAGUAAUAGAACAGAGGAGGGAGAUGAAAACAGUCAUACUAUUCCUAGGUUCUCAGAAUGGGAAAUGGCUGAUACACUAGAAAGGUACUGUGAGGGUAAGGUUUGAUGCUGCAUGGUCAUUGACCAACAAUCCGUGGGAUAUCUAAAAGUAGGCGAUAUGAAGUGUGAGGAUGCAGAAUGCUCAGGGAGGGAGGGAGGCUUUUUAAGGGUGUAACGUAACAUCUCCAAGUCAUCCUUGGUUAACAAGAUCACACACUGUUCUGGGACUAGGGCUGAGGCUGGGGACUGGGGAGACCUGGGGAGAGCUGCUGGCUGAAGCCAUGCAUGACAUGCUCUGUGCCACAGGUCCACUAGGACGUAUUUCUGCUUUGGAAUUGGCUGUAGGUCUAUACUUUGUGUCAAUGUCUGAUGCAGGUUUCACUAUUUCCAGGACUUUGUCCUUGGGUAGUGAGAAAAGGGCAUAUUUGCACGGCCCCUUCCAAGGGAGCAGAUGGUUUGGCAUUGUGAUAAGCGUGCUUUGCUGUUCGAAGCCUCCAAGUUACUGCAGAGUGAGCGAGCGCCCAUCGACUCUUCCUCGUGCUAUAGUCUGAACUCCCAAUCUCUGUGUCCUACAUAAGUACAAGCCUUUCUCCCUCCACUUAUGACCUAUCUCAUCCUCCCAGUGGUUCCCAACCUUUUUCAGUUACUGUCCAACCAACUGAAUUUUGCUCUGCCUGGAGUACGCCUGAAGUACCCCCUCAAGUGUAUUUUACCAGUAGGUCUCAUGAGUCUUCUCAAGUACCCCCUGUGGAUAGGCUAAGUACCCACUGGGGUCCUAGUACCCCUGGUUGGGAACCACUGCUCUACCCCAUCCCCAUUCAAGGACUACUGUUGCUUUUUGCUGAUGGUGUGAGCGACAUUACCAAUGGUCAUCUCAAUUCCCCUAAAAUAGAACCCUCUAGUGUAGCUUUAUUGCCUGGUGAAUUUGAAGCCCAGGGAAAAUAGAGUGCAUUUUCUCGCAUUCCUUAAGCUGUUGUUGUUUCCUUGUCUACCCUAUACUUUGUGCCAACAUGCCUAAUGCAUUUUCUUCAGCUGGUGGUUUUUGUGGUGAAUCUUAGAUUCUAUCAGUGUUUUUCAGCCCUGAGAAUUCAUGGACUUUAUCCACCCUGGUUUACUGGUAUUGUUUUGUGGAGGGAGACAGCUUUUCCUCUUAACUGACCUGAGCACUGGAAUGUAAUUCAGUCAAAAGAGCCUUUAAGAGGCUGUCUGAACCAGAGGCUCUAUGAAAGCUCUCUCCAACUGAUUUAAGCUCAUGCCUUAUUUUAGUGGCAAUCAGUCUUCAGCUGAGAAACUGUAUAUUAAUACUCAGUUUUACUAAACUGCAAACAUUUACAUGUAUAAGACCAGGAUUCAGAAGACGUUAUGCUUUUUUGACAUAAGAAAACAUUCAGCACAAGCAGCUCAUUGAUACUCUAGGCUAAACAUGCAAUGCAGAAGAUGCAAAUGUAAAAACGUCUACCACUGACAGAACUACUGGAAAGUGCAACAUCAGAGGUGUUGUGAUGAAACCAAACGAUGACCUCAGCACAUGUGGGUCCAGCUGAGCCAAGAACAGAUGCUGAGGUGUGUGUCACAGUGGCAGAGAGUGAUUCAGGGAGUACUGUAAGUGAGGAAAGUUUCCUAAUUAGUCUCUGCCUGGGAAAGGAAGAAAGGGUUGAGGGGCAGAGGAUGCUGGUGCUCAGUGGGCCAGCGUAGAGAGCAGAGCAGUGGAUGACAUCAGCAGAGAGGAAAGGACAUCGCAGAGCUUCGAAGACGGACAAGAAGACAUGCCUCUGUACAGGAAGCUCCGCGGUACCAAGCACCAGCCAAGUGUUUAAUCUCCAUCCGGAGAGAACAGGAGAUAUGGACAAGGUGCCAACACAGUCCACCGUGCCAACCAAACCCCUCUCUUUGUUUCUCAUUCAAACUUACAAGCAAAACAGUGUGGUGCUACUGUACUGACUCCAGCUCUACUGUACUGUAGAUUGUGAGUUGUGGAGUAUUGACUCAUACUACACUCAACACUUCAUGAGUUUAAUGGGGAUUUUGAGAUUUUGUGAUGUUUUGGGAGGGUAGAGGGCAGGUAGGGGACACAUAAACUACAGAGAGAGUUUUUAGCAUUGCUUCCAUUACCCAAUGCCACUCGACCUUGUUUAUACCCUUGGUGGGAAGGAAACGUAAUUCGUUUUUGUUUGAAGUUUGCUAACAAUAUCUGGUUCAGUAGUUAAUAGAAUAUGCAUUGCAUCAGUUUGAUUUAGAUUGCUAUGUUGUAAAGGCUCUGUUGAUACUGUAGGAAUUUCAAAAAUAAGUUAGGAAGUGGUUGUGUACCUCCUGUUUUUGUUGUUGUUGGGUUUUGCCUGAUUCCAUGCUGAGAUUCUAUCAACUUCUAUCAUGUAACUGAAGCAAGCACAUCCAAUUUUGUUAGGAGCAUGCCCUUUCCAAACUUAAUAAAACUUCACAACUUUUUAGUAAACACACAAGAUACUGUAGCUACCUUCACAACUGUGAGUAUAAAUAAUACUCUAGAAUACCAUUUGGAGUCCUUAUCGACUGCCACACCAGUAAAACCACUGGCAUAACACACCCCCACAGGUUUUGGGGGCCCACAGCCGCCCAAAUAUCAUAUGAACACGUCAGAAGCCAUUACAUUAUUUGUUAUUACAGAACAUUUGCUUUUAAGCUGAUAAUCUUUCUGUCAGCCUCAUGGCAAUAUGUAUAGAAUAGCAGGAAAUUAGCUCUAACACAGCAACAUUUGCUCUCAGCGUCAUGGCAAAAUGUGUAAAAUAGCAAGAGAUUAGUUAUAAAACUGCAAAAAUAAUUCCGUGCCCCAUGGCAAAAAUAAAAAAACAUCCACAAAAAAAAAGGUCCGGCCUUGCUCGAACCUUGCGGGGGGCCCCGCUAAACUGUGCUACGCCACUGAGUAAAGCCACACCAUGCUGUGAAAAUAAAUGCAUGAGAGAGAUUGGAAUUGAUUAGGGCAGCAUGAAGGACUGUGAGGUCUGUCACUUAGUCUCCCAGGCUGGCCUAAUGGAGUCCUUUCACAUAGUCAGGUAGAGCCUUUAGUCCUGAUAGUCACACACAGUCUGGCUAGGCCUCUCCACACGUCUGUAUCGAACACAAUCACUCACAGGACUCCAUACGUUCAUUACCCCACUCUGUGGCCUGUGCAGAGAUUCAAACACACCGUUUCCAUUAUAGAAUACGGAACGUGAGAUGAUUCUAGAAUACAUCUGGAGGAGCGACUGAGGAUCGUAACUUUGCACCACUCAUUGUGCAAAUGCCAUCAUUGACAUGCCUACUUUGUUUAGUAAUUACGCCCAUUGGAAUUGUGGCAUGAGAUUAUUAGCUUCUUAUAUUGAUUGGUGUUAAAACCGCACUUCCUUUACUUAAAACGACAUGCCACUUGUCAGCCUGCCCUAACUCCAAUGAGAUAAAGUGGCCAGGGCUUUCUUAUCUCUCUGCACUAGUUCCUGGGCUAUUAUGUACUGUCCAGCCCUCUUGCGCUGGUUGUUCUAGACACCUACAGGAUGUUGUGUAUGUUUGGUGUUUCAGCCUGAAGUCCUGGAGCAGAUCCAUAACCUAAAGGAGCUGUGGAUGGACAACAACUCACUGCAGACAAUACCUGGGGUAGGCCUACAGCCCUUCACUACCACCUCCAGUCAUUAUCUGUCUGUGUCAUUUGUCAUUGGGCCUGAUGAAAUCUGUGUGUGGGCAGUGAUGCACUAGUUAGGUCAGUGCAUGGGGGUUAGUGAUGCACCACCAUAGGGCAACCUUUGAAAAAAGUUCCCUUAAACCCCUGUGUUCUCUCUCUCUCUCUCUCUCUCUCUCUCUCUCUCUCUCUCUCUCUCUCUCUCUCUCUCUCUCUCUCUCUAACAUCCAUCGCUCCAUGUCUCUCCCUCCCCUGCUGCUGAAGUGUAUAGGGAAGCUGAGGCAUCUGCGCUACCUGGACCUGGCUAAAAACAGGAUUGAGAGCCUGGACACUGACAUCUCUGGCUGUGAGUCCCUGGAGGACCUCCUGCUCUCCUCCAACAUGCUGCAGCAUCUGCCUGACACCAUAGGUGAGGCCAUAUAACCUCUCUGCUCUCUCCCCUCUGCAACAAUAGUGUCUCCUGAUUGGAUUGUCUCAGCUCUCUCACCUCUGCAACAAUAGUGUCUCCUGAUUGGAUUGUCUCAGCUCUCUCACCUCUGCAACAAUAGUGUCUCCUGAUUGGAUUGUCUCAGCUCUCUCACCUCUGCAACAAUAUUGUCUCCUGAUUGGAUUGUCUCAGCUCUCUCACCUCUGCAACAAUAGUGUCUCCUGAUUGGAUUGUCUCAGCUCUCUCACCUCUGCAACAAUAGUGUCUCCUGAUUGGAUUGUCUCAGCUCUAUCACCUCUGCAACAAUAGUGUCUCCUGAUUGGAUUGUCUCAGCUCUCUCACCUCUGCAACAAUAGUAUAUCCUGGUUAGAUUGUCUAUGCUCUCUCCCUUCUGCAACAAUAGUAUCUCCUGAUUAGACUGCCGCAGCUCUCUCCACUUUGCAACAAUAGUAUAUCCUGGUUAGAUUGUCUCUGCUCUCUCUCCUCUGCAACAAAUGGUAUCUCCUGGUUAGAAAGAAUAGAGAAAGGAUCAAGAAAGGAUGAUUAGGAAGGAAGGGGGAGAGAGGAUGAUUAAUUCUGUAAUGACUACAUUCAUCAUGGUGGCUCCUCUCGGAGGUUGUUAUCUGAGAGUGCAUUUCCCUGAGUAGUUUUGUCAUUAACAAUCAAAUGGCUUGCGUCAUUAAAAUGUCAUUUGUAUUUGGAGAGAAAAAUUUAUUUGUUUGAAUCCUGGGAUUUCAUUUGCACAAACUAUCAAGUUAUUUUGUACUUAGUAAGUUUAUAAAUCAUUUCCUGGCUGUAAAUGAAUGAAACGGUAAAAGGAUUAUGUUGACAAUAGGUUUGAGUAAUUCCUUUUAACUGUGUUCUUCGCUUUUAGUUUUUCAUAAUUUGUUUGUUCCUUUUUUUUAAAUAAUCAAAUGAGUGUUUGUUUCUAUUGCAGGAAUGUUGAAAAAGCUCACAACGUUGAAAGUCGAUGACAACCAGCUCACCUCACUGCCUAACACCAUUGGAAGGUGAGUACCUUAUGAUACCGAUUAUGAGACCGAUUGCACUAUUUUGUUUACAUACACUUCUUAGAUUGCAAUCCCUGAACUUCCCUCAAGUCGAAUAAAAUUAUUUGAAAUGAUGUCGCCAAAAGCUAAACUACAUUCCAAGUCUUGUUUAUUAGUUAAUAUCUACCAUGAAACUGGAUGGCAGUCAGUUUUAGGGCAUCUAUUGCAUAACCAAAUUAAAAGGCAUCAGAGACAGUGAUUUUAAUGGUAAAACCAGUUGACACGUUGAAUCUUAAUCUGAGCUCGUCUUCUCUGCCUCUGGUUUGUUGCUGAGCUGAGCUGUAGUCAACACGGCCUGUGGAUAGAAGGGUUCUGAAACUCUGAGUCUGGCACCUUCUCCUUGCUGCUCCUUCUCACCUCACAUCGACUAACGCUGAUUGGUUCCAUCACUGUUCACACCAAGUAGAGUGAUGCAGUACAUUGUGUCUCAGUUGGCGGCACUGAGAGGAGAUAUAUAUAUACAGUGGGGAAAAAAAAUAUUUAGUCAGCCACCAAUUGUGCAAGUUCUCCCACUUAAAAAGAUGAGAGAGGCCUGUAAUUUUCAUCAUAGGUACACGUCAACUAUGACAGACAAAAUGAGGAAAAGAAAUCCAGAAAAUCACAUUGUAGGAUUUGUAAUGAAUUUAUUUGCAAAUUAUGGUGGAAAAUAAGUAUUUGGUCAAUAACAAAAGUUUCUCAAUACUUUGUUAUAUACCCUUUGUUGGCAAUGACACAGGUCAAACGUUUUCUGUAAGUCUUCACAAGGUUUUCACAUACUGUUGCUGGUAUUUUGGCCCAUUCCUCCAUGCAGAUCUCCUCUAGAGCAGUGAUGUUUUGGGGCUGUCGCUGGGCAACACGGACUUUCAACUCCCUCCAAAGAUUUUCUAUGGGGUUGAGAUCUGGAGACUCCAGGACCUUGAAAUGCUUCUUACGAAGCCACUCCUUCGUUGCCCGGGCGGUGUGUUUGGGAUCAUUGUCAUGCUGAAAGACCCAGCCACGUUUCAUCUUCAAUGCCCUUGCUGAUGGAAGGAGGUUUUCACUCAAAAUCUCACGAUACAUGGCCCCAUUCAUUCUUUCCUUUACACGGAUCAGUCGUCCUGGUCCCUUUGCAGAAAAACAGCCCCAAAGUAUGAUGUUUUCACUCCCAUGCUUCACAGUAGGUAUGGUGUUCUUUGGAUGCAACUCAGCAUUCUUUGUCCUCCAAACACGACGAGUUGAGUUUUUACCAAAAAGUUAUAUUUUGGUUUCAUCUGACCAUAUGACAUUCUCCCAAUCCUCUUCUGGAUGCACUCUAGCAAACUUCAGACGGGCCUGGACAUGUACUGGCUUAAGCAGGGGGACACGUCUAGCACUGCAGGAUUUGAGUCCCUGGCGGCGUAGUGUGUUACUGAUGGUAGGCUUUGUUACUUUGGUCCCAGCUCUCUGCAGGUCAUUCACUAGGUCCCCCCGUGUGGUUCUGGGAUUUUUGCUCACUGUUCUUGUGAUCAUUUUGACCCCACGGGGUGAGAUCUUGCGUGGAGCCCCAGAUCGAGGGAGAUUAUCAGUGGUCUUGUAUGUCUUCCAUUUCCUAAUAAUUGCUCCCACAGUUGAUUUCUUCAAACCAAGCUGCUUACCUAUUGCAGAUUCAGUCUUCCCAGCCUGGUGCAGGUCUACAAUUUUGUUUCUGGUGUCCUUUGACAGCUCUUUGGUCUUGGCCAUAGUGGAGUUUGGAGUGUGACUGUUUGAGGUUGUGGACAGGUGUCUUUUAUACUGAUAACAAGUUCAAACAGGUGCCAUUAAUAUAGGUAACGAGUGGAGGACAGAGGAGCCUCUUAAAGAAGAAGUUACAGGUCUGUGAGAGCCAGAAAUCUUGCUUGUUUGUAGGUGACCAAAUACUUAUUUUCCACCAUAAUUUGCAAAUAAAUUCAUUAAAGCUCCUACAAUGUGAUUUUCUGGAUUUUCUUUUCUCAAUUUGUCUGUCAUAGUUGACGUGUACCUAUGAUGAAAAUUACAGGCCUCUCUCAUCUUUUUAAGUGGGAGAACUUGCACAAUUGGUGGCUGACUAAAUACUUUUUUCCCCCACUGUAUAUAUAUAUCUCCGGCUUGCCAUUGUUCCAAAAUGUGCACUGACAUUUUGGGUGUGUGCUAUUUAUUUGUUGUGGAAUAUGGCUGCCUGAGAGGACUUGACUCUGUGCCAGUAUUGCAGUUUCAACAGCCGGCCAAAUGUAUUUGUUUUGUUUGAUAUAUAUAUAUUAUAGCAAAAGUUUAAUCUGGAAACUAUAAUGAGUCAGAGGGACUUCUGGGGGUCAACUCUGAACAUGCCCUGUCAUUGAGACUGUGAUCUAAUAGGUCAGGGGUCACCACCUUACAGCUCAUCAUGUCAUAUUCAUUAUUAUCCCCAAGCCUGUGAUACUGUUUCCAGUGCACCUUUUUUUCUUGGUUUGUCAUUGGUCGGUUUUGUGUGUUGUGGUUAUUUCACAUGCAUCUAAAAUGGGCCAUUUAGUGGACGCGCCAAAUUAGGGUAAGUAGACUGUGAAUCACUGUCUCCUGUACACGUUCCUCCUCACCACAGCAUGUUUAUUCAGGCAAGUGCUCACCUUAACAUUCCCUGUCUGUAUGUUCCAGCUGGGGAAGGGGACCCAGUAAAAGUCCUGCAUAUGGGAGGCCAGCUGGGCCAGCCUGCUCGGACAAAUGUUGAGCUAAUGACACUGCUGUGUGUACAAUAAAUACAAAUGAACUCUGUCCAGUGAGGGGAGGCAACUCUUCUCCUCGUCCUCUCCUGGUCAUAUACACUGACAUUGUAAACGCUCUGUUGGAGCUUGAAUUUAGAACAUUUUAAAACUGGACAGUUGUUGUUGAUUUUGCUCACUAAUCCAUUGUCCUUUCAAAUCCAACAAAGAGGCAAGGGCAUUUGACUCAAUAAACACUGUGGGUUUAGAGUUUAAGAUAUAUGAUAAGAUAUAGAGUUAAGUUUGUCAUGAAGUUCAAUUGGAGAACAAUAUAAAAAAAAAAAAAAAUCAAAGCAUACUGUUGAUUAUAUUCUGAUUGAAAAGAGAUACUGCACCACCAGAUACUGCUAGUGAAAGGGAGUCAGCAACAUCAAUGAUUAAUUUCCCCUCGUGGGAUUAAUACAGUUUAUUCAAUUCAUGGUUUGUUAAUUUUGGUUUGCCUUCUAAAGGAAUAUCUCAUUCUAUCAAGUCAUGGUUUUUGAAUAUUGUCAUGAUCCUCAUUAAUCCAUUUGAUUGAUCAUUUUCACCUCUCUGUAGCCUGUACAUGUCUUAGAUGCAUCUAGUCUUAAAGGGAACCAAAUUAUUAUUUAUUUCCAUGGACACCAAGGAGGGAUCAAAUAUCUGAGCCUCCAUCUGUCAACCACAAAUAAUGCAACCUGUGGCUGAAAUGAAUCUACCUGUGGCUUUUCCUCAAAAUGUUUGAGUGAAAUAAUAUUUAUAUCAUUAUGAUAUAUGUAAAUGUAAAUGUUCCACUUCAAGAAUUCACAGCAAAUUUUUAGCAGACUAAUUAAGUAGGUCUGUGCUUUGCAGGUUCUUAACAAAAUGAUAUGUACAUAUUAACAUGGUACAUCAAAGACAUGUGAAGUAGAAUAUCUGUGCAGAAUUGUGGUUGUUUUGACUGUAUUGUUGUAGAUAGUGUUUUGGUUAUAGUGCCUCUACAAAUGUUGAUCUUACACCAAUAACUAACCAAGUGAAAGUAGCUGUGACACGAAGGAUUCUUAAGGGGCUCUUUCUCCUCUCUCUUCCUCUACCCAGUUUAUCGCUUUUAGAGGAGUUUGACUGCAGCUGUAAUGAAUUGGAGUCCCUUCCCCCGACCAUUGGCUACCUGCACAACCUCCGCACGUUUUCUGCUGAUGAGAACUUCCUUGUUGAACUACCCAGGGAGGUACGUCUGUCUGUCCCACACCAAUAACCACAUACUGAUCCGAUACACAAAUACACAUACAGUGGGGUUGGGAAUGAUUGGAUCCCUUGAUAAAGAUGAGCAAAAAAGGUCAGAUGACAUGAACUCUUUUGCCACGCACACCAAUGGUGGGUUUGGCCUUCGAAAGACAAUGCAUAUGCAGAAAAUACCUCAUCCCUACUGUAAAAUAUGGUGGUGGAUCUUUGAUAUUAUGGGGCUAUUUUGUUACCACUGGUCAACGGCAUCAUGAACUUUACCAAGUACCAAGACAUUUUUGCCAAAAACCUGGUUGCCUCUUGGCCGCAAGUGAAUCUUCCAUCAAGGCAAUAACCCCAAGCACACAUCAAAAUCCACAAAGAAAUUGUUAAUUGUCCACAAAAUCAACAUUUUGCAAUGACAAUCUCAGUCUCCGGACUUGAACCCCAUUGAAAACCUGUAGUUUCAAUUGAAGAGGGCAGUCAAUAAGCGCAGACGAAGGAUAUCAAGGAUCUGAAAUUAUUCUGUAUGGAGGAAUGGUCUAAGAUCCCUCCCAAUGUAUUUUCCAAUCUCAUAAAACAUUAUAGAAAAAGGCUCAGUCGUUAUCCUCGCAAGGGGAGGGUGCUGGGGAAUUUUAUUUGUAUUACUUGUUAAACAAAAUCUCUUUCUCUGAGCAAUUGUAUAUAGUGUAAAAUAAUGUAUAUAUAUAGAUUUUUUUUUUUGCAUACAAUAUAAACUACAUGACCAAAAGUAUGUGGACACCUGCUCGUCGAACAUCUCAUUCCAAAAUCAUGGGCAUUAAUAUGGAGUUGGUCACCCCUUUGCUGCUAUAACAGCCUCCACUCUUCUGGGAAGGCUUUCCACUAGAUGUUGGAACAUCUGCAGGGACUUGCUUCCAUUCAGCCACAAGAGCAUUAGUGAAGUUGGGCACUGAUGUUGGGCGAUUAGGCCUGGCUCACAGUCGGCGUUCCAAUUCAUCCCAAAGGUGUUCGAUGGGGUUGAGUUCAGGGCUCUGUGCAGGCCAGUCAAGUUCCUUCCACACCGAUUUCGACAAACCAUUUCUGUAUGGACCUCGCUUUGUGUACGGGGGCAUUGUCAUGCUGAAACAGGAAAGGUCCUUCCUCAAACUGUUGCCACAAAGUUGGAUGCACAGAAUCGUCUAGAAUGUCAUUGUAUGCUGUAGCGUUAAGAUUUCCCUUCACUGGAACUAAGGGGCCUAGCCCGAACCAUGAAAAACAGCCCCAGACCAUAAUUCCUCCUCCAUCAAACGUUACAGUUGGCACUAUGCAUUGGGGCAGGUAGCGUUCUCCUGGCAUCCGCCAAACCAGGAUUUGUCCGUCUGACUGCCAGAUGGUGAAGCAUGAUUCAUCACUCCAGAGAACACUUUUCCACUGCUCCAAUGGCGGCGAGCUUUACACCACUCCGGCCGACUCUUGGCAUUGCGCAUGGUGAUUUUAGGCUUGUGUGCGGCUGCUCGCCCAUGGAAACCCAUUUCAUGAAGGUCCCGAUGAACAGUUCUUGUGGUGACGUUGCUUCCAGAUGCAGUUUGGAACUCGGUAGUGAGUGUUGCAACCGAGGACAGACGAUUUUUAUGUGCUACGCGCUUCAGCACCGGCCGGUCCCAUUCUGUGAGCUUAUGUGGCAUACCACUUCGCGGCUGAGCCGUUGUUGCUCCCAGACAUUGCCACUUCACAAUAAAAGCACUUACAGUUGACUGGGACAGCUCUAGCAGGGCAGAAAUUUGACGAACUGACUUGUUGGAAAGGUGGCAUCCUAUGACGGUGCCACGUUGAAAGUCACUGAGCCAAUGUUUGUCUAUGGAGAUUGCAUGGCAGUGUACUCGAUUUUAUACACCUGUCAGCAACGAGUGUGGCUGAAAUAGCCGAAGCCUCUAAUUUGAAGGUGUGUCCACAUGCUUUUGGAUACAUACUGUAUCUCACUAUUUGUAUUAUUUAUUUUAUACUCUUUUUUUGCUCAUCUUUAUCAAGGGAUCCAAUAAUUCCAGACCCCACUGUACACUCUCACACACACACAAUGCAUUUGGUUAUGUAAUUGAUAUGGUUUGGUGCAUGGAAGAUGGAAAGUGAUCACUGAAAUGUAUGCUUGCCUCCCUUUUGUUGCAGAUUGGGAACUGUAAGAAUGUGACAGUCAUGUCGUUGCGCUCCAAUAAGCUGGAGUUUCUACCUGACGAGAUUGGGCAGAUGACCAAGCUACAUGUUCUCAAUUUAAGCGACAAUAGGUUACUACUGAUUGCUCUGCUAUGCAUACAUAGCACACACCACACACACACACACACAAACACACACACACACACACACAGACCACACACACACGCACACAGUGAAUCCAUAUGUUCUUCAUACUCUCAUUGAUAAGGAAGCAGCUUAAUAGGCUUGUGUUAUGUGUCUAUUUAUUUACAUAGAGCGUAGGUGGAAUGGGACAUUAUUCUGAGGAGUUUAUAUAAACUAGUGGUUAUUAUUUUGCUACUGGCACAUUAAGAUAGCUGCACAGCAUUAGAAAGCACUUCCCCUGCCCCGGGCUAAUUAAGUUCUUUAUGAGAUGUUUGGUUGCUCUGCCAGUGAUUAACUGGAUCCAAGGUAAUUAAACCAUACUAUUACUGAACACACGGCACCCAUUAGGCAGACCUGCGUCCACACGCAGCACCACACACCACAGAGCUAAGCACUCAACCACAUAGGCUGCCUCAGAACGAGGAUGCAGUCACCCCAACCCUACUUCGUUAUACCUACGGUAGCCCACAACACUGUCUCCCACUGACAGAUUUCUGUUGUCAAAGCGAAGUUCACUGAGCAUGUUGCCACGGUAACUGGAUUUUUUCCCUUUGUGUGUUGGUUAACUGUCCUGUGUGGUGGGUGUCAGUCAAUCAGAGGCAGGCAGGCUGUGAUUGUUCCUUGGCAGAGGAAUAGUCUUGGCUUUUCACAGGGGACUAUAUGAUGAUCUGUGUCCUUGAACACAAUAUGCCUUUCACACUCUCUGUGGAGAAUGAUGUGAAGUUGAGCUCAAGCCACUUGUCUGAAUUGUUUCCACAUAAUCACUUCUCAUUUUUAAAUCGCAAAUGAAAUAACCUUUGAAUUUUGAUAAAAAUAAACAUGUACUCAAUGAGAUGAUAUGCAUUCUUACUCCCAUUCCGUCUUCUUCCCCCUUACACAGAUUAAAGAACCUUCCAUUCACUUUUACAAAACUAAAAGAUCUUGCUGCUCUUUGGCUAUCAGACAAUCAGGUAAAUAUGAUCUUAUGUGUUGUUUUGUUGGGAAGAAAUUACUUUACAUUUACUAAUAAAUUAGAAUGAUGUAUAACCUGUGUAUCAGUGGUACUUGAAGAGUUAAUGAUGUGUGAAUGUGUGCUGUGUGCAGUCCAAGGCCCUGAUCCCCCUCCAGACAGAGGCCCAUCCAGAGACCAAGCAGAGGGUCCUCACCAACUACAUGUUCCCUCAGCAACCACGACAUGAUGAGGGUGAGGUAGAAAUGACAUGUAACACAUGCUGACAUGUGGGAAAAUCCUCACAGCCAACUAUUCCCUCAAAGUGGAUGUAGUACUACUAUGCAUGUGUGAUUUAGUGAUGGCUAAGGUGUUAUGGAUAUGUAUCUACAAUUGAUUAAUGGUGCUUGAUAUACACUGUUAUCCAUUAUAGUAAUGUAUACAUUUACAUUUUAGUCAUUUAGCAGACGCUCUUAUCCAGAGCGACUUACAGUUAGUGAGUGCAUACAUUUUCAUACUAUAGUAGUACGUGUGCAGAGCACAUGUCACUAAACUACCUUUUGAGGUAGAGGUCUUCACGGGUCCAAAAAGUUGUGGAUGAAUGGACCCGAGGACAGUCAGACCCAUUCCGAAAAAACCUGUGGAAAAACAGACCCAAACAGACCCGUGCUGGUUCGGAUCCGAGAGACUCGCUCAGAUCCAAAGAGAGAGAGAAAGAAACCUCUAACAAAUGACAAAAAACUGUUCGAUGUGUAGCAUGUUAAAAACUUUAUAGUCCUUUUUUUCCUAAAACAAUAAUUGUCCACUUCACGGUUCAGCUGUUGGAGAUUUAAGCGCUAAAUGCAUCAGGGCAUUGCAUGCAUUUAGGCCUAUAGGUCUAGGCGUACACUCUAUGAUAUUAAUCUUUUAAAAAAUUAUAGAAAGGAGGAGAAGCUUAGGUCUAGCCCUAGAGCAACUGAGAGAAAGAUAGAGAUAUGGCAAUCACAGAGGUCAGACGUUUCUUGUAGUUGGCCACCAGGUUUGCACACAUCUCAGGAUGGAUUUUGUCCCACUCCUCUUUGCAGAUCUUCUCCAUGUCAUUAAGGUUUCGAGGCUGACGUUUGGCAACUCGAACCUUCAGCUCCCUCCACAGAUUUUCUAUGGGAUUAAGGUCUGGAGACUGGCUAGGCCACUCCAGGACCUUAAUGUGCUUCUUCUUGAGCCACUCCUUUGUUGCCUUGGCCGUGUGUUUUGGGUCAUUGUCAUGCUGGAAUAUCCAUCCACGACCCAUUAUCAAUGCCCUGGCUGAGGGAAGGAGGUUCUCACCCAAGAUUUGACGGUACAUGGCCCCGUCCAUCGUCCCUUUGAUGUGGUGAAGUUGUCCUGUCCCCUUAGCAGAAAAACACCCCCAAAGCAUAAUGUUUCCACCUCCAUGUUUGACGGUGGGGAUGGUGUUUUUGGGGUCAUAGGCAGCAUUUCUCCUCCUCUGUCAAAGUGCGACGUGAAUGUGGUAGGUGAAGUCAAACGCAGGACACCGAGCUACUGGAAACGAUACUUUACUAACAAAGUAACCAUAAAUACAAAACAACCUCCAAACAGGGAGGGGAAAUACCCGCACACUAGCAACUGCCGAAAAUGACAAGAACAAUCACACACAACACACAAUGAACGACAGAGGGUUAAAUAGGGAAUAAAAUACAACAUAAUAGGAAACUGGUUUACACAAUCAAGACAAAACAAGUCAAACACAGAAACAUAGAUCGGUGGCAGCUAGUACCCCGGGGACGACGAACGCCGAAGCCUGCCCGAGCAAGGAGGAGGAGCAGCCUCGGCUAAUUCCGUGACAGUACCCCCCCCCCCCUUGACGCGCGGCUCCAGCCGUGCGCCGACCCCGGCCUCGUGGACGGCCAGGAGGACGCGGAGCAGGGCGAGUCGGAUGACUCCGGUGGAAGUCCCUCAACAUGGAGGGAUCUAGGAUGUCCCUCCUGGGGACCCAGCACCGUUCCUCCGGACUGUACCCCUCCCACUCCACGAGAUACUGCAGGCCCCCCGUCCGACGCCUCGAAUCCAAGAUGGAACGGACUGAGUACACCGGAGCCCCCUCGAUGUCCAACGGGGGCGGAGGAGCCUCUCGUACCUCACUCUCCUGGAGUGGACCAGCCACUACCGGCCUGAGGAGAGACACAUGGAACGAGGGGUGAAUGCAGUAAUUAAUGGGCAGUUGUAACCUAUAGCAUACCUCAUUCAGUCUCCUCAGGACUUUAAAUGGCCCCACAAACCGCCGACCCAGCUUCCGGCAGGGCAGGCGAAGGGGCAGGUUUCGGGUCGAGAGCCAGACCCGAUCUCCCGGUGCAUACACCGGAGCCUCACUGCAGCCUUUUGCCGCCUGAUAGCCCGCUGCAGAUGGACAUGCGCAGCAUUCCAAGUUUCUUCCGAGCGCCGAAACCACUCGUCCACCGCAGGGGCUUUGGUCUGGCUCUGAUGCCAAGGUGCCAGAACCAGCUGAUAACCUAGCACACACUGGAAAGGUGUAAGGUUAGUGGACGAAUGGCGGAGUGAGUUUUGGGCUAUCUCUGCCCAGGGAAUAUAUCCCGACCACUCCUCUUGCCGGUCCUGGCAAUACGACCUCAGAAACCUACCCACAUCCUGGUUCACUCUCUCCACCUGCCCAUUACUCUCGGGGUGAAAACCUGAGGUAAGGCUAAUCGAGACCCCCAGACGUUCCAUAAGCAGCUAGUACUCCGGGGACGACGAACGCCGAAGCCUGCCCGAGCAAGGAGGAGGAGCAGCCUCGGCUGAUUCCGUGACAUCCUCCAAACAUGGCGAGUUGAGUUGAUGCCAAAGAGCUCGAUUUUGGUCUCAUCUGACCACAACACUUUCACCCAGUUCUCCUCUGAAUCAUUCAGAUGUUCAUUGGCAAACUUCAGACGGGCAUGUAUAUAUGCUUUCUUGAGCAGGGGGACCUUGCGGGCGCUGCAGGAUUUCAGUCCUUCACGGCGUAGUGUGUUACCAAUUGUUUUCUUGGUGACUAUGGUCCCAGCUGCCUUGAGAUCAUUGACAAGAUCCUCCCGUGUAGUUCUGGGCUGAUUCCUCACCGUUCUCAUGAUCAUUGCAACUCCACGAGGUGAGAUCUUGCAUGGAGCCCCAGGCCGAGGGAGAUUGACAGUUAUUUUGUGUUUAUUCCAUUUGCGAAUAAUCGCACCAACUGUUGUCACCUUCUCACCAAGCUGUCUUGUAGCCCAUUCCAGCCUUGUAUACGUCUACAAUCUUGACCCUGACAUCCUUGGAGAGCUCUUUGGUCUUGGCCAUGGUGGAGAGUUUGGAAUCUGAUUGAUUGAUUGCUUCUGUUGACAGGUGUCUUUUAUACAGGUAACAAGCUGAGAUUAGGAGCACUCCCUUUAAGAGUGUGCACUUAAUCUCAGCUCGUUACCUGUAUAAAAGACACCUGUGAGCCAUAAAUCUUUCUGAUUGAGAGGGGGUCAAAUACGUAUUUCCCUCAUUAAAAUGCAAAUCAAUUUAUAACAUUUUUGACAUGUGUUUUUCUGGAUUUUUUUGUUAUUAUUCUGUCUCUCACUGUUCAAAUAAACCUACCAUUAAAAUUGUAGACUGAUCAUUUCUUUGUCAGUGGGCAAACGUACAAAAUCAGCAGGGGAUCAAAUACUUUUUUCCCUCACUGUAAGCCAAAUAAUAGGCAUACCACACCAAACCAGGGUAAUAUCCAAAGUAAGUAAAGUCAUUGUUUAUAGGGAAAAUACGAACAGGUUAUUAUAUUGCGGCAUUAAAUUAAGUUUGCAUCUCGCCCUCUUUGGUUUUUCCUUUUCAUGCUUUAAGUGUGAGUAGCCCUAGACCGUUAAUUCUAUUAUAUUGUGGCAAACACAACAUUACAGUUGGAACUUAAUUUGGCCAAAGAAAAUGGCUCAACAAUAUGAAACAAAACACUUGUUGCAUAUUUAAAGAACUGGUUUAAACCUUCACAAAAGUUUUGAACAGGCUUAUAUUGCAGCAAUUACCAACAAAGGCGAGUGCCUACCAUAGGCCUACCCAACAAAUGACAGCAAUAGCCUAACGCUAUUUAUUUUACAACAGGCCUACUUUUAACCAAUCCGUGGGUGGUUCUCUGUAGCUCAAUUGGUAGAGCAUGGCACUUGUAACGCCAGGGUAGUGGGUUCGGUCCCCGGGACCACCCAUACGUAAAAAUGUAUGCGCACAUGACUGUAAGUCGCUUUGGAUAAAAGCGUCUGCUAAAUGGCAUAUUAUUAUAUUAUUAUUAACUAAAUACGGAGCACAAAAUUUAAAAGACAGUUCAAACUUAAUUUAGCCAAUGAAAAUGUCUCAACAAAAUGAAACAAAACCACUUUUUGCAUAUUUAAAUAACUUGUUUCGAUUCUUAAAUAGGCCUCCAAUAAUAUAAUUAUAUACAAUCAUAAUAAUGAUACAACUAAUUUAUAAAAAAUAUGAAAAUAAGUUAGAAAAUUCCAUCCAACUGAAUAGCACACAGUCCAUUUGGCCGUGCCAACGUUCUACUCAUCUUUGUCCACUACAAUAUGGAAACUUGUCCCUGAGGACAUUCCGCUUGUCGGCUUCUUUUCACUAUACUCUUUCUCCUCUAACUUUCGUUUUACUUAAAUGAAAAAUCAACAGUAACCUAGGCCAAGACUCCUUUCACUCUCUCUCUCUCUCUCCUCAGCAGCAGGCGCACGUGAGGUGAGCAGCCGGAAGCAUUUUCAGCUGGACAUAAACUAUACAAGUUGCAAUUGGCUGACACAGAUUACAAGCUUGUGCAGUUCUCAUCACCUCACACACAUUAAAUUAACAGAGGACUGGUCCAAUUUGGUCCAGUCAGUAAAUCCAUUUUAAUUGCACAUACCUGAAACCCGUGGCAAUUAUAUCAGACCCGACCCAGAUCCAAAACAAAAGUCAGAGUUUAGGAGCCGUAGCCGCUUGGGUCCCGGGUCGGAUCUCGGAAUUUCAGGUCUGUUGGACCCGUGAAGACCUCUACUUUGAGGGUCAGAUAGACUCAUGGUGUACAUUUACUCAGGGAUCCAUUCUGUGGUUCCACUUGAGGGAGUUGUCAGAUGGUUAGGUUAUGUGCCAGUGCACUCUAUGCAGGUGGUGAAGUGAGCAUGUCAGAAUCGCAUCAGUGUGAGACCAGUGCACAAUAAGUCAGUGACACCUCCCUGUCUCUCUGCCCGUCCUCUGUAGACUACCAGUCAGACAGUGAUAGCUUUAACCCCACCUUAUGGGAGGAGCAGCGCCAGCAGAGGAUGACUGUAGCCUUCGAGUUCGAGGAGAAGAAGGAGGAGGAGGACAACUCUGGAAAAGUCAAGGUUUCACAGGACUUUCUGUUGAGCUCCAUUUCUCACUGUUUUUAUUUUGUUAUUCCCGCUCAUUUUGCCCCUCCUCUCUGUCCAGGUUGAGAUUAAUCUGAAGCGCUACCCUACACCAUACCCAGAGGAUCUGAAGAGCAUGGUGAAGUCAGUGCAGAACAUGGUGGGCAAGAACCAGCAUCCCCUCAGCACUGGUACUAACUCCUCUGGUACCAGCAUGGAGUCACGAAAACAAGAACAGUAUGAGCCCCCCUGGCCCAUGCCCCCCAAAGAGGUAACAGACCAGGUCACACUACAGACCCAGAGACCCACACAUACCACCACACUCUCUCUCUUUCUCUCUCUCUCACACGCUCAUAUACAAAAACAAAUGCAAAGAUUAUACAUAAUCCUUUUUGGCUGAAUGGGAUAGAAAUGUGUCAAUCAGUCACUCAGAGUGUUCUGUUCCAGGUGAUGGAGAGAGAGAUGAAAGAGAGAGAAAGAGAGUUCAACAAGACUCAGAUGGCAGAGCAGGGCAUAAUCCACAACUCUGCCAUUGACAUCCCAAAGCGCAAGGACAAGGAGGAUCUGACUGAGAGCUCAGAGGUACAGGAGCAAUCUCUUUAUCUCUUUGUGGACAUGUUAUUAAGAAGUUUGUAGUGCUUAUUACGCUCUUGUAACACCAGGAAAACAAAACAAAACAACAGCUUGUAUUGGGCACUAUGAGGGAGGGAGUAAUGACAUGAAUGUUUACACUGCAGCCUCAAGGUCCUCUCAGGCCAUUAUGUCAGAUUUAGUUGUCCUCAGUUGCCUCUAAUGUUUCAACGUGUGAGUUCAGGUAGAGGUGAGACCAUUUGUAUUGAGCGUGUGGAAACUGAAUUUCAUUGACAGAACUGAGGUCAUUUCGAAAGAUAUAGAUUAAUUUAGUCUCAGCCCACUGGGCGCAGACGUCAGUUGUCAUCAAAUGUGAAUUCAACUCGAAAUCAACCAAAAAUGUGACCGACCAGCUUGAUUCGGUCUUAUGAAGCAACAUUUGAAAUUGUGUUUUUUACAUUGGAUAAAAGUAGAGAAAAUUGUAUAUCAGAGCCUCCCAAGUGGCGCAGCGGUCUAAGGCACUGCAUCACAAUGUUGCAGUGUCACUACAGCCUGGGGUUUGUGUCGUUACUGGCCGUGACCGGGAGUCCCAUAGGGCGGCGCACAAUUGGCCCAGCGUCGGUUAGGGGAGGGUUUGGCCGGGGGGGCUUUACUUGGUUCAUCGCGCUCUAGCGACUCCUUGUGGCAUGCCGGGCGCCUGCAGGCUAACUUCGGUCAUCAGUUGGACGAUGUUUCCUCUGACAAAUUGGUGCGGCUGGCUUCCGGGUUAAGCGAGCGGGUGUUAAGAAGCGUGGCUUGGCGGGUCAUGUUUCAGAGGACGCAUGACUCGACCUUCGCCUCUCCCGAGCCUGUUGGGGAGUUGCAGCGAUAAGACAAGAUCGUAAUCAAGAAAUUGGGAGAAAAAGGGGGUAAUUUUUUAAAUAAAAAAUGGUAUAUCGUACACUACAGUUGAGGAACAAUGGGAAAGUAAUUCUGCUUUGAAAGUUGAGAAACUUGUAACCCCACUUUUGAGAAAAUGGCCCUUGAAAGUUUUGGUACACCUACUGGAGAGCUCUUCUUUGUCUACACCCAUUCAGCAUUGUUCACACCCUCUUAAGCCUUAGCCCCACCCAUCUCCAUAAGGAUUCACAUGUGAGGCCAUGCUCUAAACAGUGAGUACGGUAGCAUACAACCAAAGAUUUCAAGACUAAAGGCUGGUUUAUACUACGUCUAUCGACAUGUCUGUAUACAGUUGUCGCGGUGACAUCAUAAACAUUCUAUUGUCGUCCGACAUCAAACUUGUCGUUGUCAUUAUGAAAAAUUAUAAACACAUGACAUCAGCAGCCUGGUGGUCCAAAAUAGCAUAAUUGGUGUAUUUUAACACCAAUAAACCCAUCCGUUUAAAAAUGAAUUUAGGAUAUGUCAAUCUAGAAAACCAGGCAACUAAAAGCAACUUUCUAAACAAUGUUUCGGUUAGUUUCUAGCUUGUUAAUGAAAGCAGUGCAUUCUACCGGAGAAUUUUAGAACUUGGACACAUUCUCGUUGGCCUAACGUUAUAUCCUAAUUUGACUUUGGUGCAGGUCAUGUUGUUCUUCACAUCAUGGAGUACACCACAUCAGUCACUGGCUUAAUCAAUAAGUGCAUCGAUGAUGUCGUCCCCACAGUGACCGUACGUACAUACCCCAACCAGAAGCCAUGGAUUACAGGAAACAUCCGCACUGAGCUAAAGGGUGGAGCUGCCGCUUUCAAGGAGCGGGACUCUAACCCGGACGCUUAUAAGAAAUACCGCUAUGCCCUCCGACGAACCAUCAAACAGGCAAAGAGUCAAUACAGGACUAAGAUUGAAUCGUACUACACCGGCUCUGACGCUCGUCGGAUGUGGCAGGGCUCGAAAACUAUUACAGACUACAAAGGGAAGCACAGCUGCGAGCUGCCCAGUGACACAAGACUUCCAGACGAACUAAACCACUUCUAUGCUCGCUCCGAGGCAAGCAACAAUGAAGCAUGCAUGAGAGCACCAGCUGUUCCAGAUGACUAUGCGAUCACGCUCUCCGUAGCCGAUGUGAGUAAGACUUUUAAGCAGGUCAACAUUCACAAGGCCGCAAGGCCAGACGGAUUACCAGGACGUAUACUCCGAGCAUGUGUCUUCACUGACAUUUUCAACAUGUCCCUGACUGAGUCUGUAAUACCAACAUGUUUCAAGCAGACCACCAUAGUCCCCGUGCCCAAGGACUCUAAGAUAACCUGCCUAAAUGACUACCGACCCGUAGCACUGACGUCUGUAGCCAUGAAGUGCUUUGAAAGGCUGGUCAUGGCUCACAUCAACACCAUUAUCCCAGAAACCCUAGACCCACUCAAUUUGCAUACCGCCCCAACAGAGCCACAGAUGAUGCAAUCUCUAUUGCACUCCACACUGCCCUUUCCCACCUGGACAAGAGGAACACCUACGUGAGAAUGCUAUUCACUGACUACAGCUCAGCAUUCAACACCAUAGUGCCCUCAAAGCUCAUCACUAAGCUAAGGAUCAUGGGACUAAACACCUCCCUCUGCAACUGGAUCCUGGACUUCCUGACGGGCCGCCCCCAGGUGGUAAGGGUAGGUAACAACACAUCUGCCACACUGAUCCUCAACACGGGGGCCCCUCAGGGGUGCGUGCUCAGUCCCCUCCUGUACUCCCUGUUCACCCAUGACUGCAACACCAUCAUUAAGUUUGCCGACGACACAACAGUGGUAGUAGGCCUGAUCACAGACAACGAUGAGACAGCCUAUAGGGAGGAGGUCAGAGACCUGGCCGUGUGGUGCCAGGAUAACAACCUCUCUCUCAACGUGACCAAGACAAAGGAGAUGAUUGUGGACUACAGGAAAAAAAAGAGGACUGAGCACGCCCCCAUUCUCAUCGACAGGGCUGUAGUGGAACAGGUUGAGAGCUUCAAGUUCCUUGGUGUCCACAUUACCAACGAACUAUCAUGGUUCAAACACACCAAGACAGUCGUGAAGAGGGCACGACAAAGCCUAUUCCCCCUCAGGAGACUGAGAAGAUUUGGCAUGGGUCCUCAGAUCCUCAAAAGAUUCUACAGCUGCACCAUCGAGAGCAUCCUGACUGGUUGCAUCACCGCCUGGUAUGGCAACUGCUUGGCCUCCGACCGCAAGGCACUACAGAGGGUAGUGCGUAUGGCCCAGUACAUCACUGGGGCCAAGCUUCCUGCCAUCCAGGACCUCUAUACCAGGCGGUGUCAAAGGAAGGCCCUCAAAAUUGUCAAAUACUCCAGCCACCCUAGUCAUAGACUGUUCUCUUUGCUACCGCACGGCAAGCGGUACCGGAGUGCCAAGUCUAGGUCCAAAAGACUUCUCAACAGCUUCUACCCCCAAGCCAUAAGACUCCUGAACAGCUAAUCAUGGCUACCUGGACUAUUUGCACUGCCCCCCCACCCCAUCUUUUUACGCUGCUGCUACUCUGUUAAUUAUUUAUGCAUAGUCACUUUAACUCUACCCACAUGUACAUAUUACUUAAACUACCUCAACGUGCCGGUGCCCCCGCACAUUGACUCUGCACCAGUACCCCCUUGUAUAUAUAUCAUCACUACUGUUAUUUUAUUUGACUUCUGCUCUUUUUUUCUCAACACUUUUUUGUUGUUUUAUUCUACUUUUUUAUUAAAAAUAAAUGCACUGUUGGUUAAGGGCUGUAAGUAAGAAUUUCACUGUCAUGUCUGCACCUGUUGUAUUCGGCGCAUGUGGCCAAUAAAAUUUGAUUUGAUUUGAUUUAAUCAACUAGCUAGGUUCAAUGUUAGCUAGCUAGCUAACAUUAGGCUAUUACUAGCAAUGCAAAUGGUGCUGAGAUACGAAUAAUAUUACUACACAGAUCAUGCACGUAACGUUAGCUAGCGAGCCAGCCAUAGAGCCAGCUAACGUUAGCUAGCUAGCUUUAACUUGCAAUGAAAACAACUUUCUGACAAAAUUAGAAACGUACAAUAUCUGAAAAUGUAGCUAUAUAGACUAUCUUACCUGUAUACAUGGAUAUGUAAGGGUUGGUGUGAGGUGUGACCCAGGUGCGGUGCAGGAUAGACAGUAGGCAGUAGGCAAAGAUGGUGAAACAAGGAUCUUUACUGGGGGUCCAAAAGCCAGGAUACAAAACAACGGUCUAUACACGAAAACAAAUGAGGAGCACAUAGGUCUCCAAAAAACAAACAAUACGAAAUACUAACUCUGACUGGAAAAACACAAUGACACAGGGAGAACACUUCUUGAGGACAUGUAACUCCUUCACGUGAUCCGACACUGAUACGUACUGCUUGACAUCAAGGAACUAGCAGAGAAAACUGAGCAAGGGAACACAAGGAAGUGAGGGCAUAAAUACACAGUUGAAUCAGAUAGCCACAGGUGACACCAAUAGGCAGAUAAUUAGUCCCGACUGUGAGUGAGGAGGUGCCAAUGGUUGUCGGAGGAUGACACCUAGUGGGUCGCUCCGGAACUGCGACCCACUCCUGUAACAUGGAUGAACGCUUCUCCCUCACUGUCACGGAUGCCAUGGUUGCCCUAAGUUUUAAUAUGUAAUCCAGAGACAGGUGUUUUAUAUAACAGCCUUCUGUGUUCUCUUUUCGACUCCCUCCGCAUUUGCAAUCAAACGCCUGAAUUUUCUCUAUCUCCUUAGCUAUCAUACUCUGCUUCCACCGGGCAUUCCACUGAUUUCAAAACUCGGUCCUCCAGAAAGUGGAGAGCAUUAGCAACACUUUUACAGUUCUUCAUGACAUCUUUCAAAAAAGCCACUUUAGAAAAAGGAUUAACUACAUAUACUAAGAAGCUCAUGUUAUAGAUAGAAGUGUGCUACAUGGUAGACUAAUCCAAACUCAUCUCUCAGCAUGUCCAGCCCAUCCAUUAUCUCAGCCCAUCAUGGCUAGCGGGAAGGUUCCUGUCUUUUUCCGUGGCUAAACCAACUAGGCUCGUUAUUUAACAUUUUGAUAAAAAAUUUUUUUUUUUACGUUCAAUACCUCUCCUGUGAAGGCCUAGUUUCCUGAAAUGAGUCACAAAUGUCACUCUGUCAUUGGCUUUAGGUACAAAUGUCAGUGAAAAAAAGAAUAAAUUCCCAUACGUUGAUUUACUUUUUGAUUCAACAUCAUCACAUUGCAUUUUUUGGUUGAAAUGACGUGGAAACAACGUUGAUUCAACCAGUUUUUGCCCAGUGGGAGGUUUCAGUGUUUUUGACUCACGGCCAGGUGUGACAGAGUUUGAGAGGACGAUGUAUUAAAUCCAGGGCCAUGGAACUGUGGCUCAGCAGCUUUUUAGAGGUGAUGUGAAUAAAACCUGCAGAGAUCAUAGGAUCCUUUCAUCUUGAAGCCUCAAAGCCCCCAUGAUGGCCUCAACUGGGUCUUUGUUAAAUCGUUAGCUCUCUCUCUGAAUACGCAGAGGAGUCAGUGUCAGAGGAGUCCUUCUCAGAGGAGUCAGUGUCUGCUGAGGUGCUGUUUUCAGUGUUUUUUUUUUAUACAUUGUGCAAAAAGGUGCAUUAUCUUGGCAAGCAUAAUAUCAUAUUGUGGCUAAAAUGGAAGUUAACUCGGUCAUAACUCAAAUGUUAAGUAUUAGUGCAUUUGCAAGUCCCCAGGGGGUGACCUGGUGCUGAAGUUUUGGCUGUGAUAAGUCUUGAAAAAUACUGCACAACGAACAGCAGAGGCUGUUGAACAAACAGAGCAAAGAUCAGUGUUAAAUGUCAAUUGUAUUCAGAGGAUAGAUCUGAAUAGGUGAUCUCUAAACGCCUGUUCCCAGAGUUCCCAAAGUGGCCAGCAUCUGGAGAUGAAUAAAACAGGUCAUACAAUAUGUAGUGUAUCUUGUAUCUUCUUACUGGCAUUUCUUUUUAAGCUCAGGCUAUCGUUAUUGAUGGUGUUAAGUCCGAAUUUCUUGAAUUACAUAAAGGUGUUCCGCAGAGGUCGAUACUAUGACCUGUUCUUUUCACUAUUUAUAUAAAUGCUAUUGGUCAAUCUGUUUUUGUUUUUUUAUUUUAAUCUAUAUGCGGAUGAUACUAUUAUGUAUGCAAUUGCCCCGACUGCUGACCUGGCUGUGACAAGGCUACAGUCAGAUUUUGCACUUGUGCAGGAAGCCCUUACUUAUUUAAAACUCAUACUUAAUACGGGCAAAUCUAAAUACAUGUUGUUUUCAAGUUUUCGUAAGAUUGUCUCAGAUGGAUUACAUCUUUACUCAUCGGAUGGUUCUAUAAUCGAACGAGUCCUUGCAUACAAAUACCUUGGUAUUUGGAUUAACAAUGAUAUAUCGUUUAAAAAACAAACGACUGAGCUUGUUAAGAAGCUUUUUUUUACAGAAACAGAUCUGGUCUCUCUCUAGUCAGCAGGAAGCAGAUUGUGCAGUCAACCUUUCUACCUGUUGGUGAUUAUGGUGAUACUAUUUAUCAAAGUGCAGCUGCCUCUACUCUUAAACCCCUGGAUGCCGUUUUUCAUAGCGGCCUUUGUUUUAUCACAGGAGACAGUUAUAUUAGUCAUCACUGUAUUCUUUAAUAAAAGGUUUUGAAGUCACGUAGAUCACAUCAUUACACUCUUUUUGUUUACAAAGCCCUGCUCCACAAACUUCCGACUUACCUAACAUCACUGUUAAGAUUUUAAAUGACAAGUUAUGAAACCUGGUUUGGUUAACUCUGGAAACUCCUUUGGUGUCUAGAAAGUUAGGUCAGUCAGCCUUUUUAAUUUCCUUGCACCUUAUGUGUGGAAUGAUCUACAGUACACUAUUGGUGCCUCUAUGGCAUUUCAGACCUUUUUACUGAAUAAUGUGUCUGUUUUUUAUGAUUGUGUUUUGCUUUUUGUCUAUUAGUGUGUAUAAUAACGUGUAUUUUAUUGUGCAUAUGGGGUCAUCUUGAAAAGAGACCUUGGUCUCAGCAUUGACUCCAUGUCAAAAUAAAGGUGAAAUAAAAUUCAAAUAAAUAUAUGAGCCCAGGGUUUGGGACAAUUACAUCACGGGUGUAAAUGCACUUAUGCUGGUUGUUAGUCCUUUUAACAUAGCAUAGAUUUAAGUUAAGAUGAUAUGUAGAUUUUUGUAAAUGUAUUUUUUACCUGUAAGAUGAAAUAACAUCUAGAAUCCCUUUUCCAGUGGAAGUAGGUUCCAAGGUGUCAGCUAGAAACGGCUUAUUUUCAUUAUAGCUGGAAGGUCCUCCUAUGCUUGGCAAACUCUGCUAUAUCUCUACCUCUCUGUGAAGUGCUUUGACAGAGCAGCAAUGUCCUGUGCACUUGUGUCCAUUACUGCUUUGGAUUGCCUCAUGCUGUCUCCCCCCGCAAAGCUCCAGGAAAAGAGACCCUUGGGUGCCAUGGUGAUGCAACAAGAACUGGGGCACUGGGUGGGGGAUGGAGGGGUGGGGGUGCUGAUGCCAUAACCCAUGCUUCUUUACCUCACACAUACUUUUUUUUGUAGAACCGUGAGAACUUCCUCUCCAUUUUUUAUUUGUUUGUAUGUGUGUGUGUUUGUUUGUUUGUUUGCUUAGAUUUCUUUACAUCGCGUCGUUCCCAAGCUGCCACAGCCAGAGAAUACGUCAUCGGCCGUUACAGCUUCUUCCUGUUUCUGCCUCAUAGUAAGUGGCUGUGAGAUCAGACAUUAGACAGUCUGCUCAACCACGGCUCCGCUGGCGUGACUUCACAUUGCCUCUUUGCACCCUGACAAAGUCUGGAAGGAUGAAAGAAAGCUAACGGCCACACUCUCUAUUGCAAAGAUGAAUGAACAAUGAAACUGUUGAUAUGUAAUGUAUAUAAUGUACAGUACUACAGCUGGCCUUGAAUUGUUUCAUGCAAAGUCUGUGCAUCAUGACAGGUAAGACUCAGCUUAUACAGUAUACUGUAGUAUAGCUUAUAUAGAUGUUUGUUUUGUGUGCAAAUGGGCAGUAGACUGCCAGUGCCAAGGCUAACUCCAGCACUUAUUGGCAUCACACACUACAGUCUCUUCACAGCUGUUUGUUUGGAGUUAAUCAAGAAUUCCUCUGAGACGUGGCCAAAGCAUCAAGCCUGCCUUAUCAAUUACUCACAGGAACAGAGAAGGUGCUGGUCAAAUAUGGAAACAUAGCCUUGGGAGUGAUUUAAGGUGGCAUUUUUACCCAAAGCAGAAAACGGUGCAGCUGUCACAAUAUACUGAAUCACUUUGAAUACAUGGAACGGAGGUAUACAUAUCAAAUUGAGCUUUGAAUGCAACAGUUACACGACAGCAUCGUUGCGUGUCAUGGACAGUGCCUUGCAAAAGUAUUCAUCCCCCUUGGCGUUUUUCCUAUUUUGUUGCAUUACAACCUGUAAUUUAAAUUGAUUUUUAUUUGGAUUUCAUGUAAUGGACAUAUACAAAAUAGUCCAAAUUGGUGAAGUGAAAUGAAAAAAAUAACUAACGGAAAAGUGGUGCGUGCAUAUGUAUUCACCCCAUUUGCUAUGAAGCCCACAAAUAAUAUCUGGUGCAACCAAUUACCUGCAGAAGUCACAUAAUUAGUUAAAUAAAGUCCACCUGUGUGCAAUCUAAGUGUCACAUGAUCUGUCAUAUGAUCUCAGUAUACAGUUGAAGUCGGAAGUUUACAUACACUUAGGUUGGAGUCAUUAAAACUUGUUUUUUAACCACUCCACAAAUUACUUGUUAACGAACUAUAGUUUUGACAAGUCGGUUAGGACAUCUACUUUGUGCAUGACACAAGUAAUUUUUCAACAAUUGUUUACUGACAGAUUAUUUAACUUAUAAUUCACUGUAUCACAAUUCCAGUGGGUCAGAAGUUUACAUACACUAACUUGACUGUGCCUUUAAACAGCUUGGAAAAUUCCAGAAAAUUAUGUCAUGGCUUUAGAAGCUUCUGAUAGGCUAAUUGACAUAAUUUGAGUCAAUUGGAGUUGUACCUGUGGAUGUAUUUCAAGGCCUACCUUCAAACUCAGUGCCCCUUUGCUUGACAUCAUGGGAAAAUCAAAGGAAAUCAGCCAAGACCUCAGAAAGAAAAUUGUAGACCUCCACAAGUCUGGUUCAUCCUUGGGAGCAAUUUACAAACGCCUGAAGGUACCACGUUCAUCUGUACAAACAACAGUACGCAAGUAUAAACACCAUGGGACCACGCAGCCAUCAUGCUGCUCAGGAAGGAGAUGCGUUCUGGAUCCUAGAGAUGAACGUACUUUGGUGCGAAAAGUGCAAAUCAAUAUCAGAACAACAGCAAAGGACCUUGUGAAGAUGCUGGAGGAUACAGGUACAAAAGUAUCUAUAUCCACAGUAAAACAAGUCCUAUAUCGACAUAACCUGAAAGGCCGCUCAGCAAGGAAGAAGCCACUGCUCCAAAACCGCCAUAAAAAAGCCAGACUACGGUUUGCAACUGCACAUGGGGUCAAAAAUCGUACUUUUUUGAGAAAUGUUCUCUGGUCUGAUGAAACAAAAAUAGAACUGUUGGGCCAUAAUGACCAUCGUUAUGUUUAGGGGAAAAAGGGGGUUACUUGCAAGCCAAAGAACACCAUCCCAACCGUGAAGGACGGGGGUGGUAGCAUCAUGUUGUGGGGGUGCUUUGCUGCAGGAGGGCCUGGUGCACUUCACAAAAUAGAUGGCAUCAUGAGGAAGGAAAUUUAUGUGGAUAUAUUGAAGCAACAUCUCAAGACAUCAGUCAGGAAGUUAAAGCUUGGUCGCAAAUGGGUCUUCCAAAUGGACAAUGACCCCAAGCAUACUUCCAAAGUUGUGGCAAAAUGGCUUAAGGACAACAAAGUCAAGGAAUUGGAGUGGCCAUCACAAAGCCCUGACCUCACCCUAUAGAACAUUUGUGGGCAGAACUGAAAAAGCGUGUGCGAGCAAGGAGGCCUACAAACCUGACUCAGUUACACCAGCUCUGUCAGGAUGAAUGGGCCAACAUUCACCCAACUUAUUGUGGGAAGCUUGUGGAAGGCUACCCGAAACGUUUGACUCAAGUUAAACAAUUUAAAGGCAAUGCUACCAAAUACUAAUUGAGUGUAUGUAAACUUCUGACCCACUGGGAAUGUGAUGAAAUAAAUAAAAUCUGAAAUAAAUCAUUCUCUCUACUAUUAUUCUGACAUUUCACAUUCUUAAAAUAAAGUGGUGAUCCUAACUGACCUAAGACAGGGAAUUUUUACUAGGAUUAAAUGUCAGGAAUUGUGAAAAACUGAGUUUAAAUGUAUUUGACUAAGGUGUAUGUAAACUUCCGACUUCAACUGUAUAUACACCUGUUCUGAAAGGCCCCAGAGUCUGCAACACCACUAAGCAAGGGGCACCACCAAGCAAGUGGCACCAUGAAGACCAAGGAGCUCUCCAAACAGGUCAGGGACAAAGUUGUGGAGAAGUACAGAUCAGGGUUUGGUUAUAAAAAAAUAUCCAAAACUUUUAACAUCCAACGGAGCACCAUUAAAUCCAUUAUUAAAAAAUGGAAAGAAUAUGGCACCACAACAAACCUGCCAAGAGAGGGCCGCCCACCAAAACUCACGGACCAGGCAAGGAGGGCAUUAAUCAGAGAGUCAACAAAGAGACCAAAGAUAACCCUGAAGGAGCUGCAAAGUUCCACAGCGGAGAUUGGAGUAUCUGUCCAUAGGACCACUUUAAGCCGUACACUCCACAGAGCUGGGCUUUACAGAAGAGUGGCCACAAAAAAGCGAUUGCUUAAAGAAAAAAAUAAGCAAACACGUUUGGUGUUCGCCAAAAGGCAUGUGGGAGACUCCCAGAACAUAUGGAAGAAGAUACUCUGGUCAGAUGAGACUAAAAUUGAGCUUUUUGGCCAUCAAGUAAAACGCUAUGUCUGGCGCAAACCCAACACCUCUCAUCACCCCGAGAACACCAUCCCCACAGUGAAGCAUGGUGGUGGCAGCAUCAUGCUGUGGGGAUGUUUUUCAUCGGCUGGGACUGGGAAACUGGUCAGAAUUGAAGGAAUGAUGGAUGGCGCUAAAUACAGGGAAGUUUUUGAGGGAAACCUGUUUCAGUCUUCCAGAGAUUUGAGACUGGGACGGAGGUUCACCUUCCAGCAGGACAAUGACCCUAAGCAUACUGCUAAAGCAACACUCGAGUGGUUUAAGGGGAAACAUUUAAAUGUCUUGGAAUGGCCUAGUCAAAGCCCAGACCUCAAUCCAAUUGAGAAUCUGUGGUAUGGCUUAAAGAUUGCUGUACACCAGCGGAACCCAUCUAACUUGAAGGAGCUGGAGCAGUUUUGCCUUGAAGAAUGGGCAUAAAUCCCAGUGGCUAGAUAUGCCAAGCUUAUAGAGACAUACCCCAAGAGACCUGCAGCUCUAAUUGCUGCAAAAGGUGGCUCUACAAAGUAUUGACUCUGGGGGGGUGAAUAGUUGUGCACGCUCAUGUUUUCUGUUUUUUUGUCUUAUUUCUUGUUUGUUUCACAAAAAAAAAUAUUUUGCAUCUUCAAAGGGUAGGCAUGUUGUGUAAAUCAAAUGAUACGAACCCCCCCCCAAAAAUCCAUUUUAAUUCCAGGUUGUAAGGCAACAAAAUAGGAAAAAUGCCAAGGGGGGUGAAUACUUUCGCAAGCCACUGUAACUUCUGCACUGAACAUGCUAAACCCUCAUAGUAGCCCCAUCAUGGAUAUGAUUGUAUUUCUCAUGAAAUUAUAGGUUUUAAAACAUAUACCGCAUGAGUAUUGGAAAUUGUUGCAGCCUCUUUUCAGACUAGCACCACUUAUUUGCAUUGUAAAAAUGGAAACUGGCUAGGAAAACAUGAGGGAGGACAGAGGAGACAGGAAAUGGAGUGAGAUACAGAUAUGUCAGUGAGACUGCUGUGUGUUCUUGGGAUGUGGUUCCUGGGGAUCGCCAGGCAACCUGGGCUGGUAAUAGCAGGAAGUCACAGAUAGGACAUGCUCCAGUGGACCCCACAUCACUGAGAAAUAGAGAAAAUAUAUCAGUUACUGUAGACACUAUGAGUGCAGUAUAUAUAAGCAGUACAAUAAUGAACAGUUAUGUAUUAUAUUUGUGUCCUUUAGUUAGCUCCUGCCUCAGGAACCUCACCAAGAUUGUGGAGUUAAGUUGGUGAAGCUGUUAAAUAAGUUUUGUAUGUAUAUGUGUUUUGUGUUUCUGUCUUUUGUUCAGAAAUAACGAUGGUGUAAUAACACAUUAUUUUUUCUCAGGAUUCUAUGGGCGGCUCUCCGAAUGACAUCCGUAUCUCUGAUAUGAGGCCCACCCUGGUGGAACCGCCCAUGUACAAACCAAAAGUUGUAUUACUAGGAAAAGACAAGAAAGGUAGGCCCUAAACUUUUGUCGCUGGUAUUCUAAUUCAGUACAAACACGACCAAUACAAUUUAAGGAUAUGCAAUCACUGUUCUCUGAUCCCCUAUCAGAACACUAUAAAUGUGCCUAUUAGUGAUGUUAGAGCAGUUAUGGUCAACUUUGACAGUUGAUGAAGAGCUGUUACAGUAUGCUUCAAUUAUAAUAACUACACUAUACAGUAUAUACAGUACCAGUCAAAAGUUUGGACACACCUACUCAUUCAAGGGUUUCUCUUUAUUUUUUACUAUUGUUUACAUUGUAGAAUAAUAGUGAAGACAUCAAAACUAUGAAAUAACACUUAUGGAAUAAUGUAGUAAUCAAAAAAGUGUUAAUAAAAUCAAAAUAUAUUUUAUAUUUGAGAUUCUUCAAAUAGCCACGCUUUGCCUUGAUGACAUCUUUGCAAACUCUUGGCAUUCUCUCCACCAGCUUCACCUGGAAUGCUUUUCCAACAGUCUUGAAGGAGUUCCCACAUAUGCUGAGCACUUGUUUGCUGCUUUUCCUUCACUCUGCCGUCCGACUCAUCCCAAACCAUCUCAAUUGUGUUGAGGUCGGGGGAUUGUGGGGGCCAGGUCAUCUGAUGCAGCACUCCAUCACUCUCCUUCUUGGUCAAAUAGCCCUUACACAGCCUGGAGGUGUGUUUGGUCAUUGUCCUGUUGAAAAACAAAUGAUAGUCCCACUAAGCCCAAACCAGAUGGGAUGGCGUAUCGCUGCAGAAUGCUGUGGUAGACAUGCUGGUUAAGUGUGACUUGAAUUCUAAAUAAAUCACAGACAGUGUCACCAGCAAAGCACCCCCUUACAAUAACACCUCCUCCUCCAUGCUUUAUGGUGGGAACUACACAUGCGGAGAUCGUCCAUUCACCCACACCGCGUCUCAAAAAGACACGGCGGUUGGAACUAAAAAUCUUAAAUUUGGACUCCAGACCAAAGGACACAUUUCCACCGGUCUAAUGUCCAUUGCUCGUGUUUCUUGGCCCAAGCAGGUCUCUUCUUCUUAUUGGUGUCCUGUAGUAGUGAUUUAUUUGCAGCAAUUUGACCAUGAAGGCCUGAUUCACACAGUCCCCUCUGAACAGUUGAUGUUGAGAUGUGUCUGUUACUUGAACUCUGUGAAGCAUUUAUUUGGGCUGCAAUUUCUGAGGCUGGUAACUCUAAUAAACUUAUCCUCUGCAGCAGAGGUAACUCUGGGUCUUCCAUUCCUGUGGCGGUCCUCAUGAGAGCCAGUUUCAUCAUAGCGCUCGAUGGUUUUUGCGGCUGCACUUGAGGAAACUUUCAAAGUUCUUGAAAUGUUCCGUAUUGACUGACCUUCAUGUCCUAAAGUAAUGAUGGACUGUCGUUUCUCUUUGCUUAUUUGAGCUGUUCUUGUCAUAAUAUGGACUUGGUCUUUUACCAAAUAGCGCUAUCUUCUGUAUACCCCCCCUACCUUGUCACAACACAACUGAUUGGCUCAAAUGGAUUAAGAAGGAAAUACAUUCCACAAAUUAACUUUGCAUUCCAGGUGACUACCUCAUGAAGCUGGUUGAGAGAAUGCCAAGAGUGUGCAAAGCUGUCAUGAAGGCCAAGGGUGGCUAUUUGAAUAAUUUGUUUAACACUUUUUUGUUUACUACAUGAUUCCAUAUGUGUUAUUUCAUAGUUUUGAUGUCUUCACUAUUAUUCUACAAUGUAAAAAAAAAAGUAAAAUAAAGAAAAACCCUUGAAUGAGUAGAUGAGUCCAAACUUUUGACUAGUAGUGUAUGUCUUAAAGCCAGUAUGUAUAUCCUGAGGCCAUACUUUCAAACUGUAUUUUCUAUCUCACACUGAUAAACCAGAGUAAGCUGAUUGACUAGUUGUUACAGGCUAUUUGUGCUGAUAUCUCAAUCAGUGGGAGGCUGACCCUCUAUCAGUAAAAAUACCUACUCUCUGCUCUAAUCCUGUUCUGACAUGAAAAAGCCUCAAGCUUUCUAAGCUCUCCAGUGAAAAAUCCUAUGUUUGCUAUUGUUAUUUCUAAAUGCAUGUGUGUUUCCUCCUGUGAGAUUACAAAACAUAGUCCUGCAAUGCACAAUUAUUAUAUAAUAUCCUUGGGGAGUGUUGUAUCCUAAUGAGGUAUGGUAUAAAGCAUAUUAAUUGCAAUUUAUUACAUAAUGUCUCGCUUUUGGAUUGAGGAGAAAAGGCAUCCAAUUCUCUCCAGUAGCUUUUGCCCCCCAGCUUUAACCCACAUUUUAAGUGGAAACAUGAGCAGUGACCUUUUGAAAAUGAGAUGUUCCCUUAAGCCCCUAUUCAGAUUAAUUUCACAGGUAGCUAUCAUCAGAGACAUACCAAUGCUUUUCUCUCCCACUCCCCUGUCAGAAUCUAUAGAUGAGUCAGACCCAGAUAAGAUGCAUUGCCUGAACAACAGUGGCUCGUCAGCCACCUACUCAGACUACUCUCCGUCCCAGGGUUCUUCUGGCUCCUCCAACCCCCCGGGGAAUGUGGCCACCCUGCAGGCUGCUGGGAAGGAUGGAGGAGUGCCUCAACAACACUGGACCAACAGGUGGGUAGUGGCUCACUGACUCUCAAUAUACAGUCCCACACUGAACCAGAGACUAGACACUCGCCUGAUAACAAACUUACGGUGACCUAGGAUCGGAAUCGGUCCGCCAUCAGCAAAAUCAGAGGCUCAGUGGUCUCACAGCCACCUGUGGUCUGAUAAGUGCUUGCUAGCUGGGUCAUUUCCAGUACUGUUCUGUACUGUGUCAAUAUGUCGUCCAGCAGGCAUCGAUUCCACCUGUUGGUUUCCUGAGACAGAGGGGUGUUGUGUAGGGCACCUGGGUGAACAGGAGGUGGAACUCCAGCUGUCAAGCAGCUGUGUGAGGGAAGAGAGUGGUGCACCAAGUCUCUUUUACAUCUCUCAUUAACAUACAUCUCCAUAAGACUGACAGAGCGUAGCACAUCUCUCUCGCUGUCUCUUUCCUCUCUUUCGCUUUCCCUGUCUGUCUGUCUGUCUGUCUGUCUGUCUGUCUGUCUGUCUGUCUGUCUGUCUGUCUGUCUGUCUGUCUGUCUGUCUGUCUGUCUGUCUGUCUGUCUGUCUGUCUGUCUGUCUGUCUGUCUGUCUGUCUGUCUGUCUGUCUGUCUGUCAGCCCAGCCAAGGUCAGAGGGACAGUUCCUUUCCACUCUCUUCUUCAUUGAAAUGCAGCUGAAACACUACCAUUGGGGCUCUUGAAACUGUUUUAGUCAGUCCGUGCCAGAACUUCCGAGAGCAUUGUUAUUUUUUCCAACUGAAUCCUGGCUGAAAUUCUACAGAUGGAGGUCUCACUGAAAAAUACUUCUAUUUUUUUUAUCUGUGGAUACAAUUAUAGUUGACUUCUACUGAUACUUUCAGACCUCUAUGGAAAACAGUCCAGCUCAAAUCUGUGCAUAUUUCCCUUUUAUGAUAUAUUGGUAAAAAAGCAAUUGGAUUCCCUUUGAAAUGCCAGCAGUAUAGCUUCAGGCAAACAUGACUUUAAAAUACACAGUACCUUUCUAUUUUAAUGCAGCCUUUGAUUUGACCUAUCAAAACUCCAAGUCAAGUUGGAGGUCCAUUAUGAAUGUUACCCUCUAUUCUAUGUAGUAAAUAUACCUUGAUGAAAUGAUAUGUUAUGAUACCUGUGCCCACUCUCUUUCUGCAGGCUGGCCCAGCAGUUCCCCAAGCCCAUUGAGACCAAGCCCUUACUGAGAGACCCCAGAGAGACCCCUCCCUCCAGCACACUGCAGCAGCGCAGCGAGCGACGCCCCCUCAGCGACACCUUUGACCAGUGGAACGACACCUCCCACUACGACAAUACAGGCUUCGUGUCUGAAGAGGCUCCUCUGGAGACCCCCAGUGGUAGCAGCAGUGGUAACCCCAUGCUGGGCUCAAAGUCCUGCAGCGCCUCCACCUCCCACGGGGGCCGCCGGCCCCUCAUGAGGCAGGAGCGCAUCGUGGGCAUCCCCCUGGAGUUGCAGGAUGCCCCUCACCAACACCAACACCCCUCCCACCAAUUCCAUAAUGUCCGCAACACGCCCGAAGCUGAAAUGCCUCAGCCUCCCACCCCCAACCCGUGGCAGAACUGGACGAGGACGCCCAGCCCCUUCGAGGACCGCACAGCUUUCCCCUCCAAACUGAGCUCCCCAUGCAACAGCCCCAAUCCUGACCGCAAGGACUUUGAGCAGGAGCUGCCGGGCACGUUCCCCUCCACAGGGACGUGGGGUUACUUAGACUCCAGAAACUCAGGGCAGGGGCAGGGGCGCAGCAGCCAGCAGGCCAACAUGUCCAACAUGUACCAACAUGUCGAAUCCAAGCCCACUAGACCAAGCUCUGGGGCCAUGGUGAUGAGCAAGAGCUCUGAGCGCCUCUUUCCCAUGAUGAAGGAGGUGAAGGCUAAGUUCAAGAAGUCCCAGAGUAUUGAUGAGAUAGACAUGGGCUCCUACAAGGUGUACAGCAUUCCCGUGGACACCUACAGCUCCAGCAUAGAGAACCAGGGGAGUGUUGACCGUGCAGACAUGCCAGCCCCCAUGGAGCAGAGCAUGUCCCGGAGCAAGUCUGCCCCCAUGCUGGACGAUGAUGAUGCCUACGGAACUAAUUGCCAGCAGCAGAAGCCUGCCAUCCCCAAGAAGGUCUACCACUUCGACCAGAGCUUCAACCCUCAGGGGGCUAUGGAUAUGAGGAAUCAGCAGCAGGAGAGGAGGGCCCCUCCGCCCUUCCCGAACACCCCUGAGUAUGUCAACCAUCCGGGGAAGACCCUGCCCAAGGAGCUGGUGAGCCCCAGGGGUUACCGGGGUUACCCUCCCAUGGACCAGAUGUUCUCCUACUCUCAGCCCUCAGUCAACGAGGAGAACCAGCCACCCCAGCAGCAGCAACCCUUCCCCAUUCCCAGUCAGCGCUCCCGGCCUGGGUUCCUGAGGCGGGCCGACUCCCUGGUCAGCUCCACAGAGCUGGCCCUGUUCCGCAGGGUUCAGGAGGCCCAGGAGAUGCAGCAGAAGUCGGACCACUAUGGCCGGCAGCACUUCAAAGGCAUGCUGGAGCACCAGAACAGUCUGGCCAGCAUGGCCCAGCAGGACCAACAGUACAACAAGAGGAAUGGCAGGUACGAGGAAGACUACUCCUCCUACCAGGAGCCCAAGAAGCCCAUCAUGGGCUACCCCACUAAGAGCCUGACACAGCGGCGGCCUCUGUCGGCCAGGAGUUACAGCACGGAGACGUUCGGGGCGUCCCAGGCCAGGCCUGUGUCUGCCAGACCCACCAUGGCUGCCCUGUUGGAGAAGAUGCCCCCAGAUUAUAAUCUGAGCACUUGCACUGAGAAUAUAAAGAGCCCUGAUGAGAUGAAAAUGCGCACCAUGCAGCUGCAGCAUAAGCCUGACGAUAUGUCCUCUAACAUGCCAGUAGACUGGAGGCAACAGCUGCUUAGACAUAUAGAGGCCAAACGAAUAGACCGGGUAAGUCCGACAACUUCUUAUUCACCUUGGGAAUAAACCGUUUAUUACACGAUUGCACACCAUCUACAUGUGAGCUUCUGUUGUCUUGACCCACACGCCACAUGACUGCAUGACCGUCAGUAUUGACUGCUUAGUUAUGUUCUCCAGUUAUGGCACCAGUCUCACUUGGAGUUUCACUGUAUGUAUAAGUUGCACAAACCAUGUUUGGUACGUUUUCCUCUCAACGUUCUCUUUCUCCUCUCUUUUAUUUUCUUUCUACUAUUACUAUUAGUAUGAUAUCAUACUUUAACAAGACAAGUAUAUCUGUCUGUACUACUACAAUUUGGGUCAGUUUUCCUAAAGCAGGGUCCCCCAACUGGCGGCCCGCGGGGGAUUCUGAGGGAAACCUCAGAACAGCGCCGGAAGAAGAUGGCUGCCGUUUUACAGCCCUCUAACCAAUUGUACUAUUAUGUGUGUUUUUCCGCGUUAUUUGUAAUUUAUUUUGUACAUAAUGUUUAUGCCAUCGUCUCUUAUAACCAAAGAGAGCUUCUGGAUAUCAGGACAGCGAUUACUCACCUCGCGUUGGACGAACACUUUUUUUUCAACAAGGCGUUCGCGAAGGAUAUUCUACAGACUCCAGACAAGGCCCAGAUCCCCGUCAUUCGCGUGAGGAAGAGACGGAGAUACCGUGGACGUAGGUCGGGGUGCCUUGUAAAGAUCCGACGGCGAACGAGUAAACUGCCUCUCCCAUCAAUCCUAUUAGCCAACGUUCAAGCUUUGGAUAAUAAAAUGGACGAUUUAAGAUUACGGUUAUCCUACCAACGGGACAUUAAAAACUGUAAUAUCUUAUGUUUCACGGAGUCGUGGCUGAAUGACAACAAUGACAACAUUCAGCUAGCAGGCUAUACGCUACAUCGGCAGGACAGAACGGCAGACUCGGGUAAGACGAGGGGUGGCGGUCUCUGUAUUUUUGUAAACAACAGCUGGUGCACAAAAUCAAAUACUAAGGAAGUCUCAAGGUUUUGCUCGCCUGAGGUAGAGUAUCUUAUGAUAAGCUGUAGACCACACUAUUUACCAAGAGAGUUUUCAUCUAUACUUUUCAUAGCUGUCUAUUUACCACCACAAACCAAUGCUGGCAUUAAGAUUGCACUGAAUGAGUUGUACAAGGCCAUUAAUCAACAGGAAAACGCUCAUCCAGAUGCAGCGCUCCUAGUAGCAGGGGACUUUAAUGCAGGGAAACUUAAAUCCGUUCUACCUCAUUUCUACCAGCAUGUUAAAUGUGCAACCAGAGGGGAAAAAACUCUAGACCACCUUUACUCCACACACAGAGACGCAUACAAAGCUCUCCCUCGCCCUCCAUUUGGCAAAUCUGACCAUAACUCUAUCCUCCUGAUUCCUGCUUAUAAGCAAAAACUGAAGCAGGAAGCACCAGUGACUCGGCUAAUAAAAAAGUGGUCAGAUGACGCAGAUGCUAAGCUACAGGACUGUUUUGCUAGCACAGACUGGAACAUGUUCAGGGAUUCUUCAGACAGCAUUGAGGAGUACACCACAUCAGUCACUGGCUUCAUCAAUAAGUGCAUCGAUGAUGUCGUCCCCACAGUGACCGUACGUACAUACCCCAACCAGAAGCCAUGGAUUACAGGAAACAUCCGCACUGAGCUAAAGGGUAGAGCUGCCGCUUUCAAGGAACGGGACUCUAACCCGGACGCUUAUAAGAAAUCCCGCUAUGACCUCCGACGAACCAUCAAACAGGCAAAGAGUCAAUACAGGUCUAAGAUUGAAUCAUACUACACUGGCUCUGACGCUCGUCGGAUGUGGCAGGGCUUGAAAACUAUUACAGACUACAAAGGGAAGCACAGCCGCGAGCUGCCCAGUGACACAAGCCUACCAGACGAGCUAAACCACUUCUAUGCUCGCUUCGAGGCAAGCAACACUGAAGCAUGCAUGAGAGCACCAGCUGUUCCGGACGACUAUGUGAUCACGCUCUCCGUAGCCGAUGUGAGUAAGACUUUUAAGCAGGUCAACAUUCACAAGGCCGCAGGGCCAGACGGAUUACCAGGACGUGUACUCCGAGCAUGUGCUGACCAACUGGCAAGUGUCUUCACUGACAUUUUCAACAUGUCCCUGACUGAGUCUGUAAUACCAACAUGUUUCAAGCAGACCACCAUAGUCCCCGUGCCCAAGAACUCUAAGAUAACCUGCCUAAAUGACUACCGACCCGUGGCACUGACGUCUGUAGCCAUGAAGUGCUUUGAAAGACUGGUCAUGGCUCACAUCAACAGCAUAAUCCCAGAAACCCUAGACCCACUCCAAUUUGCAUACCGCCCCAACAGAUCCACAGAUGAUGCAAUCUCUAUCGCACUCCACACUGCCCUUUCCCACCUGGACAAGAGGAACACCUACGUGAGAAUGCUAUUCAUUGACUACAGCUCAGCAUUCAACACCAUAGUGCCCUCAAAGCUCAUCACUAAGCUAAGGAUCCUGGGACUAAACACCUCCCUCUGCAACUGGAUCCUGGACUUCCUGACGGGCCGCCCCCAGGUGGUAAGGGUAGGUAACAACACAUCUGCCACACUGAUCCUCAACACGGGGGCCCCUCAGGGGUGCGUGCUCAGUCCCCUCCUGUACUCUCUAUUCACCCAUGACUGCAUGGCCAGGCACGACUCCAACACCAUCAUUAAGUUUGCCGACGACACAACAGUGGUAGGCCUGAUCACCGACAACGAUGAGACAGCCUAUAGGGAGGAGGUCAGAGAUCUGGCCGUGUGGUGCCAGGACAACAACCUCUCCCUCAACGUGACCAAGACAAAGGAGAUGAUUGUGGACUACAGGAAAAAAAAGAGGACUGAGCACGCCCCCAUUCUCAUCGACAGGGCUGUAGUGGAACAGGUUGAGAGCUUCAAGUUCCUUGGUGUCCACAUCACCAACGAACUAUCAUGGUCCAAACACACCAAGACAGUCGUGAAGAGGGCACGACAAAGCCUAUUCCCCCUCAGGAGACUAAAAAGAUUUGGCAUGGGUCCUCAGAUCCUCAAAAAAUUCUACAGCUGCACCAUCGAGAGCAUCCUGACUGGUUGCAUCACCGCCUGGUAUGGCAACUGCUUGGCCUCUGACCGCAAGGCACUACAGAGGGUAGUGCGUACGGCCCAGUACAUCACUGGGGCAAAGCUCCCUGCCAUCCAGGACCUCUAUACCAGGCGGUGUCAGAGGAAGGCCCUCAAAAUUGUCAAAGACUCCAGUCACCCUAGUCAUAGACUGUUCUCUCUGCUACCGCACGGCAAGCGGUACCGGAGUGCCAAGUCUAGGUCCAAAAGACUUCUCAACAGCUUCUACCCCCAAGCCAUAAGACUCCUGAACAGCUAAUCAUGGCUACCCGGACUAUUUGCACUGCCCCCCCACCCCAUCCUUUUUACGCUGCUGCUACUCUGUUAAGUAUUUAUGCAUAGUCACUUUAACUCUACCCACAUGUACAUAUUACCUCAACUAGCCGGUGCCCCCGCACAUUGACUAUGCAACGGUACCCCCCUGUAUAUAUAGCCUCCCUACUGUCACUUUAUUCUAUUGUAUAUAUAGCCUCCCUACUGUCACUUUAUUUUUUACUUCUGCUCUUUUUUUCUCAACACUUUUUUGUUGUUGUUUUAUUCUUACUUUUUUGUUUAAAAUAAAUGCACUGUUGGUUAAGGGCUGUAAGUAAGCAUUUCACUGUAAUGUCUGCACCUGUUGUAUUCGGCGCAUGUGACCAAUAAAAUUUGAUUUGAUUUGAUUUGAUUUUGAUUUGAUUUGAUUUGAUUUGAUUUUAUUUUAUUUGCCCCCACAUGUUUUCUGAGCAAAAACCGAACAAAGCAAAAAACAUUGUUAAAAUUGUUUUAAUGUUGGACAUAAAAUACUGUAAAAACACCAGCAAAUCAGCUCCAAGUGAUUUUAAUUUAGGAAAUCUUUUCCAAAAUAUUCCCACACAUAAUAGAGAGAUAUACACUGAGUAUACCAAACAUUAGGAACACCUUCCUAAAAAUUAGUUGCAUCCCCCCGCCCCCCCUUUUGCCCUCAGAACAGUCUCAAUUCGUCUGGGCAUGGACUCUACAAGGUGUCGAAAGCGUUCCACAGGGAUACUGGCCCAUGUUGACUCCAAUGCUUCCCACAGUUGUGUCAAGUUGGCUGAAUGUCCUUUGGGUGGUGGACCAUUCUUGAUACACACAGGAAACUGUUGAGCGUAAAAAACCCAGCAGCGUUGCAGUUCUUGACACAAACCGGUGCGCUUGGCACCUACUACCAUACCUUGUUCAAAGGCACUUAAAUAUUUUGUCUUGCCCAUUCACCAUACACAAUCCAUGUCUCAAUUGUCUCAAGGCAUAAAAAUCCCUCUUUUACUUGUCUCCUGCCCUUCAUCUACACUGAUUGAAGUGGAUUUAACAAGUGACAUCAAUAAGGGAUCAUGGCUUUCACCUGGAUUCACCUGGUCAGUCUAUGUCAUGGAAAGAGCAGGUGUUCUUCAUGUUUGUACACUCAGUGUAUGUGACCGUAUACACAUGUAAGCAAGGUUUGAAAUUAAUAUGUUUUAGUCAAAUAUUUUAUCUGUUUGGGCUUCUUGCGGUCAAUUCGCAGUCUGCUAAUUAUUUGUACUUAUGUUCUGGCGCCCUGACCAUCUACUCAAGAAAAAAAUCUAGUUGAUGAUUUCUGCCCUAAAGGGUCUAUCAGAGUCCAAAACGUGUACGUGUACGCACAGCAGUGUUCUAGAAUAUCGGAACGAUGGCUUUCAUACUUUCAAAUCCUCAUUCAAAUGGAGGAUGCGUUUGUGGAGCAGCGUUGGUUGGGAAUUCUGGGCAGGUGCGCGUUUGGGCUGUGUAUCCCCCGCGGACGGUGGUCUCAGAGCCAAGUAGCUGUGUCGCGAUCGGACGCCGAACUAUCUGCAUCUGUGGACUCUGAAUUACGCUUAACACUGAUUAAACCUAGUUCUGAAUUAGAAAACACUCCAGGACUAGGCUUAAUCUGGGUCCGGGAAACCGGCCCUUGAUAAUAUAGGCAAGUACUUCAGUGCUAUACAUCUCUUAAAGAAAAGUACAUACUGUUGCUUUUAUGAUAUACGUAGUCAUACUGUAUCCAUGAGUGUGUUUUAAUGUGUUUGUGCUGGUAGCCUACUGUAGUAACUCUGUACUGUUGUUGUUCUGUUUGUCAAGCUCACUUUAUCUGUUGCAGCUACGCAAUGUGUCUUGGUGCAAUCCCGUUAACCCAGUGGCUCACCCAUUUACUCAUGUCACGUGAUUGUUUCCCUCCAAUCAGAGCGCUGUCCUUAAGCACAACACAGUAAACUUCGGCAUGCUGUGCUCUGGAGGCUAUGCUGCACCGCAUGCAAGCAGAAGCAUGACAAUAAACUUUUACAAUAACAUGAAUAAGCAUGAAAACCAAACAACACAGUGGCUACCUCUACCCAAUGUGAGUAUGAACCAGAAAACACAGAAACAGUCUCAGUGCAGUUGAACCCUUUCACAUUCAUUUCAUACAGUGUACUGCAUUUCUAUUAUUUUGUAAGGAUAAAAGCUUAAAAACAACAUUUAUCAUAAGCAGAACAAUAUUACCCAUAGCUGCAUUUUCCUUACAAUGGAGAAUGUUUAUUUUUAUUUGUAUCACUUGCCUUAAAUAUUGAAAUGCUAUGCCUGUAUAUCUUUGUUUUAUUAUAGUCCACUUUAUAUUCCAAUUAUUUUACAUUCUAAUCUUGAGGGAUGAAACUUGAGCCCAGAAAUAAUACCAGCAUUAAGAAAACGAGUCUAGACCCGAGACUCAUGUAUCACGGUAUCAGUAUAAAAUGCAUACAGUGAAGCCGAGUAUUAUACAAUUUCUUAGCCAAAUGACACCAGCGGUGUCGGUGUGAAACAAGCCUUAAGAUGACUGACAUGGCAAUCCCUCACAUUUCAACUUCAAGCCAAGCGCUGUCUUUUAUCUGUUGUCUGAAAUAUUAAAGUGUCUGCAGUGUGUUGCAUGUGUGCAAUCAAUGUGUCAGCUCCGGUGUCUGCUCUGUGCUAUUAUUACUGUGUAAAGCUAUUAAUGUACCCUGUGUCACUCAGUAGCCUCAAUGCAAUGGGGCCUAGUUUAUAGGCACUAUGCAUUUAAGGACACAGACAAGCACAUUGUAAUGAAAAGCAGAGAUUGUAUCAGAGUUUCUCGCUUGCUUAUCUUUCUUGUAUAGGUAUUUUAGUGCCUAUAAGCCAACCUAUCAUUUUUAGCCUGUCCCAAUCUCUCUUAACCUGUCAGUCACAGUCUAUUCUUAUCAAAUAAGUAUUGUAAGUGGACGAAAUGACAGGAGGUAAACAACCCAACUGAUAUAUUCAUACUUAUAGGACUUUAAGCUUACCAUUAUAAAGAAGCUAAGGUCAUGAUAUUGAUCCAAGGAUACCCGCUGGUUUACUAUCUGCAAUACUCCGCCGAUAGUAUUAUUAUUAUCAGUGACUAUAACCUUAUAAUCAAUAGAGCAAAUUAAUUUACCUUUAUCUCUGCUAAAACUGUAGUCACGUUAGCAGCAAAUACAGGUUACCACCAUAGCGGUGAUGAUACUCUAAAUUGUGUUCCUUUACCCUGUUCUCUCUCCAGACCCCCUCUCAACAGAGCAAUAUAUUAGACAACGGCCAGGAGGUGGUCUCUCCCACUACUCAGUGGGCCCCCUACUCACUGGGCAGGAGAGACGUGCCCCCAGAAAACAUCAUGAAAAAGGUUGGUGCUUUACACAGGCAAAGGACUGGGUGGGAGGCCUGUUUGGAGUGUUGUAAUGCCAUUGUUAGUUUUAGCCUGAACUAUACUGAUGACAUAGUGCUCAUUAUCACCCAGCUUGCUGAAUGAAACACUGGGCUUGUAGCUCAUUCAUAUAUUGAACAAAAAUAUAAACGCAACAUGCAACAAUUUCAAAGAUUUGACUGAGUUACAGUUCAUAUAAGGAAAUCAGUCAAUUGAAAUAAAUUCAUUAGGCCCUAAUCUAUGGGUUUCACAUGACUGGGCAGGGGUGCAGCCAUGGGUGGGACUGGGAGGGCAUAGGUCCAUGUACUUGGCAGCCAAACCCACCCACUGGGGAGCCAGGCCCAGACAAUCAGAAUGAGUUUUUCCCCACAAAAGGGCUUUAUUACAGACAGAAAUACUCCUCUUUCGCAACAGCUCUGGUGGACAUUCCUGCAGUCAGCAUGCCAAUUGCAUGUUCCCUCAAAACUUGAGACAUCUGUGGCAUUGUGUUAUGUGACAAAACGGCACAUUUUAAAGUGGCUUUUUAUUGUCACCAGCACAAGGUGCACCUGUGUAAUGAUCAUGCUGUUUAAUCAGUUUCUUGAUAUGCCACACCUGUCAGGUGGAUGGAUUAUCUUGGAAAAGGAAAAAUACUCACUAACAGGGAUAUAAACAAAUCUGUGCAUAACAUCUUUGUCACGGUUUACUAAGCCAGAACCCAGAAGCAGACCAGGACAAGGUGAGUUGAAACGAAGGUGAGUAUUUAUUUAACAGAUUCAAAAAACGAUGCAGAAUAAUCCAGGGGACAGAGCGGGCGGCGGAGAUGAGUUGGUGGAGGUGCAGUGGCAGAUCCAAUAAUGGCUCAGCAGCCGCCGACAACCAGGCAGGGGUUGGGUGAAGGUUCCGGGAGAUUGACUGCAGAUAGAAACAAAACGGAGGUAAGUACACGGCAAGCCAACAAGGUGCAAAACAACAAAACUAACGCUAGAAACUCCAAGGCUGAUACACUGACAAACAUACUGUUCAUGGCUAACGAUCCGGCAGGGAAUGGAUGUCAGGUCAGAGCUUAUGAAGGGUGAUGAUCAGGACCAGGUGUGCAGACCGCUGAUGAGAUGCAGGUGCGGUUAAUCGGGAGAUCUCCCGCCUAGCAACGUCGCCCGGCAACCAGGCCGGGAGCGUUCAAGAACCCUCAGGAAACUGGAGAUUCCGAGCAGAAAAAUGGCAACACAGGCAGGAACCGACUCAGGAUGCAGGGUUCAUGACAAUCUUAGAGAAAUAAGCUUUUUGUGCGUAUGGAUUUCAAAAAAAAUUUCACCUUAUGAAACAUGGGACCAACACUUUACAUGUUGCAUUUUUGUUUUUCUUCAGUGUAUAUUUAUGACAUAUCAGUACAUUUAAUGUCAAAUCGCAAUCCACCCCCACACAUCCAUUGUUUUUGAAACAACGGUGACAUUACAAGCACAUACAGUGCCUUCAGAAAGUAUUCAAACCCCUUGACUUUUAUCACAUUUUGUUGUUACAGCCUGAAUGUAAGAUUUUGUGUCACUGAUCUACACACAAUAGCCCAUAAAAUCAAAGUGGAAUUAGGUUUUUUGAAAUGUUUACAAAUUAAUUAAAAAUUAAAAGCUGAAAUGUCAAUAAGUAUUCAAACUUUUGUUAUGGAAAGCCUAAAUAAGUUCAGGAGUAAAAAUGUGCUUAACAAGUCACAUAAUAAACUGCAGGACUCACUCCGUGUGUAAUAAUAGUGUUUAAAUGAGUACCCCAUUUCUGUACCCCACACAUACAAUUGUCUGUAUGGUCCAGUGCUUGACUUGGGCAGGAGCUCACCGGAGCUGAAUAUUAGCUCAAAAGUAUUGUGGCGCUCCUGCACCUAGAUAUAAACUGUUCCAGCAACCAGCAUGAGUAACGGCACCUAUUUCAGUCCAAGUCAAGCACUGGUAGGGUCCCUCAGUCGAGCAGUGAAUUUCAACCACAAAGACCAGGGAGGUUUUCCAAUGGUUCGCAAAGAAGGGCACCUAUUUGCAGUUGGGUAAAAAUAAAACAAGCUGACAGUGAAUAUCCCUUUGAGCAUAGUGAAGUUAUUAAUUACACUUUGGAUGGUGUAUCAAUACACCCAGUCACUACAAAGAUACAUGCACCCUUCCCAACUCAGUUGCUGGAGAGGAAGGAAACAGCUCAGGAAUUUCACUAUGAGGCCAGUGGUGAUUAAAACAGUUACAAUGUUUAAUGGCUGUGAUAGGAGAUAGCUGAGGAUGGAUCAACAACAUUGUAGUUACUCCACAAUACUAACACAAAUGACAUAGUGAAAAGGAAGCCUGUACAGAAUAAACAAUAUUCCAAAAUAUGCAUCCUGUUUGCAAUAAGGCACUAAGAUAAUACUGCAAAAACAAAUGUGGCAAAGAAAUGAACUUUUUGUCCUGAAUGCAAAGCGUUAUGUUUGGGGCAAAUACAACACAACACGUCACUGAGUACCACUCUUCAUAUUUUCAAGUGUGGUGGUUGCUGCAUUAUGUUAUAGGUAUGCUUGUCAUCAGCAAGGACUAGGGAGUUUUUUAGGAUACAAUUAAACGGAAUAGAGCUAAGCACAGACAAAAUCCUAGAGGAAAACUUGGUUCAGUCUGCUUUCCAACAGACACUGGUAGUCUAAUUCACCUUUCAGUAGGACAAUUACCUAAAACACAAGGCCAAAUAUACACUGGAGUUGUUUACCAAGACGACAUUGAAUGUUCUUGAGUGGCCUAGUUACAGUUUUGACUUUCAUCGGCUUGAGAAUCUAUGGUAAGACUUGAAAAUGGCUGUCUAGCAAUGAUCAACAACAAACUUGACAGAGCAGGAAAGAAUAAAACAUUUAAUAAUGGGCAAAUAUUGUACAAUCCAGGUGUGCAAAGCUCUUAGAGACUUACCUAGAAAGAUAAUUUUUCUUCUACUUUGACGUUAGAGUAUUUUGUGUCGAUCAUUGACAAAAAAUUACAAUUAAAUCAAUUUUAAUCACACUUUGUAACACAACAAAAUGUGGAAAAAGUCAAGGUGUGUGUAUACUUUCAGAAGGCACUGUAUAACCACAUAACAUUUACAUUUUUACAUUUACGUCAUUUAGCAGAGGCUCUUAUCCAGAGUGACUUACAAAUUGGUGCAUUCACCCUAUAACCAUUUUUUUUUUUAAGAGGGGGGGGGUUUCAAAUGUCUCCGGAAGGUGGUGAGUGACUCCGCUGUCCUGGCGUCGUGAGGGAGCUUGUUCCACCAUUGGGGUGCCAGAGCAGCGAACAGUUUUGACUGGGCUGAGCGGGAACUAUGCUUCCGCAGAGGAAGGGGAGCCAGCAGGCCAGAGGUGGAUGAACGCAAUGCCCUCGUUUGGGUGUAGGGACUGAUCAGAGCCUGAAGGUACGGAGGUGCCGUUCCCCUCACAGCUCCAUAGGCAAGCACCAUGGUCUUGUAACAGAUGCGAGCUUCAACUGGAAGCCAGUGGAGUGUGCGGAGGAGCGGGGUGACGUGAGAGAACUUGGGAAGGUUGAACACCAGACGGGCUGCUGCAUUCUGGAUGAGUUGUAGGGGUUUAAUGGCACAGGCAGGGAGCCCAGCCAACAGCGAGUUGCAGUAAUCCAGACGGGAGAUGACAAGUGCCUGGAUUAGGACCUGUGCCGCUUCCUGUGUAAGGCAGGGUCGUACUCUCCGAAUGUUGUAGAGCAUGAACCUGCAGGAUCGGGUCACCGCCUUGAUGUUAGCGGAGAACGACAGGGUAUUUUCCAGGGUCACGCCAAGGCUCUUCGCACUCUGGGAGGAGGACACAACGGAGUUGUCAACCGUGAUGGCGAGAUCAUGGAACGGGCAGUCCUUCCCCGGGAGGAAGAGCAGCUCCGUCUUGCCAAGGUUCAGCUUGAGGUGGUGAUCCGUCAUCCAUACUGAUAUGUCUGCCAGACAUGCAGAGAUGCGAUUCGCCACCUGGUUAUCAGAAGGGGGAAAGGAGAAGAUUAGUUGUGUAUCAUCAGCGUAGCAAUGAUAGGAGAGGCCAUGUGAGGAUAUGACAGAGCCAAGUGACUUGGUGUAUAGCGAGAAUAGGAGAGGGCCUAGAACUGAGCCCUGGGGGACACCAGUGGUGAGAGCACGUGGUGCGGAGACAGCUUCUCGCCACGCCACUUGGUAGGAGCGACCGGUCAGGUAGGACGCAAUCCAAGAGUGAGCCGCGCCGGAGAUGCCCAGCUCGGAGAGGGUGGAGAGGAGGAUCUGAUGGUUCACAGUAUCAAAGGCAGCAGACAGGUCUAGAAGGACAAGAGCAGAAGAGAGAGAGUUAGCUUUAGCUGUGCGGAGAGCCUCCGUGACACAGAGAAGAGCAGUCUCAGUUGAAUGACCAGUCCUGAAACCUGACUGGUUAGGAUCAAGAAGGUCAUUCUGAGAGAGAUAGCAAGAGAGUUGGCUAAAGACGGCACGCUCAAUAGUUUUGGAAAGAAAAGAAAGAAGGGAUACUGGUCUGUAGUUGUUGACAUCAGAGGGAUCGAGUGUUGGUUUUUUGAGAAGGGGUGCAACUCUCGCUCUCUUGAAGACGGAAGGGACAUAGCCAGCGGUCAAGGAUGAGUUGAUCAGCGAGGUGAGGUAGGGGAGAAGGUCACCGGAGAUGGUCUGGAGAAGAGAGGAGGGGAUGGGGUCAAGCGGGCAGGUUGUUGGGCGGCCUGCAGUCACAAGUCGCAAGAUUUUAUCUGGAGAGAGAGGGGAGAAAGAAGUCAAAGCAUAGGGUAGGGCAGUGUGAGCAGGACCAGCAGUGUCAUUAGACUUAACAAACGUGGAUCGGAUGUCGUCAACCUUCUUUUCAAAGUGGUUGACGAAGUCAUCCACAGAGAGGGAGGAGGGGGGGGGGGGGGGGGGGGGGGGGGGGGGAUUCAGCAGGGAGGAGAAUGUGGCAAAGAGCUUCCUAGGGUUAGAGGCAGAUGCUUGGAAUUUAGAGUGGUAGAAAGAGGCCUUAGCAGCAGAAACAGAUGAAGAAAAUGUAGAGAGGAGGGAGUGAAAAGAUGCCAGGUCGGCAGGGAGUCUAGUUUUCUUCCAUUUCCGCUCAGCUGCCCGGAGCUCUGUACUGUGAGCUCGCAAUGAGUCAUCAAGCCACGGAGCUGGAGGGGAGGACUGAGCCGGCCGGGAGGAUAGGGGACACAGAGAGUCAAAGGAUGCAGAAAGGGAGGAGAGGAGGGUUGAGGAGGCAGAAUCAGGAGAUUGGAGGGAGAAGGAUUGAGCAGAGGGAAGAGAUGAUAGGAUGGAAGAGGAGAGAGUAGUGGGAGAGAGAGAGCGAAGGUUGCGGCGGCGCAUUACCAUCUGUGUAGGGGCAGAGUGAGUAGUGUAGGAGGAGAGCGAGAGAGAAAAGGAUACAAAGUAGUGGUCGGAGACAUGGAGGGGAGUUGCAGUGAGAUUAGUAGAAGAGCAGCAUCUAGUAAAGAUGAGGUCAAGCGUAUUGCCUGCCUUGUGAGUAGGGGGGGACGGUGAGAGGGUGAGGUCAAAAGAGGAGAGGAGUGGAAAGAAGGAGGCAGAGAGAAAUGAGUCAAAUGUAGACGUAGGGAGGUUGAAAUCCCCCAAAACUGUGAGGGGUGAGCCAUCCUCAGGAAAGGAACUUAUCAAGGCGUCAAGCUCAUUGAUGAACUCUCCAAGGGAACCUGGAGGGCGAUAGAUGACAAGGAUAUUAAGCUUAAAUGGGCUAGUGACUGUGACAGCAUGGAAUUCAAAUGAGGAGAUAGACAGAUGGGUUAGGGGGAAAAUUGAGAAUGUCCACUUGGGAGAGAUGAGGAUUCCUGUGCCACCACCCCUCUGACCAGAUGCUCUCGGGGUAUGCGAGAACACAUGGUCAGACGAGGAGAGAGCAGUAGGAGUAGCAGUGUUUUCAGUGGUAAUCCAUGUUUCCGUCAGCGCCAGGAAGUCGAGGGACUGGAGGGUAGCAUAGGCUGGGAUGAAGUCAGCCUUGUUGGCAGCAGAACGGCAGUUCCAGAGGCUGCCUGAGACCUGGAACUCCAGGUGUGUGGUGCGUGCAGGGACCACCAGGUUAGAGAGGCAGCAGCCACGCGGUGUGAGGUGUUUGUGUAGCCUGUGCGGAGAGGAGAGAACAGGGAUAGGCAGAGGCAUAGUUGACAGGCUGUAGCAGAUGGCUACAAUAAUGCAGAGGAGAUCGGAAUGAAAUGAACUAAACAUCUGGGAAAGGAGAGAGCAGGGCCUCCCUCACCAAAACUCCCAAAUAUAACUCUCCCAACUUCCACUUUAGAAAUUAGAAUUGUUGUAAACGACAGCGGUUCAAUGUUUCAAGGAAUAGACUCAACUUACUUAAUUCAGCUAGCUAACUAUGACGCCAUAGCUAACUAGCAUGCUAGCAUCCAAUAACACACAGUUUAGCACCAAUACUUGGUUACAACAAACUACCAAUAGUGUGUUAACACACUAAACAGAUAAUUCGUGUCCGUGUCUAGUUCCUUUCAUAACGCAGCAAUAAUUAAACGUUGGCUAGCUAGCACAAAGAUAUUGUAUUUAGCUGCUACAGUACAGCUUGCUGGUAGUGUUGGCUAGCUAGCAAUGGCUGCUGUGUUGACUUUGUUUGAAAAACGGCGUCGCUGCGAACGAAUGUAGCUGGCUAAAAGGAUAUUAUAUUUAGUUGCUACCGUUGCUAAUAGCUACUCGCCAGCUAGUCCAGGAGGUGAGUUAGCUAGCUAGCUAGCUUCGUGCUACACCCGGCACCGCCGAAUACAAUACUAACCUACAAUAAUUACAUACAAUAACUACCCACAACAACCCACGAUGCCUACCUACAAUACCUAACUACAAUCUAAAUACAUAGUUUAAGCCUUACUCGACAAAGCCCAAGCUAUGUAUAAAGCCAAACUUACCCGACGCCAGCUGUCUGGGUGGCAGACAAGAAGACAUUGGUCUUCUGCAAUCAGUAGCUGUAAUUAAGUAUAGUAGCUACUAACUACCUAACGUUAUGCAUCAUGAUUCCCGGUCUUGUCCCUUUUGGUUCCUCCACAUUUUUAUUUUUAUUUUUAAAUGGGCUUGUUUAUUUAGUUUUAUACAACAGGUGGGUCUAAUCCUGAAUGCUGAUUGGUUAAAACCGCAUUCCAGCCGGUGUCUAUUCCACAAGUUACCACUGGCUACAGUAAAUCUAUGACGUUAAAAUGCCUAUUUACUCUGUUCCAGCUGACUGCGCAAUCCACUGUCUCAUCAGCCCAGCCAAGCAAUUAAUAAACUUCAUCUCCACUAUAAAAAACAUCUAGACAUUAUCUCACAUUUCUUUUAGUUUUUACAGCGGAGAUUUGUAUAAACCUUGCUGUCUGUUUCUCCGACAUUUGAAACAUGGUUUCAAUAUUCAAAUUUGAUCUUCAGCUGCCCCAUAGUAAGGAACGUGUCGGUAGUCGGGAUGAGACAGACAGGCAGGCAGCAUUUCUCAGCCAGUCGAAAUCAUGAAUCAGCUGGUAUCGUUUUUAUGGAUAUAUACAAAUAAAUGUAUUUACAAAAAAAGUUUAAACGAAAUGAAGUGCAGCUAGUUUGCAGUCUUUCCAGCUUCAUUUUGAAGUGAUCGUGUUAGCUGUGUUGUUGGCUAGCUCCUCUGAACAACUGUGUCCUGACGAGUGAGCACAUAUUCUAUGCCAGGCGAAAUCGCGCCUCAUUAGCUCUUUGUUAUGGAUGUAUCCAAAUAAAUUAGAAAACAGUUUAAACGAAUGCAAAUGCGGCUGCUUUGCUGUUAUUCUGGCUGCAGUUUUUGACGUGACUGUAUGUUAGCCGUAGUUGGCUAGCUAGCAAGCAAGGGAUAAGAAUGUUGCCAGCCAGUAUGGCAAUGGAACAUUUAGAACGAACGACUGGGUCGUGUCCAUAGAUACAGAACAAAAAGACUGAACAACUGGGUCGCGUCUCUAGCAAUCGAACCAAUAGAACGAACGACAAGCCGGUUUAGGUAGCAACCCUAGAUUUGUGUCGGGACUAUAUCUUGUGGAAGGAUGAAAUAGUAUGAAUAAAUUAAUCCAAAUAACGUUUUUUAUGAAAAUAUGUCAAUCAUUAUUUGAAUAUGUUGGUAACCUGUUGUAUAAAAGUGAUAAUGCCCUCGAAGCCGGUGUUUGAAGGAUAUAUUGGCACAGUUUGCCGGCCCUCGACUUCGUCUCGGGCUUAACCACACCCGUGCCAAUUUAUCCUCCAAACACCGGCUUCGAAGGCAUUAUCACUUAAGCGAUUGCUACAGUAUGGCAAUUUUUUAAAAUGUCAGGAGUCAUUUCUAAGCGCCAUGAUUCAUUCCAGCAGCGCGCCAUUCUUGCUUGGUCUCCAUGGCAACCUCUGUUUGUCAGUGUCUUAGUCACAUCAUUGUGGUCACAUUCUAACCAUCAGUGCAAGAAUAAUGAAAAAGUUAGACCAGGGACUUAAAUCUGCUUGGAAAUCUAUGGCCUUCAUGUACAUAUCUCCCUCAAAUACUUCGUACCUCUUCACAUUGAUCUGGUACUGACACUCCCUGUUUACUGUAUAGCUCCAUUCUUGUGUAUUUUAUUUUAUUCCUCUUGUGGAAUUUCUAAGCGCCAUGAUUCAUUCCAGCAGCGCUCCAUUCUUGCUUGGUCUCCAUGGCAACCUCUGUUUGUCAGUGUCUUAGUCACAUCAUUGUGGUCACAUUCUAACCAUCAGUGCAAUAAUAAUGAAAAAAGUAGACCAGGGACUUCCUAUGAAUUAUUAAUGCACAGAGAAAACUGUGGGUUGUGUAUCCUGUUUUAUUACUUAAACUGAACAAAAAUAUAAAAGCAACAUGUAAAGUGUUGGUCCCAUGUUUCAUGAGCUGAAAUAAAAGAUCCCAGAAAUGUUCCAUACGCACAAAAAGCUUAUUUCUCAAAUGUUGUGCCCAAAUUUGUUUACAUCCCUGUUAGUGAGCAUUUCUCCUUAGCCAAGAUAAUCCAUCCACCUGACAGGUGUGGCAUAUCAAGAAACUGAUUAAACAGCAUGAUCAUUACACAGGUGCCCCUUGUGCUGGGGACAAUAAAAGGCCCUCUAAAAUGUGCAGUUUUGUCACACAACACAAUGCCACAGAUAUUCAAGUUUUCAGGGAGCGUGCAAUUGGCAUGCUGACUGCAGGAAUGUUCACCAGAGCUGUUGCCAGAUAAUUGAAUGUUCAUUUCUUUACCAUAAGCCGCCUCCAACGUCCUUUUAGAGAAUUUGGCAGUACGUCCAACCGGCCUCACAACAGCAGACCACGUGUAUGGCGUUGUGUGGGUGAACAGUUUGCUGAUGUCAACGUUGUGAACAGAGUGCCCCAUGGUGGCGAUGGGGUUAUGGUAUGGGAAGGCGUAAGCUACGGACAACGAACACAAUUGCAGUUUAUUGAUGGCAAUUUGAAUGCACAGAAAUACAGUGAGGCCCAUUUUUUUAAAGUUAUCUGUGACCAACAGAUGCAUAUCUGUAAUCCCAGUCAUGUGAAAUCCAUAGAUUAGGGCCUAAUGAAUUUAUUUCAAUUGACUGAUUUCCUCAAAUGAACUGUAACUCAGUAAAAUCUUUGAAAUUGUUGCAUGUUGCGUUUAUAUUUUUGUUCAGUAUAUAUAAUGUAGACGACACUGAAGUGGCCUUGUUAGAGUUUUGACUUAAAUCGGUUUGAAAAUGUAUGGCCUUCAUGUACAUAUCUACCUCAAAUACCUGUACCUUUGCACAUUGAUCUGGUACUGGUACUCCCUGUAUAUAGCUCCAUUCUUGUGUUACUUUGUAUUAUUACUUUUAAACUGCAUUGUUGGGAAGGGCUUGUAAGCAAGCAUUGCAUGGAAAAGUCUACACCAGUUGUAUUCAGGGCAUGUGACAAAUAACAUUUGAUUUGAUGACAGGAUUUGCAGGGAAGUUUCUAUAUGGUCAUUCAGGCUUGAAGAAGCAUGCAGCACCUCAUCUGUCUUAUAUCCGCCAUUUUGUAAGACGUGACGUUUGCAUCUUUGCAGCUUCCUGACUCUUUGCCUAACGGGUUGAAUUACCCACAGGCAGGCGGCCACCACCCCCACCCCCACCAAUCACAGACCAUGAUCGUGACGUCCGCAUCGGCCACACCCCCACACCGCUCGGUGCGGGACCAGCAGUACGAGGGCGCCAUCAACAAGAUCUCCAUCCAGCAGUACCAGUCUCCUCUGCCCAUGGCCACCACCACCCGGCCCCAGAGCGCACGCUGCCUCAUACAGACCAAAGGCCAGAAGAGCAUGGACGACUUCCAGGAGCAGGUUGGCCAUUACACUAUCUGUCUCUCUCUCUCUCUCUAUCUGUCUCUUUGAUUGUCUCUGUGUUUCUCUCUCUCUCUCUCUCUCUCUCUCUCUCUCUCUCUCUCUCUCUCUCUCUCUCUCUCUCUCUCUCUCUCUCUCUCUCUUUCUCUGUGUUUGUCUCUGUGUGUUGGUCUCGCUCACCCCCGCCCUUUCAAUCAUCCUUUCAUUCUUUCUCCCUUUCAAUCUGUCACCAACAGAUCUCUGAGAGGCCUAUAUUAUGGCUAGCGGCAUAUAGAGAGGAGAGAUGUUGCACCAUGUAAUUACACAGUUAUACAAUACCAAAUGUCUAUUUUUGGCAUGAUGUUGUUUUUGUGUCAUUUGGUAGUUCUGUCUGCGGAUAGAGAAGAAUCCAGGUUUAGGGUUCAGCAUCUCAGGGGGAAUCAGUGGCCAAGGGAACCCCUUCAAGCCUUCUGACAUGGUAAGAUUAAAGCAGCUAAAUGUUCUCUGUGUGCAUGUGAUACUGUGCAGUCUGUGCCAAGGAACAUGUUCCAUUUUUCUCUUAUUCCUUAAGGUGUUUGAAUAACCACUGCACAGCACUGUAUGUUUCACUUCCGAGUUUCCAUGGUAACAGGUGCUACUGCAACACUGUAUGGGGUGCUGCAGUUGACUUGGUUAACUUUGAACCUUUUUAUUAUACGCCAAUAAUGAGCAAGAAUGAAGAAAAGACAACACUUAUGUAGCAAUGAUUUGUAAUGUAGUCAUAAGGUUGGCAAAUGUCCAAUAGUUCAAUAGUGUCUUGUUGCCAUGUAACAGCAAAGAAAAGACCCGGUGAGAAAAAUGUCCAUAGCUUUGCAUUUACAAUUUUUCAAAAUCAGUUACAAUGUUGCCGCUGGCAAUUUUUCCCCUUAUUAUCGUUUUAAAAGAUCAAAGCCUUACAUUGACAUUAGAUUUGUAUGGGGAAGGUCUUGUAAGCCAUAGGAAUAGAAUUCAGAUUCAAUGUUGUAAACAUUGUUAUAGCCAUUGAAUGUGUUGUAUAUUUUGUAUGCAUAUCAUCUCCCAUCUUAACACCCCACUGAAAGGUGGUGCAUGCUGAUUGCUGAGGAUAUCUUCUAUGGGCCUGCUUUCCUGUGAUGCCUCAAGGACUACCUGCUGUAAUAAUACUUGAGUCAUUAGAUGAUAGUAAUGUUAUUCGGGUUCAAGUGAGGUUUAACUGUUUAACUGUGUUGAAUGAGGCUCUUCAUAUAGUAUUAUGAGCAUUUUCAUAUGGUUUAAACGCAUGCAAAGAUUGGUAUACUUAUAAUCUCUGCCUUGACUAGCCAUUUUUUGGAAACAUGCAAUGUAAAAAACAUCCCCCAGUGUCCAUAUUUUUGUAAAUAGCUGGAAAAAUAUAUUUUUUAUAUUAACUGUAUUAGUACUGUUAAUAUGUUUAAAUUAAAGGUAGACAUAAAUGCCAUGUAAGUACAUCUAGUUCUUGAAUUUAACCAACAGCACACAUAGACAAGCUUUUAAAAAAUAUAUCUUGUGAAAAAUCCUUACGGUAGUUGUCUGCUUUUUACAGACUAGCUAAAUCUACAAAGUUAAUGUUGGCAAUGGCAUAUCAAUCAAAAUCAAGCACAGAAUUUGAGUUCGAGAAAAACACAAACAAAAGCACCAAACACCCAGUUUCAAAGGCAAAGAUUCUAAACCAUCUUCACCAUGUGGUUCCUAAUCUCAUAUCACUUUUGACUUAUAGGGUAUCUUUGUUACUAGGGUACAGCCUGAUGGACCGGCCUCCAACCUGCUACAGCCUGGGGACAAAAUACUGAAGGUAACCAUGUUCUUCAUCACCGCAUCGAUCAUCAUUGUCCUCUGAGUCUGUGAGAGCGCAUCCUCCCUCCGCCACAUUGCCAGUAGAGGCUUUGCAUGUGGUAUUUUGUGCUGGACGUACGUGUGUCUACCAAGUGAGCAUGGUCCUCUGUUUUGACCUCUGUCAAACCUCCAACAUGCUUUACUUGUUCCCAUGUCAGACAAAACUAAUAGUGCUUAUUGUGUCCUAAUAAAGGCCCAUAGAAACAGAUUAAAACACCUAAGUGGAUAACAUACAAGUAACUUUACUGAUAUGAUAGGAUUCCUAAUGUGAUGUUUUAUAUGCAUGAAAACUAAGUAGCAACCAGCAAUUUAAUGUGCUGGAUGAAUUGGUUUGUUUCUGAAAUACUAGUGAAGGUCAAAGUACAACCUGGGCCCGUAUCUACAAAGCGUCUCAGAGUAGAAAAUUGGUCGUGCUGGGAAUAGAGACAUUUUUACUCCUAUUCUUAUGAGUAAAAAUAAAAGCUAUGCAUGAAGCCUCUUUCAUAAGAGUCCCACCUGAGGGGCAGCGAGUCAGUGGUUACUAGCUGGCUUUGCUAAUAGCUACUUUAUUGAGGAAAAAUGUACUUACUAUGACUGUGAUAUGUGGUUGUCCCACCUAGCUAUUUUAAGAUUAAUGCACUAACUGUAUGUUGCUCUGGAUAAGAGCUUCUGCUAAAUGACUAAAAUGCUAAAUGUUCCUGUGCCACAUGUAAUUGCUUUGGAGUUGUUAAAAUAAUGUCUUGAUAUUUCUAUAUGAUCAAUCCAUAAAUAAUCUAGACCUAGACCAUGCAACAGUACCUCUUGCGCAUUUGACAAUGAUUUCACAUGAGGGCUAUUUCACAUGAUAUGCAUAAAUACUUACAGUAUAACCACUAGGCUAAUAAAUAAACACAUAUUUUUCUUUCAAUUAUUUAAUUAACCUACAUAAUGUUAUUUCAAGUUAUCCCUUUGGAGCACAAUAUCACAUUGGUAAAGAAAAGAUGCCUAAAUUGACCAUGCCUAUCGUUGGGCAAUUGAAGGCAACAAGGGCCAAUGUUAGCUUUGAUUGUGUUUGAUGAAAAUGAUAGAACCUUAAAACAUUUUAUGCAACAUUAUCGGCAACUGACUUGUUGCCUACUGUGCCAAAGUGAUAUAACGGUAAUAUUAUAUAAAUGCCACUUUUAACAAACAUCAGAAUUGGUUAAAAAAAGGUUAUGCAUGCCAACAUGUUAGGCAGGAAUUAAGAAUAGGCAAAGUAAUUGUGUCAGGUGAAAAUAUAUCAAUUGUUUUACCAUUUCAACAUUUCAUGUAGCCUACAGUCACAUUCAAUGUUGUUAUCUGAAGUCUGAUAUAGUUCACAGCUGGCAAUGCUUCAUCGCGAUUGGUUAUUCCCAAUCAUUUGCAACAAUAUCAAUGAGCGUCAUCACUAUAUUUCCUUAGCGGCACCUCAAACUCUCGUGAUUACCAGCUGAGUGAAACUUUGAUGAAUUGAUUAAAUUACACCUGGCUCAGAGUUUGUCUGAGCAGUGUCUUAACAUCAUCCUAAAACCUACUCUGAGCUGGGUUUUUGUUGUUGUCUUAAACCAGGUUUUAACAGGAUUCCUAGCAUAUUUUCUGAGAUGCUUUGUGGAUAUGGCCCUUGAUUUAAACUUUUUUGAUAAUCUUGAAAGCCCUGCAGCCAUUUCUUCUCAACUAUUUUCUCUAUCUUUUCAACUUUGCAUUGUGCAGCAGAGAUUGCAUCGGGUCUUCUUUUCUCCUUCAGUAUCAUCAGAUCCCCCAAGUCUCUUUUUCUAAAUACUUCAGGAGUAAACCUUUUAGGAAGAGCAUAAGAGCUCUUCCACCCCAUGCGAUAAGAAACAAAUUACACACUAUGAUGUAGUGUUGUAUUUAGCUUAGGUAGAGGGCUGUUAUUUUAAAGGGAACUCACCAUCACACAUACAGUACAUAUGGAUGACGUUGUCAAAGUAAGUGUUUCCCAUAGUGCAGAGAGGGAACUGUACCCCUGUAGAUUGUCCGAUUCCUGGUCCAUGUGAAGCUACUGUCCAGGCUAGUCAAACACCUGACAGUGAAGCCUACAUGAACAAGCCAGGCUCUCUGUGCCAAUACAAUUUAAUGGGAUUGGAACAGUCCCUACAGUAAUUGGCAUGUCUCUUGUAUCUGUGUGGCUUUAAAUGUGUGCUAGUAGAAGCCCUCGCCCCUCGCCCACCUGUAGCCUGCAGAAGCAGGAACCUCUCUACUCUCUCCACAGAUGCAAGUGUUAGCUGAAGGACAGACCUCUAAAGAUCCACUUCUCUCCUCCUUCUCUUCUUUACAGCAUGACCUCCUCCUCCUGUGUGCAUCUCUCUGCUUUGUCUCUCCUCUUUUCCUUGACAGUGUUGUUUGUUUAUCUCCUCUGAGCUAGGGCUAUUCCCAGUCCUCUCCGUGCCACCCUGCCCCGCCCCACCCUGCCCCUUCUCACCCACGUCACUCUGUUCACCCUCUGCUUAAUUUUUGCAUUGCAGGCCAAUGGACAUAGUUUUUUACACAUGGAACAUGAAACUGCUGUGUCUCUUCUGAAGAAUUUCCAGAAAACUGUGGACUUGGUAAUCUUAAGGGAGAGCACAAUU